UGUCCCAUCUGGAGUUGCGGGAAGGAGGCGGCCAGGAAAGAGAAGGAGCGGCAGAGAGAUAAAGAGAGGGCUGCUCUUUUUUGAGGGGGGGCGUCCUAAGCAAGAAAGGGGGGGCAAGGCGGCGCUUUUCCUUUUUUCUUUUUGCAGGCAGCCGAUUAAGCAAGGCGCGGUGGGGGGAGGAAACGCGCUGGAGUUGGGAAGAGUGCUUAGGUCUCCUUUGGGGAGGGGGAGUGGUCAGUUAGGUUGUGGGGCGGUGGAAUCCUGCAGAGUUGGUGGGCUUUGGGAAGAAGGGGUACAGAAAAGCUCAGAACUGAAGUAGGUGGCAGAGGACUGGGAUAUCUGGGGAGGACAGGAAGAGGGAGGCCUCAGAAGGCAGAGAGGGGUGCAGGAAACCCCCCCUUUCGGAUUCCAGAGCUCAGACCUACCCCCCCUCCACGUACUACUCUUGGGGUGCUUCCUGUUUUGGGGGGAGCUCUAGUGUGUGGCCAAGGGACAGAAAGAGAAGGCGCCCUGUUCUGGAGAUCUGAAAUUGAGGGGUGUGUGUGUCUGUUUUGGGGGGCCCUGGGUGUGCUGAGGCAGGGGGUGGGGAAUGGCUGGCAGAAGCCGCCGCUCCUGGCUCAGCGUGUUGCUCGGUCUGGUGCUGGGCUUCAUCCUGGCUUCCCGGCUCAUCCUCCCUCGAGCCUCGGAGCUGAAGAGAGCAGGACAGCACCGGCGGAAGGCCAGCCUGGAAGGGUGCCGGACAAAGGCCAGUGGGGGGCUGCUGCACCGAGACUCCCGGGGGGCCUUGCUGUGGCAUCAGGACCCUGCCGAGCACCAAGGCGAGAUCCUGCCUGCCAAGAACUUCCUCUUCGUGGGGGUCAUGACGGCUCAGAAAUACCUGCAGAACCGAGCGGUGGCAGCUUACAGGUGAGGACCUCCAUUCUUUACUCCCACCCACCUUCUGUACUGCAGACUUAAUUUACCCUCUGUUGUGUGGCUAGGAAGGCUUCUAACACCCAUUUGUGGGACAGGACAUAGCUCAUUGCUGCUGCGCCUGCUUUGCGUUCAGAGUGUCCUCCAGGUAGGGCUGGGAGAGGCCUCUACCCUGGAGAGUCACUGAGAGAGUACUGAGCUGGGUGGGCCAGGGAUCUAAAGCAGCUUCCCAUUUCAGUCAACUUUUUAUUCAGGACAAUGAGGACUAGAACCUUACAUUGUUAGGAAGAACUGUGGUAAGGCAUGCAGAAGGUCUGGGGUUCAGUCCCCAGAACCUCUAGGCAGGACUGGCAGAGGCCCCAGUUUGAAAUUGUGGAGAGCCACUGCCAGUCCCCGUAGACAGCCCGUGCUAAAUGAACCCAGUGGUCUGACUCAUAAGGCAGCUCCCUGUCUUCCUAGCUUUUACCUUGCAAUUAACUGCUAUCCUGCGUCUCUCUUCCGUGCCCAGCGAUGCAUGUGGCAAGGCCUGUCUCAUUGACACCCCAUCACCUUCCUCCCACUCUGCACAACCGCAUGGUGCAUGUUAAACGGGUCUCUCUUUCCACUGCGCAUGGGAGAUGGGGAGAGAACCCUCUCACCUGUCCUCCCCUCCCAGGAAUUCAUUCCCAGGGUUUUCUUUUGCCUGUUCCUUGCUCUUCAGGCAUGUGAGAGCCACUCCUCUCUGGCGGCCCUCUCUCACAAGAGAACAAUCCCUGGCAUAGGGAAUGCGGCUUGUAAGUUCUGCCAGUUAGCUUCCUUGGCAUGAUAAUUCUGUAUGUGAAAACGCAUGACACACCCUCCCUUGGUUUUGGUGGAGGUGGUUUGGAGAUCUCUGGAGCGGAGGGGAGAGAGACUGAGACCAGCUUGCUUCCUUUGUAUAUGUGCUGCUAGCUUCCCAUCUGUUAAGAAGAUAAAGGCUUGCAUUAGAGAGGAAGGGAAUCUUGUUUUAUUUCCCCUCCUCCCUCCCCAUAAGCAUCUCAAACCUGCUUCAUAAUUCCAGGAGGGGGGGGGUGUCUUGCUGAAUACCUGCUGGCUUCUCUUAAGCACUGACAGAUGGGCACUGGGAUUGACCAGGGAGGCCUUGCCUGUGUCCUGAUGGGCAGCCAAUCUUUAUAACAGCUUUGUGUGCCUGCUGUUGUGAUCAAAAUCCCCCAAGAGGGCAUCUCAUCUCUAUCUCAUUUCUAAAGCUUCCUGCUCGGUGACUUGAAGAAGGAUCCUGCUGGACAGUAACAGGGGUUUAUCCUAUAAGACAGGUGGGGUGAAAUAUUUGCCCUGCAUUUGUUUAAGGAAUGAAACCAAAACAGCUUAAUUUGACCAAACGAUAGAAACCCGAGUUUUGACUCUUUUCUUCCCCCAUGGCUGCAGACAGUGAUGCUUCUGAAUGUCAGUUCAGCAGGGUGGUGGGGUCAGUUCUCUUGCCCUUUGGUCCUGCUUGUGGGUUUCCCAUUGGGGCAUCUGGUUGGCCACUGUGAGAACAGGAUACUGGACUCAAUGAUCCACUGGCCUGAUCCAAGAGGCUCUUAUGUCCUUAGUUGCUAACACAUAACCACAUGCAAAUAAUUUCAGAUAUCGACCACCCAGAGCCAAGCACUUUCUGGCCCAUAUGAAUUCACGUUUUGAUGUUCUUUGAAUGAACACAGGCAGCUGCCUUACACAGAGUCAGCUACACUGGCUAGCUCAGUGUUGCCUGCAUUGGCAGGCAGCCGCUCUUGCAGGGUUUCUGCAGGACAUGGCGGGGAUUGAACCAGGGACCUUCUGCAUCAAAAGUUUCUUGUUUCUUCGGUCUGAGACUCUUCCUCUGCUUGUUGCAGACACCACAAGAAUUACUAAAUCAAGCUGCUUAGGUAGGAAGUGAUGCAAUUGGGUAGACACAGAACAGCCGGUUGGCGAUGGUGGACUUCCCAUCUUAAUGGCUCCUCUGCAAGGGGAAAAGAAAAGGAAUUGCCAGGAGUGCGAUGCAUCCUGCAGGUUGAAUAUCCCCUUCUCUAUAAUGCAAGUGGGCAGUCUGUGGCCCUACAGAUAGUUAAGACUCCAGCUCAUCACCCCAGCCAACAUGGACCAUGAGGAAGAGGCCAGUGGCCUGUCUGGUCCAGCAUCCUGUUCUCACAGUGACCAGUCAGAUGCUUGUGGGAGCACAUUAGCACUCUCUCUUCUGUGGUUUCCAGCAAGUGGCAUUCUGCACAGUGCUUCUGCACUGCGGCCUCCACCUGCCAAGGCAAAGCAUAGCCAUCAUGUCUAGUAGCCAUUGCUAGUCUUGUUCUAUCACUACUCCUUUUUAAGUCGUCCAAGUUGGAAGGCAUCGCCUCCCUCUGCGGAAGUGAGUUCCAUAGUUUAGCCAUGCAUUGGAUGAUGGGAGAUGUAGUCCGAUGGCAUCUGGACAGUCACAGGUUCCCCACCUCUGCUCUGCAAACUACAAACGUAUUUGUGACCUUUUGCAUGGAAGGGGCAAAUCCAGUUUCCCGGGUGCGUGUAAAUAGCCGUUUGCUUUGUUUUACAUUAGCCAAAGGACUAUUAGAUUUGAUCAAGUGUGUGGCAGGAACACGGGGGGAGAGAGUUCAAGUCCUUUCUUCAACCCCUAAAGCAGACAAGCUGGCCUGACUUCAAUUCCUGCAACAGUGUUCUGAGAGCCAGGUAAUAAAUGUCUGCCUUUAUGAAAGGCAUAGCGCGUGAAGGGCAUAUAUGCAUCGUAUCCUCUUGAGAUGCAAGCUAUCAGAUGUUAGGCCAUCCAGUGUUAGUGGUGGGCAGGUUUAGCCCUCAAACCGAAUCAAUGCUUGCAAAUGUAAUGCCUUUUGGACUUGGGAACGUAAUGCUUCCGGGGAAGGUCUGCAGCUCAAUUGUAGAACAUCUGCUUUGCAUGCAGAAGGUCCAAGGUUCAAUCUUUAGCAUCUCUUGGUAGGACUGGGAAACACUUCCUGCUUGGAACCCUGGAGAGAGAUUGCCAGAAAUUGCUGGAUGGACCAAUAGUCUGACUCCGUACAAGUCAGCUCCCAAUCAGUGGCGUAGCGUGGGUUGUCAGCACCCGGGGCAAGGCAAGUAAUUUGUGCCCCCUAACCCAUGGAUUUUAGCAGGGGGCAGAGAGCUGUGAGUGCGAGCGCCCCCCCCGAUUUUGCGCCCGGUGCGGCCGGCCCCCCUGCACCCCCCACGCUACGCCACUGCUCCCAAUGUUCCGGUGCUUCUCCAUAUGAUAGUAGAGAAAGGGGGCAGUCAGGAAUCUUGGGGGGGGGGAUAAAGGUAAAGGGUUGCGGCGCUCAUCUCACUUUAUUGGCUGAGGGAGCUGGCGUACAGCUUCCGGAUCAUGUGGCCAGCAUGACCAAGCCACUUCUGGCGAACCAGAGCAGCGCACGGAAACGCCGUUUACCUUCCCGCCUGAGCGGUACCUAUUUAUCUACUUGCACUUUGAUGUGCUUUCGAACUGCUAGGUUGGCAGGAGCAGGGACUGAGCACUGGGAGCUCAGCCCGUCGCGGGGAUUCGAACCGCCGACCUUCUGAUCGGCAAGCCAUAGGCUCUGUGGUUUAACCCACAGCGCCACUUGCGUCCCCUUGGGGGGGGAUAGACAAUAGCUAAAUCUCUUCCCUGCACCUUGGGACCCAAAAGCAUUAAGAACCAAGCCUGCCCUGGCCGAGUGUAUAGUCAAGCUUUUUAUACCUACCGCCCACUAAUGCAUCUUUCUUGAUGGUAAAAUUUCCUUACCGCCCACCAGUGCUCAAUGGACGGAGGAUUCCGCUUGUGCUGUAGAACCGCCUACCACCCACCUAGAAUCCUGAAACGCUCACUAGUGGGCAGUAGGGACCAGGUUGACAACCCCUGGUAUAGUGGGACGUUAGGAGAAAGUGACAGGAUAUUGCAGGCUCUUUAGGUGGAUUUCUUUUCACAACAGGGGGGCUGACCUUCUGCACUCAGCUAUACUUAGGCUGCAUCCAUUGCACACAUUUAAAACACUUGUUAUACUGCUUUAACGGUCAUGGCUUCCUCCAAUGCAUUCUGGGAACCACAGUUUGGUAAGGGGCUGAGAGUUGUUAGGAGGCCCUUAUUCCCUUCACAGAGUUGCAAUUCCCAGUAAAUUAACAACCAAUCCCUCUUCCCAGGGAACUCUGGAAAUUGUAGGGGAGUUCUUGGAGGGGAAUAGAGCUCAAACAACGCUCAGCACCUUUAAGAAACUGCAGCUCCUAGAAUUAUUUGGGGGAAGACAUGACUGCUAAAGUGGUACUAUAGUACUUUAAAUGCAUGGUGUAUUAUUCAGCAAAACUGGUGCCUGCAAUCCACCUGAGAGCCGUGAUUUAAGAGGCUUCCUUUGUUCGUGGCUCAUCUUUUUUCCUCCGAAUCAUUUAGGUGGCAUCGAUUAAGCACCCUUGUUCUCAGCGAGGCUGUAAGAAGCUAAUGUUCAUGUACUGAAUUAUAACUUUUGGCAAGGAUUCUGGCACAAACGAGCCCGUAAUUGAAACCAGCUCAUUUUCUUUCCCCCCGCUUCUAACGGAGUGGAAGCUUUUAAAAAUGUAUUUGAUUGAUUGGGAAAUUAUUUUAUCCCACUCACCCCCCGCCCCGACCCCCUUACCAUAUACAGAAAGUUCAACUUCCAGGGAGUCAAUAGUUUAGCUGGUGGUGGUGGUGGGGUUUCUUAUGUGCCUAGAAUUGUGAAGAUUGUGAGGGGAAGUGCUUUGUUAACUAACACACAGACAUAUACCGGAACACACCACCAGAGUGUUGACCGCACAAUACACAGAGAUCCAAAGCAAUUCAUUGGCUCAGUCGUUUUUCAAUACAGUGGUACCUCAGGUUAAGAACUUAAUUUGUUCCGGAGGUCUGUUCUUAAUCUGAAACUGUUCUUAACCUGAAGCACCACUUUAGCUAAUGGGGCCUCCCACUUCUUCCACGCCGCUGGAGCAUGAUUUCUGUUCUCAUCCUGAAGCAAAGUUCUUAACCCGAGGUACUAUUUCUGGGUUAGUGGAGUUUGUAACCUGAAGCGUCUGUAACCCAAGGUACCACUGUAUUGUAGCCAGAGAUCUUUUUCAAUGUUGCUACCUGGGUUAUUUUAACCGGACAUAUCAGGAUGUUGUGCAUGGGACCAUCUCCUUUUAAAUGCAUGCUUCCUUCCCCUGAAACAUAGCCCUUUGUAGGCUUCAUAAGAAAAACACCUUGGGGGAUCAGACCAAUGCCCUAUUUAGUCCAGCAUCCUGUUCACACAGUGACCAACCAGGUGCCUGUGGGAAACUGUCAAGCAGGAUCUGAGCACAUGGGCAUUUUCACCUUCUGUCUCUUCCAGCGACUGGUAUUCCGAAGCAUUGCUGCCUCCAACCAUGGAGGCAGGACACAGGCAUCAUGGCUAGUAGCCAUUGAGUCAUAGCCAUGUUGUCCUGGGUAAUUCACCAAGCUUUUUAAACUCCAGCAUAUUAUCCCUUAUUCGAGACCCCCCCAUGCGCAAAACUCACAUAGGUGACACCAAGUGUUGCAUGUAACGAAAACUAUCCUUUUUGAGAACUUAACUUUCUUGAUUUCCUGGAAUCAUAGAAUUGUAAGAACUAGAAGGUACCCUGAGGUACCUUCAUCUAGUCCAACCCCCUGCAAUGCAGGAAUUCAGAGGAGGCUUCACUGGUUUGCUUAUACUGGUAUAUAGGUAGCCUUAAGUUGUUUGCUUUGUUCAGGUAUGCACGCAUGCGUGUAACCCAUGAGCUUUGCAGAGUUUCGUGGCAAAAGCAAGUUGCAGCCACUUCCUUGGCCUCAAAGAGCUUGCAGUGGUGAAAUUGUCAAUGGGGAGCACAAUAGAAGAGAUGGAAGUGCAGAGAGCACCGAGGCAAAUGUGUGCCAAGGUUAUUAUUUGCAAUUAAGCAUAACGUGUGUGUUGGUUGUGUGUGCAGCAAAGGUGAGUUCUGAGGAACAUUUUGAGGAAGAGAGGUGGUUUUGCAUACACUUUCAGAAGCAACAAGCGUUCGAGGCGUGAGGGCAGUAAGUGGGAAUGGGAAGAGUAUUUCAGGAUGUAGGGGUAUGUUUGCGCAGCUCAGGAUGGUAGAGUCAGAGGAGCAAAGAGUGGGGAAAUAGGUACCCGUAUACAGGCUGGAGAAAUGCUGCAGAGGCCUCUAAACAACUUGUGACCAGGAUAUCUUAAGGACCGCCUGAGCCCUUACUGUACAUCCCAGCCCCAUCACCGUGAUCAUCCAGAGGAGAGCUGUUUGUUGUCCCCUGAGUUGCAGAGUCCUGACUGGCAUUAAUUGUAAGCUGGGCAUUUAGUGUCUCUGGUCCUCUGCUGUGCGACACUUCCAACAGAGAUGCAGCAGAGGCAGCCUUGCUUUUUAUUUCCAAGUGCCUCUUGAAUACUUUUUUUUAUGCCAACAGGCCUAUUAAAUUUUUUCUUGAGUGGCCAGUCAUUUUAACGACUAUCUUGUAUUGCUUCCCCCCCCCCCAAAUGCUGCUGUCCACUACCUCUGAUCUUUUAUGAAAAUGUGGUAUAUAAAUGCUAUCUAUCUAUCUAUCUAUCUAUCUAUCUAUCUAUCUUAUCUAUCUAAUAGUAAAGCUAAAGGCGAGGAGAUUAAAAUUAGAUCCAGAAGGCAAUGGGAAGCCAGUGUAAGGGUUUUAACAGCAGGAGGAGUGCAUAUAUAGUCUGGAGCUACACAUGCUGCAGAAUGAGGUGGUAGAGUCCUCUCAAGGUAGUAGAAUUGACUGUACCACUUCAAACUGCUGGUGUAGGGGUGUGUUUGAAUACUCCCUCAUGUAAGAAGCAGCCCUUCUUACAUGAUGGAAAACUAGCCCAGCAGGGAGUAGGCUGGGCUAGAACCUUAGGGUGCUAGGUUUCUUGUAGACAAUUCCUCGCUGCUCCCCACACUGGGAGUGUACAAACACUAUCUUCUACUUCAGACUCUUGUGAUACAAUUCCACCACUAAUUUCUGCUACUUUGUAGGCCAGGCCUGAGACACUUAAAGCAGCAGCUGGCAGAAGGGACAAAGCUCAAUUUGCCUUCUCUGUAGAAGGUCCUUGGUCCAAUUCCUGGCAUCUCCUGGUAGGUUUGGGAAUGUCCUCUGUCUGAAACAGUGGAAAGCCGCUGCCAGUCAGUGUCAACAAAACUGAGUUAGGUGGAUCAAUGGCCUGACUUCUUAUUAGGCAGCCUACCUGUGUUACUAACUGGCUGAAUUUGCUUUUUAAGUUAAAGUAUCGACCCCCAGAUUUUCAGUGUCUGUGCCACUGAGAUGUUAGUGUCUUGUUUGUGUGAUCAACAUUCUGCCAACCCCCCCCCCCCCACAAAAAACACAACUCCCACAUUUCCUUUCCAACACAUGGUUCUUUAUGUAUUUUCUUUUAAAAAUGUGCCAAUGUUCAUAAAAACCCCCACACCAAACGGAUUGGGAGAUGGUAAAUAGGAUGAUAAGAAGAACCAUGCUGGAUCAAGCCAAUGGUCCAUCUAAUUCAGCAUCCUUUUCUCACAGUGGCCAACCAGGUGCCUAUGGAAAGUCUACAAGGAGGGUAAAAGCACAAUCAGUCUUCUUUCCUGUCCAUGUUCUCCAGCAUCUGGUAUUCAGAGGCAGUGCUGAGCUAGAUGGACCAGUGACCAAACUCAGCAUAAGGCAGUUUCCAGUGUCCUAAAUUAGACUUCCCUGUGGUAGUGGCUGUAGUACAGUCCAAAGGCCCGUCUGGUCCAGCAACCUGCCUUCACAGUGGCCAACCAGGUGCCUUUGGGAAGCCUGGAGGCAGGAGCAAGAUUAUUGUUGAUGAACUGGGAACUUAAAAAGAUGCUUCACUCUAAAAACAGUGACACUGUAAAGACUAAAACAACUCUUAAAAUUAUUGAAAUUACAAUACAGCCUCACUGCUGAAGAACCUCUACAUGUCUUGACAUUGAACUGCACAUCGCAGAGGGAUUUGGGUCACACAAAGUGCUGGCUGGGUCCGUUGGUUUGAGGGAAGCUGUAGUCCUAUCGAUACUAAGCUCUGAAGGCUAUUUGGUAUGUUUCAAAUUCCCACAAAACUCUUUUAAGAAUAUUGGCAAUGGUCCUCUUUGCCUGAUGAGUAUCUGUCAGGCAUCCUACAGCUUCAUUUUAUUGCGCACAGUAUCCAGGUGAAUAUUUAUUUCAUCCACUGUGAACCCAAUGUGGCUGUUUCCUUCCCCUGUUUUGUUUUAUUUAUUUUGUUUUUAUUUAUUUAUUUACAAGGUUACUCUAAACUACCUCUGAAGAGCUCAUCGUCAUGCACAUUCUUCCCCCUCCCUUAUCAUCUGAAAGAUACUCGGAGUUGAGAGUGGAUUUCAUGCUCUUUAUUCAGCUCAUAGUGGUGAGGAGGAAUGGAAGUUCCCCCAGAAUGUCUGCUUUAUAUAUAUUAUUUACACAAUAGGCCCCAUGUGAUUGGCUAAUUCCGGGAUUCUCCUGUAGGCCAAUCAGGUUGUGGAUUCACUUCCACCUGGAGCUGGAUUGGGUGGCUCCUGUGGACCAAUCAGACUGCUGCAUUCUGAAUCCUAUUGUUCUAGGACCAAUCAGACUGCUGCAUUUUGGAUUCUGUUCAACUCAGUACAUAACAUCAUCCCAACAACCCUGUGAGGUAGACUAGGCUGAGAGUUCUUGUCAGGCCCUUGGGAUUUGAACCCAGGUCUCCCAAUGCGGCACUCCGAACACUGCACCUAUCCAGGUUAUUGUGACCCGAGGUGCCCACUUGAGAAGAGUAACUCAAAGGAAUUCCUCUGCAGAUUAGCGUCUGUGGAACUGAUUCCUUGAAGGCAGAUGCUUAGAAAAACCACUGCCUUAGGUGUAGCUCGUCUUUUGUACAAAUGAAACUGCCUGCCUGUAUUUUCUGGCAGUCAUGACUUGGAGCAGUUAAUCUUUCAUGGUGCAGGGAAGCAAGUAAGGGAAUUAAUUGGCUUUUGUAAAGGGAAGUCAUUAAACAGGAGUAGCUGGGAGAACCUAAUCUUGCCACUUUAUCAGAUGAAUCUGCCUAGAGUGGAGUGGGGGGUGGGGUGGGGUGGGGGAGGGGGAGUGCUUUUAUUAAUCAAGGGUGCCUUCAUAAUGAAAGCAAGAACAGGGGUUUUUGGGGUUUUUUACACACACAAAAUCCCACAUACCAAAUGCUUACCUUUGUGGCCUCUGAACGAUUGCAGAUCCCUACAGUUUCUGCCUUGAGUUUCUGUAUUCCUGUGACACUCAGAGAAGGGAAGAAACCCAAAAUUAAUGUUUGUUUAUCUCUUUCUGGCUUUGGUGGUUUUGGGGAAGAAACUGCUUCGGGUUGACUUUUGUUUAAUUUUAGGGAGGAGAAACUUUUGUUUCCUUGAUACGAUCUCUAAAGAAUGAAUCAAAUAUGUUCUGUGUUUGGUUGUUUUGAAACUACUUGCUCACAGUAAGCCGUAGUUGUGUUGGUCUGGGCUUAAAAAAAAUGAAUUGGCAAGGUGAGAGGAAAGGGUAAGGGGCAGAGAAGAGUGGCCUCUCUCCCUCCCCCAAAAAUGCAGUUGGGAGGAGCAUAAGAAGAGCCUUGUGGCCCAUCUAGUCCAGCAUCCUGUUCUCACAGUGGCCACCCAGAUGCCCCAAUAGGAAUUCCGCAAGGAGGACUUGAGCACAAAACCACUCUCUCCUCUUGCGGUUUCAGCAACCGGUCUUCAGAAGCACACAGGCUCCUGGCAGUGAAGGCAGAAUAGACAUCAUGGCAAGCAGCCCAAAAGAAAAGACCCUUUUUACAAACGGCCUGUCGCGUCAUUUAAAAAAGAGGAAACGCAUCACCGAGAAAGAAGACAAAAGCGGGCACAGAUUUGCAUCUGCUAACUUAUGUGUGUCGAUACACUUUUAGAAAUAAUUACUGUAAUUGAAACAGCAGGAAGGGACUGUGAUCAGGUGACCCAAGUGCCUGCUCAGUCUGUGCUGCUAACUGUUGAUGAGCAGCUUCAAGACCCCUCUUGUUCGCCUUUCUUGGUGGUGCCAAAUGUCCAAAUCUAACCUCUGUUCUUUUUUAUUAUUUUGACUGCCUGCUUUUACUAUAAUGGUGCUUCGGCUGAAGUAAACACCUCCGUGAGUUUCUGUAUUCGCAGAAGGGCUGGCUCAUCUCUGCUCACAGAAGUAGGAUCUCAAUAGAUUCCCUAUCUUAAAUUAUGCCUUCUUAUUUUCUAAUUGGCUUGCCAGAUACUUUGGAUAUGCCCGGACAGCAAAAGUGUUUAAUAGCCUAAAUUACACUUAACAUAUAUUCGUUUUAAUGGACAUUUUAUUUAUUUUCUGUCAGAUUUCAUUUUGUUGUUAUCCAGUCCAUAUCUGUAGGACAGGCUGGGUUGAUGGAAUUCUGAUAAAUUAAUCCACUGUGUUGACUUUAAUAUGCAUUGGGCAUAUCAACAGCUGUUUUCUGCUCCUCCUGACUUUAUUAUGCUGGAAAAACCCCCAAACCACUUUCAUCUGUUUCCAAAUAGGCUGGUAGUUUAAGUAUAUGUAAAUUACUUUACAAUGUGUGAGUAUUUUAAAUUCUAAUGCCACAUAAAAUAGUCAGCCUUUUCUUCCUUUUCUUAGUCAUGUGUGAACAGAUCAGUUUAUUGUCUAAAAAGAUUGGUGAGCCCCCAGUAUAAAAUAGGAAGAACACGUUUGAAGAGUGCUUUAUUUUUGCACCUCUUGAGUGUUUUCAGGUCAGAUUCUGAACAUCGAUAAUGUCUGGAACAAAGCUGUCUAACAUAACUAAAAAUGUUCUACCUUUGUGCAGGAAAGGAAGAAAAGGUGACGGCUAUAAAACUAUCUGGUUACUGAGCAGAGACUUUUCCCCCUCAUCUCGUCCUGCCAAAAGCACACUUCUUGUAGGUAGAAAUUAUAGGUGGAAAUUUGAGAAGAGAACAUGGGGUAGUCUAGACUUCAUGCUCCUUGAAAGCCUGGAGCAGACACUGAAUGUGUAUGUUGGCCAUAAUUGUCCCUUGGGUGGCUCUUGUUUUUUGGGUCUGACUUGAGAGAGACCCGCAACAGAAACCUUGCAUUACAGUGGCGACGGCAGUCUAUGUUAAGUCACAUUCUUCACACCAUACAUUUAAAGCACCAUGAUGUCGCUUUCAACAGUCAUGGCUUCCCCUAAAAAAAUCCUGAGAGUUGCAGUUUGUAAGGGUGCUGAGAGUUGAUAGGGCACAGCUACUCCCCUGCCAGAAGUACAAUAUUCCCAGAGUUUCCUGGGAAGAGGGAUUGAUUGUUAAACCACUUUGGGAACAAUGUAUGGUUUUGAGUGUGGCCUUGCUGUCCAGAUUAGCUUGGUUCUGCUGUAAUGCACUGUUGAGGGAUUCAGAAGAGAUUUGCAGCAUGCCCAAUCAUUACUGCUUGUGACUGUUAAAAUUAUAGAAUCUCACACUGAAAUACAUACCUGGUGGAUUCAGACAAACACUAAGACAGUCUCUCCCGACUUGGUACUCUCCAGAUGUUUUGGCACCAAAACUCUUCAUCAGCCUCAGCUGCCACGACUCACAAGCCUCUUAGAAUGUCAACACACAUUUAGAUGAGGAUGUCCUCCUAGACAUUAUGUGCUUGAACCUCCAUAAAGCAUUCAACAAACUCCCUUGCAAAAGGUCCUUGAAUAAACCUUACAUUCAUGGGCUGAGCGUACACUGUCAGGAAGGGGCCUCAGGUUUGAUCCCCAGCAUCAUCCAGGUAGGGAUGGGAAUGUCCAAGGACUAUGGCUCUGACUUGGUAUAAGGCAGCUUCCUAUGUUCAUUCAAAGAAUGACAAAAUGUUAAUUCAUAUGGGCCAGAAAGUACUUGGUCUAAAGACUCUGGAUUGUCUAUACCUGAAAUUAUCAGCUUAUGGUCAUGGGUAUGUAUUUAAACGCCUAGGUUUCAGUCCUUUGGUCAAAAGAAGUGAUGUGGGUUAAUUUCUUAGAUGGCUGCAGGACAAGUACUUCACCCCAUCUGUGUUAUCAGAGAAACCCUCUUACUGUUCAGCAGGAUCCGUCCUCAGGUCAGCGGGUAGGAAACUUUAGAAAUGAGAUAUAGAUGAGAUGCCCUCUUUGCGAUUUUGGUCACAAUAAGCCCAGCUCUACAGCCAGGGCAGAGGGCUCAUAUCAAUACAGUGAGUUAGACCCAUUGUUGUAGCUAGCUCAGCAUUGCCUACACUGACUGGCAGCAGCUCUCCAGGGGUUCAGAUGGAGUUUGCCCCCAGCCCUACCUGGAGAUGUCAGGAAUCGAACGUGGGACCUUUUGCCUGCAAAGCAAAUGCUCUUCCACUGAGCUGGGGGCAUUAAAGAUCGUGUGCCAAUCAAAACACAGGUGAGGCCUCUUUGAUCAUUACCAGACCCCACCUGUCCAGUGCUUAGAACAGCAGAGCAUCUGCUUUCCCCCCAAGAUCUUCAGGUAGAACUGGGAAUAUCCCCUGCCUGAACCCCUGCAAAGCAGCAACCUGUCAGUCUGUGUAAUGCUGAGCUAGAUGGACCAGUGGUUUGACUCAGUAGAAGGCAGCUUCCUAUGUUUCUAUGCACAAACAGAGUGGUUUUGCGUAACUGGUUUUUGGUCUUCUACUCUGCAGAACGUGGUCCAGCACCAUCCCUGGCAAGGUUGAGUUCUUCUCCAGCGAGGGCUCAGACACCUCUCUCCCCAUCCCCAUCGUGCCGCUGCCUGGUGUGGAUGACUCUUACCCGCCCCAGAAGAAAUCGUUCAUGAUGCUCAAGUACAUGCAUGACCACUACUUGGACCAGUACGAAUGGUUCAUGCGGGCAGACGACGAUGUUUACGUCAAGGGGGACAAGCUGGAGAACUUCCUUCGGAGCUUGAACAGCAGCGAGCCCCUCUUCCUUGGGCAGACGGGUCUGGGCACCACGGAAGAAAUGGGGAAGCUGGCCUUGGAGCCCGGGGAGAACUUCUGCAUGGGGGGCCCAGGCGUCAUCAUGAGCCGGGAAGUCCUGCGGAGGAUGGUCCCUCAUAUCGGGGAGUGCCUUCGAGAGAUGUACACGACCCACGAGGAUGUGGAGAUUGGGAGAUGCGUGCGGAGAUUUGCAGGAGUGCAGUGCGUCUGGUCUUACGAGGUAUGUAGCUGGUAUGGUCUGGGGUAACGGUGUGUGGGAGGAGGGGAGUGUUGAAGACUUCUUGCUAUUUCUGCAGCAGGGUCCCUGUCUCCAGUAUCCCAGAGUCUCUCAAUCAGCAUGGAAGGUGGGAGCAUUUUGGCCACCGUGUGCUCCAGAGCUAAGCAUUUAGGAGCACUGAAAACGCAAGUUUCAAGAGAAUGGUUUGCAAGUUCCGUUGCACACCAUUCUCUUGAAACUUGUGCUUUCGGUGCUCCUGAAACUUGUGUUUUCAGUGCUUACAUAUAAUGGGACUUCAUGGAAAACACAACUUAAGUUGCCCAGAAAGAAGACGCUGGAACACUCAAAAUUAUUUGUCCGUGCAUGUGCACAGAAAAUAGUACAUCUAGAUGAAAGGCAACACAUGGAGAUCAGCAUUGAUGAUUCUAGAGCCUCCAUUUAUUUAUUUAUUUAUUUAUUUAUUUAUUUAAUUCUAAGGUUGUUGUAUAAUCUUAGAAGAGGUGUUGCUGUAGCCAUUAUGAAGGGACCCUGAAAUUCUGAAUCUACCACUACACUAGUGCUGAUGGGGAGAGCUUUAAAUGUUUUUUAAUACUUCUUUUUAAAGUCAUGGUAAUGAAGAACUGUUGUGCUUUGAGAAAAAUGCAAAUUUAGGUGACAUAUCUGUCUGGAAAUCUCUGUUGCUGUGUGUGUUCUCCUCCCUCCCCUGAGCCAACCCACAGCAUAUGGACUGAAAACUAGUAUUCCUGAAAUUGUGUGCAAUCGUUGGAGGCCUUCCAGGAAAUCUGCUUUCAGAUCUAAUGGUUUUGAUUUUGAGGAAUUUCGGUUAAAUUUUAAUCUAGGCAAAUAUUCAUCUCUGCAUUGUGUGGCGGGGUGGGUUGGGGGGCGGAUGAGAAAAUUUUGGCGUUCAGUACCCUUUGUUACAUUUUGAUUAUGUUUGGUUUAUAGGGACUGGGUUCAGGCAAAAGUUCAUUGCAGUUCAGUAAGUCCCUAGCUUGCCUUAAGCUCUUUAGCACUGAGGCAAAGCCCAGAGGAUAACUGAAGGAGAAAAUGUGGUUUUCCUUUCUUCUCUUGUGGACAUCUUGCUGAAGACAGCAACUUGGCGAACUACCUCCUAAACUCAGGAUGUGCGUGCGAGAAAUCUUAAAUUGAGACAGGAAGUUAAAGGUGUGGAGAAUUCCCAUUAGGCAAUACUUCAAUGUUGGCUUAUCUUAAAUCUUCAGUGUUGCUAGGAUAAUGAUUAACAGAGCCUUCUCCAACCUGGUGCCCUCUAGGUAUUUUGGGCUACAACUCCCAUCAGCUGUAUUGGCUGGGGAUGAUGGGAGUUGUAGUCCAAGAUAGGUCCAGGCUGGGGGGGCUGUUUUUUUCAGCUCCCUUCUUUACAGUAAAGGCGGGCAAAAAAUUAGCAUUGUUAGUAAUCACCGCCACCAUCUCAUGUGUUCUAAUUAGUGCCAGAGGCAGAUCUAAAUACAGUGGUACCUUGGGUUACAGACGCUUCAGGUUACAGACUCCGCUAACCCAGAAAUAGUACCUUGGGUUAAGAACUUUGCUUCAGGAUGAGAACAGAAAUCGUGCUCAGACGGCAUGGCGGCAGCAGGAGGCCCCAUUAGCUAAAGGGUUAAGAACAGUUUCAGGUUAAGAACGGACCUCCAGAACAAAUUAAGUUCUUAACCUGAGGUACCGCUGUAACCUCUGGCAUUUUAAACUUAUUCCGAAAGGGAAGCAACCGUUGCUUCUUUGUCAGCCUGUGGUGCAACCUGCGAUCUUUUUGCACCAUGCAAAAGCCAACCAGUUUGCAAGAGCUUCCUGAAUCACCUUGCAGAUGGGACUUUAACAUGCCCUGCACCAGUGACACCCAUUUCUUUCCCCCACCUCCACUCUAUUCCUCUUUCCCCUUUUUACUUUUAGUGCUGAGCUUGAGGGAGAAUACCCUGAAACCCGAAAGCUAGCUUUGGUAUGCUUAGUUGACUGGUCUGUAAGAGAGGUUAUUCUGAAACUGUUCACAUAAACUCUUACCUUUUCUCCCUGAUCUCAGUUCCUGAUGGAUCAAAAUCACUCUGUAUUUCAUCUUCCUGUUUUCAUACACGGUCUAAGUCGCACUCUCUUUCUCUCAAGCUUUGAGAACCCAGGUAGUCAACAAGAGGGGAAGUUAAAACAUGUGCCUGCAAAAUAUACUCCUGUAAGAAACCAAACAACCCCCUGAGGAAGGAAUUCAGUGGUCAAGCAUCUGCCUUGCAUGCAGGAGGUCCAAAGUACGACCACUGUAUCUCCAGGUAGAGCUGAGAGAGAGAGAUUUUGUCUAAAAUCCUGGGCAGCUGCUGCCAGUCAGUGUAGACUACAGAUGGAUCAAGUUCCCUGUUUGAGCACCUGACUCACCACUGAGAGCUGAACAAGAAAAUGAAUGGGCUGUUACCAUCCACCUAUUUGCAUUACCCAUUUUUAAGGCAGGGGUUUGGAGAGUUGGGGUUACUUUAUCAGUAAAAAGGGCACAGAAACAUCCUCCUAUGUGACCCCUAUGAGAGCCAGUGUGGUGUAGUGGUUAAGAGCGGUAGUCUCGUAAUCUGGGGGACCGGGUUCAAUUCCCCGCUCCUCCACAUGCAGCUGCUGGGUGACCUUGGGCUAGUCACACUUCUUUGAAGUCUCUCAGCCCCACUCACCUCACAGAGUGUUUGUUGUGGGGGAGGAAGGGAAAGGAGAAUGUUAGCGGCUUUGAGACUCCUUUGGGUAGUGAUAAAACGGGAUAUCAAAUCCAAACUCUUCUACUCUUCUUCUUCUUCCCUAGUCCAUUGCUCAAAACACUUUCCUCCUUUUUGACUCUGGAAGUAAACUGAGACGACAGAAUAGUGUUUGCUGUUCUCUAAGAGCAGAGGAGAUAUGUUUUGAUUUAGUUUUGUUUCAUUUGUAUGCUGCUUUUCCACAGUGAGCCAUGUCCAAAAUAGUUUGCAAGAAACAGAAUGCAGAACUUUUCAGUGUGUGCACGCUCAGUAGAGAAAAACCAGUUUGCAAAACAUACCGAUACAUACAUAGAGGACGAAACUAUGGAACUCACUGCCACAGGAGGCAGUGAUGACCACCAACUUGAAUGGCUUUAAAAGAGGGUUGGGAAAAUUCCUGGAGGGUAGGUAUAUCAGUGGCUACUAGUCAUGGUGGUUAUGCUCUGCCUCCACCUUGAGAGGCAGCAGUGCUUCUAAAUACCAGUUGGUGGGAACCAUAGGAAGGGAGAGCAUUCUUGCACACGGUAACUGCUUGAGGGUUUCCAUGGGCCUCUGGCUGGCCUCUUUGAGAAACAGGAUGCUGGGCUGGCUAGACCAUUGGUCUGAUCCAGCGGGGCUCUUCUUAUAGUCAUAAAGAUAAAGGGACCCCUGACCAUUAGGUCCAGUCGUGACUGACUCUGGGGUUGUGGCGCUCAUCUCGCUUUAUUGGCCGAGAGAGAAAUAAAAAGUAAAGGUAAAGGGACCCCUGACUAUUAGGUCCAGUCAUGGACGACUCUGGGGUUGCGGUGCUCAUCUUGCUUUACUGGCCAAGGGAGCCGGCGUACAGCUUCCGGGUCAUGUGGCCAGCAUGACUAAGCUGCUUCUGGUGAACCAGAGAAGCGCACGGAAAUGCCUUUUACCUUCCCGCUGGAGCGGUACCUAUUUAUCUACUUGCACUUUUAUGUGCUUUCGAACUGCUAGGUUGGCAGGAGCAGGGACCGAGCAACGGGAGCUCACCCCGUCACGGGGAUUCGAACCACCGACCUUCUGAUCGGCAAGUCCUAGGCUCUGUGGUUUAACCCACAGCGCCACCUGCAUCCCUUUCUUAUACUCUUACAAAUCAGCUAUUUAGCAAACACAGAAUAAAUUCAUUAUUACGAAAAGCAAAAUAAUCUAGACACAAAUAUAUAAGUGCAGAGCAAAGAGAAAGCUAAUGUUCAGUAAACUUCCCGUUUGCUGAAAGAGCCUCGGCAGACUAGUUUAAAUAGAUUUCAGAAGGGAGGGGGUCUUCCUAACCAGGUUGGAUGAUUUAACAGCUGGCUCCAGAGGAGGCCGACAGCUGCAAAAGGGAAAUGCUUGGUGGGGGUGGGGAGAGACUGAUGGCAAGUCCUCUUCCUUGGCCUCCCAGAAGUUCCAUUUGCUUGUGGCAGUCCACAUUUCAUUUACUGUUAAGCUACAAUGCACAUACCCCAUUCUAUAUGUGCAUGGCAUGUGCAUUUUAUAUAUAUCAGACAUGUUCAACUGGUCGACCGCGAUCAACAGGUAGAUCGCCGAGGUCCUGCACGUCAUUCGUGCGAUUGAAGAAAUUGAUCGCCUGUGUGUUCCUGAUCGGUAGUUCCGUGCCCCAUGCCCUGCCCCUGGCUCUAUGUCCCAGUUCUGCUUCCGCUGUGAAAGCUUGUAUUCACUCCCUUAGUGUAGUAUUAUUGUAGAGUUUUUAUGCAUCCCCAGAAAAAAAUAGCUCAACAACUCUUGGCAAUGACAAUGAGUAGAUCACUGCCAGUUUUAUUAUACUGGGAGUACAUCGCAGUCUCUAGAGAGUUGGACGUGCCUGAUAUAUAUGAAUGAAAAGAGGCCACUUUUGUGUCUCUUUUGGCCCUAUUGUAGGCUAUUACCAGUACACAGAGGUCAAACCCUGAAAGCCAAGUGAGAAUCUACUAAAGGGCAUCUGGGCAGAUGGCAGCUAAGCGAUGGCACAGAAAGGUAAUCUCUAUGCCACUCCACGAUACUACUCGCCGGCGAUUGUUCCCAGCUUUGCCCUGAGAAAGUAGCUUUCUUUCUCUUUCACCAGAGAUUAUAAAAGGAAUUGUGCAGCUGUACUUCUUAAAAAGACAGGGCGUUCUUUAUUAGUUUGGCUACGCUGCUUUUAUAUCCUGGUAUCUUCCGAAUGACCUUCAUCGGGUGAUAGUAGAGAGGAGGAGACAGGGUAGACAUUGCAGCGGCUUUGUAUAUAUGGUGCCUGGGAAGAAGGGGAGGUCAGCUUUCGUGAGAAGAUGCACUGUUAAUCUGCUUCCAGUUAGUUAGAAUGACCUCUCCUAAGGGAAUAAGCUGUUGGCUGUUGAAACCGAUAGGGCAUUGGCGUGCAAUGCAGGCGAAGGCAAGCUGAAUGGAUGGGACCUUACGGUGAUUUGUCUUGGAAAUUUCAUUUGUUCUUUUCUUAAGAACUUUAUGGCUUGCAGCCAGAAGGCCACCGUAAUCUAAAAGCAAAAUAAAUUGAGCAUCCAUAAACAUACAAACAUAAUAAAGUGAAAAGGUAUAUUAUGAUGAUAACAUCACAACCUCCCAUUCAAGUUAAAAGCAAAUACAAUAAAUCCUCUCUUUAUCAGAGUCAACAAUAAAAUGUUUUAAACUCAAAAGUACCUCUGACAUACUCAGUAUCAAAAAAGAUGAUCAAGAACUUGGGGCACUCCAUAUGCUGGUCUUGAAUUUUCUUUUCUUCUAACAAUAGGCAUUUCAUAGUGUUGUAAAGUCAUGGAGUACUCUGUUCUUGUUUACAAUUUCCCUUUAAAGGAAGGGAGAUUCUGGGUCUUUAUGAGCAAAGUUUCUUCCUCUUCCCAUUGAGUUUUUAAAACUGAAAGUGGGUUUGUUCCUGUUUCUGCAUCUUGCAAGUCUUAGCAACUUAUCCUUGUGAAAAUAACACACACACACACCAAAGUAUUUCUGAAGUUGGAAAUGAAAACAAAGGGCUGGUGAGGGGAGCUGCCCAAAAUAAACCUCUGUGUGGUUUACAAAGGUGCGAGUGAUGGGCAGGCUUCUCUUUUGCACAAACUAUUCUGGGUUCUGGAUGGGCACCCCCUCCAAAGAAUAGCUCCUGCUCUUCCUUUACCAAAGUGGAACCGUAUGACUUUGAUGGAAACUCUUGCGCAUAGUGUGUCUCCUGGCAAAACGGCACUAGGGCUGCCAGAAACAAUCCCAUCCACCGAUCCGCAGCCUUCUAUUUUUCAUCAGCGCAGGCUGCAUUAAAACAUGGCUGCUGUCUUGAGGGCUGCAGGAACUAUGAUUCCCUGGACUGCUGCCCCUGUAGGGCAAACUGCAGGCCAGGGCAAGUUUUUCUAGGACCCAUAAUUGCUCUCCCCUCCCAGGCCAACCCUUCCCACCCCCAGCCCCAUGCUCAAAGGCUUUUGGUCAGACUAGAACUUUCCCCCAUACAAUUCUUGCCUAGAGCACUGGUCUUCAGGUCUUGUCCUGAUCCAAGGUGGGUUGCAACAGGAGCACUCCCACAAUGCAAAUAUAUACAGUCAUACCUCAGGUUAAAGUAGCUUCAGGUUGAGUGUUUUCAGCUUGCUUUCUGCGGUGACCCGGAAGUAACGGAAUGGGUUACUUCUGGGUUUCGGCACAUUCGCAGAUGCUCAAAAUGACGUGGGUUGCGUUCUGCUCAGGAUGUGAACGGGGUUCCGGAACGGAUCCUGUUUGCAUCCAGAGAUACCACUGUAUUAAGAAUGGGGGUCCUCAGAUGCAUGUCUGUGUCAAACGUGAGUCUUGAGUCUGAAUAGAUUGAAGAUAUGUGUUCUCACUCCAGAGCUUAGACCCAGCACUGAUAAGUUGUUCUCUGUGUGCUCCAGGCAAUGCACACAGCUGUGGUAAGGUCUGAGCUCAGUGGCAGAGCAUCUGCAUCGCAUGCAGAAGAUUUCAGGUUCCAUCCCCAACAUCUCCACAUUGGAGUGGAAGAAAUCCUGGCUGUGAACUGGAGAGCUUCUGUCAGUAUUGUCUGUAGACAAUGCUGAGGUCAAUGGACCAAUAGCCUGACCCAGGGACAUAGGACACUUCUUUAUACCGUACCCUAUGUUUUCCCAAUGCGGUUUAGAACGUAAGAAGAGUCCUGCUGGAUUAGGCCAGUGACCCAUCCAGUCCAGCAUCCUGUUCUCGCAGUGGCCAACUAAUGGGAAACACACAAGUAGGACCUGAAUGCAGCAACGCUCUUCCCUCCAGCAGUUUCCAGCAGCUGCUAUUCAGAUGCAUACCUCCUUGGACAGUAGAGGUAGACCGUAGCCAUUGGGGUUUGUGGCACAAUUCCUAUGUGUCAUUCCCUUAUCCUUUGUUGCGUCUUUUCUUGCAUUGCUACAGGUUUUUUUUUGCUCACAGUCAUGUUCUUGAUUGUUCCUGUUAUGCAGUUGUGUGGAACCUUUUUUACCCAAAGGACUGGAUCUGCCUGUGGGAAACUUCUCAAGGGCAACAUGCCAGUGGCUAGCAGUUCCAGAGGCAAGAGAACAUGGGGCAGAUCAGUGGGUGUAGCUCUUACCUUUGUACUGUAGGCUAUUUUUUUUUAAAAAAAGACUUUAUUAAGUAAUCAAAAUAUUUUACGACGAAGCAAAGUCUACAUUCGUUUUUAAUUAACACACACUACGUACAUACAGGGAUGCGGGUGGCGCUGUGGGUUAAACCACAGAGCCUAGGACUUGCUGAUCAGAAGGUCGGCAGUUCGAAUCCCCGGGACGGGAUGAGCUCCCGUUGCUCAGUCCCUUCUCCUGCCAACCUAGCCGUUAGAAAGCACGUAAAAGUGCAAGUAGAUAAAUAGGUACCGCUCCAGUGGGAAGGUAAACGGCGUUUCCUUGCGCUGCUCUGGUUCGCCAGAAGCGGCUUAGUUAUGUACACCGGCUCCCUUGGCCAAUAAAGUGAGAUGAGCACUGCAACCCCAGAGUCGGCCACGACUGGACCUGAUGGUCAGGCGUCCCUUUACCUUUUCCUUUAUGUACAUACAGAUAAUAUAUUAUACACACAAAACCCACCAGUGGUGGAAAUCAUUGCUCAGAGGCUUACACAAUCAUGCCUAGCAAUAGCAGUAAGUUCUGUUUUGAUAUUUGCUUUCCUUCCCCAUCCCUAGGUUUGACUGCACAGAUGGGCAAUUGCUUUUCAAGACCAACGACCAAGACUAUCCGUAAUUCAGGUUUUCUUCCACAGUGGAAGAAAGGGGGUGGAAAGGAGUUGAUAGGCCUCUUUCAUUUGUGUAGGUUAUGAAGUCAUACAAUAAAAGUGUACAAAACAGAAGAAAAAGUUCCACUCCCUUUAACAGAAUACCGCUUUAAAAAAAAGAAAGAAAGUUAAGGCAAAAUAAGGUUUUUUGCAAACAUGAAAAUAUUAUUUUUUAUUCCAUAAGAUAAAAUGCACACUACAGACAAAUGCACUCUUGUGUUUGCUUAUAGGCCAAAUGCCAACUAAAAGUGAGUGCUCCUCAGAUUUCCCAGACUAGUUUAACAGUCAGUCCCUCUUCCCAGGGAACUCUGGAAAUUGAAGCUCUGUGAAGGAGAAUACAGGAUCUCCUAACACCUCUUGGCAGCCUUAUCGUAUUACAGUCCACAGGAUUGAUACCGCUUCAUAUGUGUGGUGCAGAGGGGACUUCUGAAAGUGGUGCAGGUUGUGGGAAGCAUAGCUGUGAGACAGGGUCCUUCCUCUUACUGUUGUGAUAAGACUAUCAGUGGCAGCAGAGCUGCUGCAAUAGAGGGUAAGAAAGGAAUAAGGAGUGUCUGGCACACCUGCCAGACAUGGUGGUGCUUUAGACUAGCAAGCAAUGCAAGAUGGGGUUCCUUGUUUGACUGACUUUUUGCAAACAAAUCUCCGGAGCUCUGCGGCUUCUCAGUUGCCAUGCUUAGCCUUAAUUGAGCCUUAAAGCAGUCUCCAGCAUUUUUAGCAGUAAAAGCUUUUCCGAACCCCCUGAUGGUGUGAACUUUCUUGGCAGCCAGCUGGAGCCUCUCAAAAUCUUGCCAGGAAUCCUGAUUGUCUAAAAGGGUAGGGAUUAUCUCCUUGCCCUGGCUGGGACAAAGUGACCUUUAAAGUUUUUGCUUCCCAAGCCCAGGGAUGUGGCACAGAAUACCAGUGUGCCGUACUGCUAAUAUGGUUUGAGCUUUUGAGGAAGUUUAAAUGGCUCAUUGGUUUUGUUUGGAGUGAAACAAUGAAUUUCUGCUACAGGUUUUUUUUUUUUAAAAAAAUUUUCUGUGGCUAUUGCCACUUUAAAUCAUCUUUAUUGUCAAGGAUUUGCUGUUUGGUUUUAGCAACAAUAAAAAGAGAGAGUUUUCUAUUGUCCUUAGUGUUGGAGGACUGGAUAGCUCUGGCUCUGACAAUCUCAUCACAGCUCAAUCUUUUCUCAUUGAGCAGUGAAGAGUCUUGGAAAAAACUGCCUUUCCCCCCUACGUCCUUGGCAGUAGCUAUUUUAAAACUUUUUAAAUAUUUUAGUAGGCCAGGAUAUAUUGUCUUAAAUUGCUUUCAAAAUAACUAGGUGCUGCCCUAGGUAGAGUUGAGGGCCUGUUUAAGUGCUUAGCAGAAUCAAGUGAUGGGAGAGAGAGAAAAACUCCCCUCCCUGGCUUAUAUCACUCUGGGGUGCAAGAGGGAAGGAAGAAUCUUUAAAUAGUCAUCUAUCUAUCUUUUGCACAUUCAAGACUAGCCUAAAAGGGAGUACAAUUCCCUUUCAAUCAAGCUACACUCACCCUGAAUGGGAAAAUCUGUGGACCUUCUUAUGUGUGUUUUCUUGCAUAUCAGGGGUGAGGAAACUGUGGCUCUACAGAUGAUGUUGAUGGACUCCAGCUCCCUUCAGGCCCAGGCAGCAAGGCUAAUAGUCAGGGGUGAUGAGAUUUGUAAUCCAGCAGGCAACUGGUUCCCCAUGCCUAUUGUAAAUAAAUGCUCCUCUUUUUCCUGUUUUCUUCUGUCUAUCAGUGGCCUCUCCUUUGCCCAUCCUGUUUGGGGCCAUUUUGCAAAUUGUGGACUAGGGAUGAGCAUGUGAGGUUGCCUUAUGCUGUGCCCAGAUCAUUGGUUCCAUCUGGCCCUAUGAUGCCUGCUCAGACUGGAAGCUGAAUUCAAAGCUGAGGUCGUUCCCAACCCUCCUCAUCCUGAAAUGCCAGUGUUUUGCAUGCAAAGCAUAACUCACUGUGUUACAGCACCUUUCCAAAUGACGCAGAGCAGGUGCUAUGGGGGGCCUUUGGCUCUCCAGGUGUUGCUGGACUACAACUCCCAUCAUCCCUGACCAUUGGCCAUUCAAGUUGGGGCUGAUGGGAGCUGUAGUUCAGCAACGUCAGGAGAGUCAGUGGUUUUUCAUACCUGGCCUAGAGAUCAUGCCCUCCCAGUGUUAAGGCUGCUUCCGAAGUCAUUUGGUUUCUUGGAAAGAUUCCUGCACUAAUCUGGUGUGUGUGUGUGUAUGCGCUGCCUGGCUUGGUUGUACAAAUGCUCCAACAUUGAUUCUGGCCCUAGCCAUGCAUUCAGGGUGAAUGCAUGUAGAUUCAAAGUGGGACAAGGAUUCCUUCCAAUCCCACCCCCCUCCAAGAACCUUAUGCACGCCAACUUUCUGUCCCACUUUGACUUGUUGAGUGUGAAUUUCUGAAAGGGCAUUUGAAGUGUGUUCGGGUGAGUGUGCUUAGAAGUCUCCCUCCAAGAAUCCUGAUUAUCCAGAGCUUCUGGAUGCAGGGAAGUUUCUAAGAGAGAUCAGCUGAAGGCUGAUCCCUUUGGACCUUUGCACUCUGUGCAAAGGUUAGAGAGGUGGAAUGCACUUGGGAGGUGGGACUUGCACACCCACCCCCUCCCCUCUUAAAGCCCAUGCAUGUUUGCUCCAAACACAUGAACAGGGCUUCUGUUAAUUAGGCUAGCCUUGUUCCAACCCAUGCCAAAGUCCUCUUAUCUUUGGAAAAUGUUGAAGGAGGGGCACAGUGGCUCUGGGACAACUGGGGAAAGUCUCACUGGUGCUUAACAACAAAUUAGCAGCUCUUAAAUAACAGCUUACGCUUGGACAAGAAACUGGGCCUAUAACCUAAUAGGGUCGUAAUGUUAUUUAGAUAAGGCCAACUCUGUUGGCAGUAGUCAUAUUUAUUUAUUUUUAUUCUUAAAUAACGUUAUUCUGCCAAGCCAGCCAACUCUAAUAGUUUUCAUGUGGGCUUCUGUUAUUAGCCCCACUGUAGCGGUUUGUGAUUGUAGUUGGCAAGUAAGUCAAUCCUACAGAGAAAAUGGGCUGCAAGUAAAGUCUUGAAGGCUUUUUCUUCUUUUCAUAUCGAUUGCAAUAUAAUUCCAGAAAAUCAGCCCCUGCUUUAUUAGCUUUUAACAGGUGCACAGCUCUGAAUGUGAAUGCAGGAAGUGCCUUUUGGUUUUUAUGUGUGUUUUAAAAGAUUGCUUCUAAUAAUAAUCUUUGUUCAUCCAAGCCCUUCUGUCACAGCGCCUUCCUGAAAGGAACAAGUUUUCUUUGUUGAAUAACAGUGAAAGUUUUCCAGAGAGAAAGUGUGUGAGUAACUUCGUAUGGGCAUGACCGGCAGGGAUAUUGCUGUUCUCUGAAUAGCACUUCCACACUAAUGAAGCAUUGCAGCGUUGGGCCGUGAUUAAUUACUUGGCAACAAGCCCUUGCAAACAAAAAAACAAAAAACAACCUUGAAGCAGACCAAAAUGCUUUGGCUGUGUGUAUCGCCCUAUCAAGUUGGUGUGGAAUGUUAAUGGGAAGGCAUUGCAUGAAGCUGUGACUGUUAUGUUGACUUCUUGAGAGCAUAGUGGUAUGAAAGCACAUCAGAGUGCAAGUAGAUGAAUAUGGCGGGAAGGUAAACGGCAUUUCUGUGCGCUGCUCUGGUUCGCCAGAAGCGGCUUAGUCAUGCUGCCCACAUGACCUGGAAGCUGUCUGCGGACAAACGCUGGCUCCCUCGGCCUAUAGAGCGAGAUAAGCGCCGCAACCCCAGAGUCGUCCGCGACUGGACUUAACAGCCAGGGGUACCUUUACCUUUACCUUUACUUUAUUGCCCUGUCAAGUUGGUGUCAAGGAAGGCAUUGCAUGAAGCUGUGACUGUUAUGCUGACUUCUUGAGAGCAUAGUGCUAUGCAUUUAAAUGGCGGCUCCUGUGUGAUAUUAUCAAUAAUAAUAAUAAUAAUAAUAAUAAUAAUAAUAAUAAAUUUGUAUACCACUCUAUACCCCUAGAUCUCAGGGCAGUUCACAACAUAAAAUCACAAUAUGCAUAUUAAAAAGAAAUACAAAGACAAUCCAAUAAUCUCCCCUUCCACAACACAUUUUAAAAAGGCACCAGAUGUCAAUCAGGUAAAAGCCUGGUUAAAGGGGAACGUUUUCUCCUAGCACCUAAAAAUGUGUAAUGAAGUCAGCAGUCGAACCUCCCUGAGAGCCAGUGUGGUGUAGUGGUUAAGAGCGAUAGACUCGUAAUCUGGUGAACCGGGUUCGCGUCUCCGCUCCCCCACAUGCAGCUGCUGGGUGACCUUGGGCUAGUCACACUUCUUUGAAGUCUCUCAGCCUCUCUCACCUCACAGAGUGUUUGUUGUGGGGGAGGAAGGGAAAGGAGAAUGUUAGCCGCUUUGAGACUCCUGAAGGGGAGUGAAAGGCGGGAUAUCAAAUCCAAACUCUUCUUCUUCUGAGGAGGAGGAGCGCAUUCCACAAAUGGGGAGCCACUGCAGAAAAGGCCCGUUCACAUGUUGCCACCCUCUGAAUCUCUUGCGGAGGAGGCACACAAAGAAGGGCCUCAGAAGAUGAUCUCAGGGUCUGGGAGGGUUCAUAUGGCGAGAGGCGGUCCUUGAGGUAUUGCGGCCCAGGUUUUAAACUAGGGAGCGGGCAACCUCAAGGGCCAAGUGCGGCCCUCCAAGCCUCUCUUGUCUGGUCAGCAGAAUUCUCCCCAUGCCACACACCUUAGCCUAGGCCUCUCUUCACACCAUUUUUAGUGUCUUUGCCUGGCUGGAGAGCAUCUUUGACUUCCGAUAUUGCUUCUUUCUUGCCUGGAUGGAGGAUUAAAGAAGGUUGUGUAGAAACUAACCCACUGUAUAACAAGUAAAAACCUGGAUUCAUUGUGUAGGUUUUCCCCCCGGGGGGUAUGAUUCUGAACGUUCUUUUGUAUGUCAAAGGUCUAUAUUAUUAUAGCCUCUGAAGGGACUUGCGGGAAUGGCACAUAACAUAAAGCUCUCCGACAUCGAACAGGAGUACUCAGUUAAGGAUUUUGCAUAAAUGAUAUAAUUUAUGUAAGUGUCACAACAUUAAUAAAACCAAGCGCUGUCCUUCUGAAGUUCUGUGCCACCACAAAACCUCUCCCUGAAGCUUGGUCUUUCUUCUGGCUGGAGAGGAAAUUGCCUCAUCUCAUUCACCUCAGCUCCACAGCAGUCUCAAAAGGGUUGGCGUUCAGGAAACUGAAACCUGCAGCCCUUCAUAACGCAAAGGAUAUCCACAGGCAAUGUGGAACUGGGGGAAAUUUCACCACUCAUUUUAAAACUUUAAGGGGAAACCUCAGUACUAACUUGCUCUUAUGGAAAGGAGACCACAGACACAACCCCAACUCUUCUGAGGUAAAAAAAAGAGCCCAUAAUGGUGGCCACUCUCUGCCUCAACUCUUCCCCCUGCACAGGAGCACUUUUCGCUCUGGGUCUGCCCACUAUUGGCAUGUGGCCCUCAGAAGAUUGCCUGGAAGAGAAUGUGGCCCCUGUUUCAAACCACAGACUUAGGUUGCUGGGUCCAGCAGGGUGUGUUGUCAGCUUAAUAGUAACAUAGGAAUCUGCUCAGGUUAUUUGGUUGCUGCAGUACUGGCUUCUUUAACUGCCUCUCUAGGGUCUUGGGCAGAGGUCUUCUGCUGGAGCCUUUAGUGGAGUUAUUUAUUUAUUUAAAGUAUUUAUUUAUUUUUACCUUGCUUUUGUUCAGUGCUUUGCGUCUGUAGAGGAGGUGGGUGGAAAUUACAGUGGUACCUUGGGUUACUGUAAAUGGACUUGCUUGCUUCUUUCCUCCCACCAUUCCCUCUCUUAAGAGACUCAAAAUGAUGCCACUAAACUAGUCUUUCAGUGUUACUCCUUUCUGUAAGUCUCCAUAAUGGUUUCCAGUCACUUUCUGUGUUAAAGCUCCGGGUCCCCCGUGUUCCCCUUGUCACCCCAGAUUCAUCGUGUUGCCCCUCGCUUCUUUCUUUAGAUAUGCUUCAGAUGUUAACAUCGGCAUCAAAAGUACAGGAAACGCAGCCACCUUAUUUUUAAAUGUUUCUCUGCAUGUCUGUCUUAUAUGAAAUGGAUCUUUUGCAUCUCUCUGUCAGUGAGGAGGUGUGUCACGCACUCGGUUUGCAAUUUGGAGCUGUGUCACGAGACUGGAAGCAUGAGCCAGCUGCACUUCCUGUUUGCACCAUAGCCGCAUCUAAAAGCAUGCUUAUCACACAGUGUGGCUGGAGAUAAAAUGUGCCUUGGAGCACCGUCUCUUUCUAUUCACAUCCAAUCCUCCCAACCUUGAUGCAUCUUAUAUGUGUUCUGAAAAAGGAGAAGUGGUAGAUAGGUUGCUUGGCUCAGUGAGCAAAUGUUUGUAAGUGAGCUUCAUUUUCUUUCCAAUAGUUCUCUGCUGCAAAUGUAUUUUUAAAUCCAAAACCCAAGAAAAUGGACCCUGCUCAGAAAAAAAUAAAUCAUUUUUUUUAUAUAAAAUAAAUUAAGCCUUGCUCAGUGACCUUCUUAUGGCUUAUGUAGGCUCAAAGAGAGCUGAGAGAGGGGGGAGGAAUUCUAGCUUGUGCUGGAACAGUCUGUGAAGCCUGAUGCUAAGAUGAGCCUGAUAGUAUCUCCAAACCUCAUCCUCUCACAUCUGCCCUCUAAGCGUUGAUGAGAAGAGGUAGCCUGAGAUCGUAUCUCCCCUGGCCAAAAAUAACUCUGUAGCAUCCCUUGGCUGUAUAUGCUCAGUUUUUUUCAGCUUGAACAUCUGUUGAGCGAGAAGAGAAGAUGUUCUCCCUACCGCAAAAGAAACAAGUUUUUCUUUUUGGUGUCUGAGACCAUAAUCCUUUGCUUUGCCACGCAAUGGCAGCACAGCAAAGCCUCACCCACACCAUAAAUUUAAAACACAUUUAUACCACAUUAACAGUCAUGGGGAAUCCUAGAAACAGUUGUUUGUUAGAGAUGCUGGGAACAGUAGUUCUGUGAGUUUUACCACCUUCAGUUUCACUUCCCAGGAUUCUGUGUGGGGAGCCACGACUGUUAAAGCGGUGUAAAUGUCUGGGGUGCAUGUGACACAAAUGUGGCUUUCCUUUCUUCCCCCCCAGUGCAAAGAAAGAUCCAAUCCUCCAUCUGUAUUUGAUGUAGUCUUGCGCAAGAGACAUUUUAUGGGGUUGGGAAGAGAAGAAGCGCAUGGCCAGCCAAUGAUCCUAAGGUCAUAGGAGUAUUGGUGGCCCUGUUGGUAUUUAAAUUCGGUUGCUACUGUAAUUGCUGGUGGAUUUUGAAACCAUCUCAGGAGCAGUUCAGCCUUUUGAAGCAGGCUGAGCUAUGGCGCCCAGUCCCAUGGAAGGCAGUGAUGGACACCAGGCUGGAUGGCUUUAAAAGAGGAUUAGACAAAUUCAUGGAGGAUAAAGCUAUCUUUUUUCUUUUUUUAAUUUUUAUUGAUUUUAACAUAUAAAUUAUAAAAUGUACCACAAAACUUAUCACUUAUACAAUCUUUUUAGACUUCCAUCAGCACCUCUGAUGAUCCACCGUUUUAAUCACUUCUUAUGCAUUUCUUAACUUUAUAUUGCCUUUACAUCUCUUAACAAAUCAUCCUUCCCCUUCUCCAUUUUUGCAAUACUUCCAAUAAUACUCCUCACAAAACUUCUUGCAAACCUACAAACGUCGUCUGAUCUUCACAAAUACUUUUCAGAUAGUUCGUAAAUUUACUCCAGUCUUCCGUGAAUUUCUGGUCCCGCCGGUUUCGAAUCCUUCCUGUUAGUUUAUCUAGUUCCAUGGAGGAUAAAGCUAUCAAUGGCUACUAGCUCUGAUGGCAAUGCUCUACCUCCAUAGAUGAUACAUUAGAUGGGCCAUUGGGUUGAUUCCAGCAAGGUCUUCUUAUGUUCUUAUGAACAUGGUGGUUAAUAAUGGUACCUGCGACAGUGAUGGGUGGGGUUGAGUGCCCUCAACUGCACCAGUUUAACUGCACCUCCCAAGCAUGAAUUGCAGGAUUUACUCCCAUAUGGUAGAAAAGAAAGGGAUGUGUACCCAAAAGAAGCACAACUGGAUUGGUGGUUUAGUUUGCUCUGUGCUCCCAAGGGUGACUCAGCUAUUUGCCCUCUCAUCUGCAUCACCCCAAGUUCUGUUCUGCUUUCUUGGGCGUGCAAAGUGUGAUGGAAAUAAAAUAGUUCCCUAGGAGCCAACCUUCACAUAGAUAGUUACAGCUGUCUAUGUUUGCAUUUAUUUCUGUGGUUUUCAAAGAAUCUAGUUUCUACCAUGGGGUAGUUCAGUCGGUAGAGCAUGAGACCCUGAAUCUCAGGGACAUGGGUUUGAGCCCCAUGUUGGGCCAAAGAUUCCUGCAUUGCCAGGGGUUGGACUAGUACAGAACAACAAACCCCUGUGUUGCAAACUUAACACAACAAACAACACAAGCAACACGAAGACCAGUAUACUAGAUAGCACUGCAAUUCUUAUUGCAUAAUAUACAUAAUUUAGUACAACAAAAACAAAAUGUGUACACUUGUAAAUUCUCUAAUAUAUUUGAAAUCAAAUGAACACACGUCUGUCAAUCUUUGAAAAUCCGUAGAAGUAUAAUAAGUCUAUAGUUGAAACAAAGUAAUAGAUGCUAUCCUGUGGGCUAAGCGGUAAAACUUUUUAGGCGUUUAUGGUGCCGAAGUAGUAAGUGAAUAACAACGUAGGACAGUGAUCCCAGAUAAUCUGACUGUUUCUCUGGAAUCUUCUUCAGCACAACCCAUAGAUUAGAAAAAUGCACAAGGAGCAGUGGUAUGUAUAUUAUGCAAUAAGAAUUGCAGUGCUAUCUAGUAUACUGGUCUUCGUGUCGCUUGUGUUGUUUGUUGUGUUAAGUUUGCAAAACAGGGGUUGGACUAGAGCAGGCAUAGGCAAACUCGGCCCUCCAGAUGUUUUGGGACUACAAUUCCCAUCAUCCCUGACCACUGGUCCCAUUAGCUAGGGAUCAUGGGAGUUGUAGUCCCAAAAAGCAUCUGGAGGGCCGAGUUUGCCUAUGCCUGGACUAGAUCACGCUUGGGUCCCCUUCCAGCUCUUUGAUUCUGUGAUACACAGACACACCUCUUUCUCUGUUCUCCGUGCAGAUUUGUAAGAGGUAUUAUCAGCUUUCAAGGACACGUUCCAGUCAGCAGAUCUAGUAAGAGAAGUGGCCUGCGGAGAGGGAAUGUGGCUUGGCAAAAGCUCCAAGAGCCACAUAGAAAGACUUGGAGGGCCACAUUUUGUCCACGGGGCCUGAUGCUCCCCACUCCUUGCCUAUAGCAAGGGGUGCCCCAGAUAAUUUCAUUGAUAUACUAGCUUUGUAUAGGAGCAGACGGUCUUUCAGGUACCUCCACCAGCUUUGCCCCAAGGUGGUGGUUACCUUCCACCAAGCAGUUCUUGUCCCACGCCUCGCUGUCACGUCCAAACAAUGCCCAGAAGACGAAGAGCUAGGUGUUCAAUAUAGAGCCAAGCAAAGUUGAAGCCAGUGAGCAGAGGAAAAGGAGGAAUUCUAGAGGUAGUGUUAAAAAUAAAUAAGACAGUUCCCUGAUCAACUCUCUGUUUGGGCUAUCGAGAGGCACAUUUCUCCUGCAGAAAUAGCCAUGUUCCUCUGGGACUGACACAAAGACUCUUUUGUAGCUGCUCUGCCGCACAUCUGUUUUGGCUUCGAACCAUUAAAGCACUGCAUCCCCCCCCCCCCGAGAAUGAUUCCGCAACCCCAAGCAGAUUAUUUUGUAACUUUGUCUUGCUGGGUGUAUGUGUAUCAUAUUUCCUACCACCCCCCACUAAACAUACACACCUGACAAUAAACCCCAGGCCAUAAUUCAGUUCCCACACUACAGUUUGCAAAUAGUUACACAGUGGUCUCGCCAUGGGUCCCUCCCCACCUGUGUGCUAUGUCACAGGACUGAUGUGUACACUGUUUGGCACUGUAUUCGCUAGACUGGUUUAAAAUGGCUCCCCUGGGCUUCCUGGUCUGUGCCUAAUAACAUUUACACAUUUUUACGAAGAAGUGCCAGAAAAGUCCAGCGGUGCUUUGUGGUGUCACUUCUGAAAAUGGCCUCAGAAAGUUUGAGGGUUUCUAGGUGAGAGCGCCAGAAAGUUCAGGCAUUAGUUUAUUUUCAGCGAUUUCUUUGCGUUAGGCCUCAAGCCUACCGCAGUGGGACUAGAACCUGAAAUAAUUGUUGUUGUUAUUAUUACAUAUAUUUCCCAACUCUCCUCCUAGGAGUUCAAGAUGUUAUGGGCAUUCCCCCCUCCACAUUCUAUUCGUAUAACAACCCUGUGAGGUAGGCUAGGCUGACUGGCCCAAGGUUGAAGGUGUGUCAGGUGUGGGAUCAUUCUCUGUACUGUCACCAAGUUGGCCCCCCCCCUCCAAAAGUGUCAGAGAUGCUAAUGAAACUCAUCAAGGCAUCCUCUUUUAAGAUCAGUAGGCCAGAGAAUGGUUUUUGUCUUAGGAAGAUGCAUUUGAGCAGGGGUCAGCAACCUUUUUCAGCAGGGGGCCGGUCCACUGUCCCUCAGACCUUGUGGGGGGCCAGACUAUAUUUUGAAGGGGAAAAAAAGGAGAAUGAAUUCCUAUGCCCCACAAAUAACCCAGAGAUGCAUUUUAAAUAAACACACACAUUCUACUCAUGUAAAAACACCAGGCAGGCCCCACAAAUAACCCAGAGAUGCAUUUUAAAUAAAAGCACACAUUUUACUCAUGCAAAAACACACUGCUUCCCAGACCGUCCGCAGGCCGGAUUUAGAAGGCAAUUGGGCCUUAGUUUGCCUACCCAUGUAUUUGAAUGUUGGGGCAGGGCCUCAGAGAACAUGCUUCAAAUCCCCACCCAGCCACAAAGCACAUUGGGUUACCAUGGGCUGGUCAUUGUCUCUCAGUUUAGCCUACCUCACAGGGUUGUUGUGAGGAAAGAAAAAUGGCAGGGCAGAGACUUUGCUCAUUUAUCCCAGCAUUGUCUAAAUCAGAUGUGGGCAGUCUAUAGCCCUCUGGAUAUUGUUGAGUUAAAGCUCCCUUUAUCCCUCCCCCAACUUCUUGAUCUGUUAUGUUCUGAGAAACUGAAUUCAACCUUUAUGGUUCACACACAAAAAUGUUAAAUGGCUGAGGUAAAGAAGAAUCCGAAUUCUGUACAUGUUGAGGCAAAGGGUGGGCGAUAAUAUGUCCUGUAAAAUACAAAGCAAGGCAUCCCAGGUCAGUGAGUUUUGUUGUUUAGUUUUCUUCCUGCAUUUAGUGUCUAGACUUCAUGAGUAGGAGGUUUUUGAAGCUUCAGGAUACUGUACAGAGUGACCUUACUUAGAGUGUGGGUGUUGAACCAGAAGGUUUUAAGGAAAGCAAACUUUGAUAGUGAUUUGGCAGUUGGCAGUUCACACAACCAUUCAUGCAUGAGGGAAGCAGGAGGGAAGUGGAAGGCAUCUGCUCUGAAGUUUUAAGUUUAGAGCCUUCCCCAACCUGCUGCCCUCCAGAUUCUUUGGACUAUAACUCAGCUAGCUGGGAGGAUAUGGGAGUUGUAGUCCCAAACAUCUGGAGGGCAUCAGACUGGGGAAGGCUGAGUUAGAACAUCAGCCAAACAGAAGGCCUAACUAAAGUCUCAUCCGGGGUUCAAACCCCAACCCUUUUAAAUUAAUUAAAAAUGCUGUUUUUAAAAAUAGAAUUCAUAUCCCAUUCUUCCUUUCCAGGAAGCCUAGGGAGGGAAACAGAUACGCUGUGCAGAAACAAAAGCAAAGUAAACACUUUCUAAUCAGAUUAAAACCUUCUAAAACCAAUGACAAUUAAAAACUGCUAAAAGCAGUUACAGUUAAAAACUUUCCGAAAGCCAUUACAGGCACCCCACAUCCCACUUGCGUGCAACCGUGUUUACGUGGGUCAUCGUGAAAUAAAUAGAUUGGCCUUAAUAAGUGCAUAAGAUAGUUAUCCACGAUCUAUUUUCAUAUCCCUUUAUCUUCCUGUUUGAUUGCAAGGCAGUGUGAUCCACAUGAGAGAUAGAUCUGGACUCCAAUCUCCUAUUUGAGCUCUCAGCUGACUGGAAACCUUUGGGGCUGAAUUAAUUUCUAACUUCAGUUUCCCAUCUGUACUGUUGGAUGACUGAUUAAGACUGUAAACCUCUGAAAAGGUUUCAUUUUUUGUCUUUUGCACAGGGCAUAGUUCAUGCUAGGCAUGCGAUAUUUUUAUUACUACCAUUUACUUCACACAAUACUGUUGAUGUAUGCCCCAAUAUUCACCACAUUUAAAACACACUGAAACCAGUGUGUAAAAACAGCUUUAAACCCUGGUGUUAAAUUUUGGUCAGGCAGAAGCCCCAGAUAGCUGUAAUUUUGUUAAAUGCCAAUUUAGUGCUUAACUGUGGUUGAAGCAUGAGUGAGGAAUGCAUCUGUAUUUAUUUGUUUCUUGCAAGGUUUAUAUUCUGCUUUUCUCCUCCAGCUAGAGAUGUCCAGUUUGGCUACUCUCAACUAAAUGAAAAAGGCCGAAUAAACAAUAGAAGCCUGGCAAUUCUAUUAAAAGUGACAAAACCUGAGCAGCAGGGAAAACAGCGAGGCUGAAUUAUUUUCCAAAGGGGUAGCAACAUUAGUUUGUAACAGAGUCUUGUGGCACUUAAAGAUGAACACAUUUAUUAUGGCAGGCAGGGGAGCUUUUGGCCUUCCAGAUGUUGCUGAACUUCAACUCCCAUCAUCCCUGGCCAUUGGCUAUGCUUGCUGGCACUGGAGGGAGUUGUAGUUGAGCAAUGGUGGGCCAGCGGUUCCCCACUUCUGAUUAUGAAAUAAAGUUUUGUGGACUACAGUCCAGUUCAUCAGAUGCAUAAACUGUUAAUCUGAGUUACGUGUGUGCAUGCGCAUAUGUGAAUACACAUGUACACACAUGAUUGGGAUGGGGAUAAUUGUAAGCAGUAAGGGCAGAAGAAAAGGAAUGCAGAAAAAUAUAGAUGGCGAUAGGUAAAGGUAAAGGGACCCCUGACCAUUAGGUCCUGUCACGGACGACUCUGGGGUUGCAGCGCUCAUCUCGCUUUAUUGGCCGAGGGAGCCGGUGUACAGCUUCUGGGUCAUGUAGCCAGAAUGACUAAGCUGCUUCUGGAGAACUAGAGCAGCACACGGAAACACUGUUUACCUUCCCGCUGGAACGGUACCUAUUUAUCUACUUGCACUUUGACGUGCUUUCGAACUGCUAGGUUGGCAGGAGUGGGGACCGAGCAACGGAAGCUCACCCCGUCGUGGGGAUUCGAACCACCGACCUUCUGAUCGGCAAGCCCAAGAGGCUCAGUGGUUUAGACCACAGCGCCACCUGGAUCCCUUAUAGAUGGCGAUACUUAUUCUAUUAACAGUGGCCAUUCACAAAAAGAAAACCCUGCUAUUGAUAGACAUCCUAGCACAUGCCAAUGAGUGCAUGUAGCAUUAUAACAAAUAUUUUAUCCAAGUUCAAUUAAAAUAUGAAAUAUGAAUCCAAAAGAAAUUUAAGAAAAAUGAAAAGCUUUCUGGGUCAGUAGAGUUUUCUGGCAGGGAUAGGUCACUAUGCAAUCUUGUCUGAGCUGUUAAUUGUUGUUCUCAGAGUAUGUCUGCAGUGGCCCUUAUGAGGUGAUUGGAAAAUGGCAUUAUUUAUUAUUAUUAUUUUUAUUAACAACAACAACAACAACAACAACAACAACCCACCCUUCACCUGAAGGUCCCGGGGCAGGUGACAUCAAUUAAAAACACAAUUAAAAACAGUUUAAAACAACUUCACUGUCACACCCAAAAAUACAUCUCAUGUAUCAAAGGCCAGGAUGUAGACGAUUGCCUUCAGAAUUUGCUGAAAGCUGUAUAAAGAUGAUGCCAGGCACACUUUUGUGGGGAAGGAGUUCCACAACUUAGGGGCUGCCACAGAGAGUGCCUUUUCCUGGCUGCUCUCCACCCCCUUGAGUUUCUGAGGGUAGUACCCCUGCCAGUCUUAACACCUGAGGUGGUCUGUAAGGAAGGAGGUGGUCUUUCAGAUAUUUGGGGCCUGAUUUGUUCAGGGCUUUAAGCACUGGUGUGGCCAUAUUCACUAAAUGAAUAAGCAAAGCAACAAAAAGCCGAACUGAAAUGGUGAAUGAAGGAAGUGUGGGUCUCAGCGGAGGGAGAGGAGGCCUGUCAUUGAUCCCCUGCAGAAAACUUGAGCCCCAGAGCUGCAAGCGGAUACAGCUUGCGAUGCGAUUUCUAGCUAACUGAUUUCUAGGAAACAGGACACAAAGAAGCCUUUGUCUGUGACGACUGCAAAGUCCUCUCUCAAUGCGCAGUCAUGCCAGCCAGUCGCGACGACCCGGGUGAUGUGUAAGAGUAACAGAUCCGUUACUGUGCAGAACUCCCCGCCGUUUCCCCCUCGAGCUGGAGCAAGCUCUCCACUGAAUUCUGAAUGAAUUAUAGCUCUACUGACAACCAGCCCUCCUUUAUAGGGAGAACAUGUGACUGGGUUUUGGGGGGUGGGGGUCCUGCUCUUUAUAUUGGCUCUUCUCUCUCUCCCAUGUUCUGGCUGAAUAUUUAGUUGACUGCUGUAAGGUUUCAAUACAAUGUGAUUGAUUUCUUUAAAAAAUGAAAUGUAAAUAUUGUCUCAUCUUGCAAUUAAAAUAAUGGGCUUUUGAAAAGCUUUUGCAAAAUAUAAGAAGUAAAGUAGCACCAUUUGUGUACACACACACACACACACACACACACACACACAGCUCCUCUAGCCUCUGAGGAGAAGUAUUCUGGUGAAUUCAUCUCAAGGGUUGGAAAAAAAUAAGUAUUAUUUCCUUAGCAGAAUUAAAUUACCAGGGUGGGAAAAUUUAAUUAGCAGAUCAGUACAUUAAAACUAUAGUUAGUUAAUUGAUGAAGCUGAUAAUUAAGGCCAAAAAAGUGAUUGUUUUUCACAUCUAUUUAGGGAAUGAAAAAAGCUGUUUAGCAUUUAUGAAGUGUCAGCUUUUGUUUACCAAAACCUUCAUGUACAAAGACAAUAUAUCUGAAUACCUGAUGGUGGGAACACAUGACUGCAGAAGUCCUUUGACAAGUGAAGAUGACAAACUUCCUACUUGCAAACACUGUCUGUUGCUGAAAAGCAGAAUUUGGGGAACUUCGACCUCACCCAGAAAUGUAGUGGUUAUGUAUGAUAAAUUGCUGAUUGCCUCACCCUUCCUUGUAGGGAGGGACUGUGGCUCAGUGGAUGAGCACUUGCAUAGCAGACAGAUGCUCCCAAGUCUCAUCCUCCACUUUUCCAGCUAAAAGAAUCAGGUAGAAAGUGAUGGGAAAGACUGCAGAAAGCCAGUGUAAUACUGGUCUAGAUGGACAAAUAGCCUGACCAGAUAUAAGGUAGGUAAAGGUAAAGGGACCCCUGACCGUUAGGUCCAGUCGUGGACGACUCUGGGGUUGCGGCGCACAUCUCGCUUUACUGGCCAAGGGAGCCAGUGUACAGCUUCCGGGUCAUGUGGCCAGCAUGACCAAGCCGCUUCUGGCGAACCAGAGCAGCACACGGAAACGCCGUUUACCUUCCCGCCAGAGCGGUACCUAUUUAUCUACUUGUGCUUUCACAUGCAUUUGAACUGCUAGGUUGGCAGGAGCUGGGACCAAGCAAUGGGAGCUCACCCCAUCACAGGGAUUUGAACCGCUGACCUUCUGAUUGGCAAGCCCUAGGCUCUGUGGUUUAACCCAUAGCACCACCCGCGUCCCUUAGAUAUAAGGUAGUUUUCUCAAAAAGACAAGCCCUGGUGGGUCUGGCCAAUGGUUCAUCUAGUCUAGCAUCCUGUUCUCACAGUGACCAGCCAGGUGCUUACAGAAAGCCUACAAGCAGGACCUGAGCACAACAGCACCCUUUCCAACUUGCAGUUUGUAGCAACUGGUAUUCAGAGGCAAUCCUGAGCUGGGUGAGCCAGUGGUCUGACUUAGCAUAAGGCAGUUUCUCGUGUCCUAAUUCAGCUUUCACCAUGGAAGUUGUUGUUGUCCACAAGGACAUAUAGAUGAGGCCUGCCAGAUCAGACCAAUGGCCCAUCUAGUCUGGCGUCCUGCUUUCACAACCAGGUUCUUCAAGGAGAAGAUGAGCAAUUGCAGGUGACUUUGCCCACCACUGCUCAUCUUUCCCCACAGGACACACAUGGAGAGGAAGCUUGGGUGUGUUUUUAAGGGGGCUGCCUCAGGUGAUUAUGAGGGCCAGCAGUGUCCCCCCUGCAAGUCAGGGAUGGGGAACCCUUUUUCAGACAGAGGGCCACACAUUCAAAGGGGCACACAUCAGUGGUGAGUGGGGCCAGAGCCAGAAGUGGAUGCAGCAAUCAAUGUAUUUUUUUUUACAUUGUACAGAAGGCUAGUUUCUAGACCUACACCUCCCUCUAUGUCUUCAGUCCAGGCAAGUGAGAAGCAUUAUUGGCCUGGAGAGAGAAGGUGUAGCUGAGGAGGAGGUGUAGCCCAAGGAGGGGCAGACUGAGAUGCCUAGAGUUCUACAUUUGGCCCCCGGGUCUGAUAUUCCUCACUUCUUGCCCUAGAAUGUAUCCCAAGCAAUCUUGGGAAUGCUCAGUUGACAAAUCAAUGUGGACUGUGUUCCCUGUAGGUAGAAACGAUUGGUUUACAUAGCCAAGUGACUUCAAUUAAGAAAUGAAGUGUAAUUUUUUAAUUUGAGCAUUCCCCUUGAAGGUACAUUUCAGUUUAACAGUUCUCUUUCCCUGUGUUCUGAGUUGUUCUGAGUGAUACUUUGUAGUACACUGGUACCUCGGGUUAAGAACUUAGUUCGUUCUGGAGGUCCAUUCUUAACCUGAAACUGUUCUUAACCUGAAGCACCACUUUAGCUAAUGGGGCCUCCCACUGCCGCCGCGCCGCCGGAGCACGAUUUCUGUUCUCAUCCUGAAGCAAAGUUCUUAACCUGAAGCACUAUUUCUGGGUUAGCGGAGUCUGUAACCUGAAGCGUCUGUAACCUGAAGCGUCUGUAACCUGAGGUACCACUGUAUCAGGCAAGAGGAAUCUUAAGGUUGGUUCAGGCACAACCACGGCAUUUAGGCUUUUUGCAUGAGGUCAAGCUUACUUCUGUGCCCCCACUUAUGCUGAAAACCUUUGCACUGAGGCUGUGUGUGUGAGAAAGCCACUUCCGGCCUGCCCAGGAGGUGGGGUUACUGACCCCUUGUCACUUGAUAAGAUACCUUUCCAUGUUGUAGGCGGACAGGCUAGCUUCCAAAAAAUAGUUAUUUUGCAAAGAAUACAUCUUAUGUCAAGUUUAAACUGCUGAACGCAAACACUAGUUCCGUUUGUGGAAUCAACUUUGGAUUCAGUAGUGGGAUUUAAGACAACCGACACUGUAACAUCAUGUAACAGUUGGUUCAGGUUAUGAUUCUUUUUAAUUUGUUUUGCUACAGUUAAACAGAUAAGUUUGGUGGAAAGGGUUUAUUGAAAUGGCAAAAUAUGUCUCAGUAGUUUAAUUACUAGCAGAUUUUAGGCAUUUGGAAAUAAUAAUUUGGGGGUAUUAUUUUACCUGUUUGGUCAUUUUUUCAUAGAAGAUCACUAGCCCUGAUCUUUGUAUGUGCACUGGUGGGCCAGCUUUUGUUUCGUUUUAAAUUGAAAUUUCCUGUGGUAAUAAAAAAAUCUGUCUCCUUAUGUGUGCUGGGGAAUGGGUAUAGCUAAAAACAAACAUCUGUAUUGGGGGAUGGAUACAACUAAAUACAGAUCUAUUUCACACACACCCUGGAUUAUUCUGUGCUUUGUCUUAACCUCUCUUGUGUUUUCUGUUUCUUUUAAAGUUGAAACCACAAAGGAGAGUCUGUCUGAUGUGCUCUUUUUUCAUUUUGUAAAGGUUAAGUCAUUUCCUGCACUUAAAAGGGUUUUGUUAAAUCUUCCCUUCUCUUCUUUUUCGGAGGUUUUAUGUCAAUCUGCACAACUUGUUCACUUUCUGAGUGUGUGUGGGGGGGGAACCCUUUCAGAAAACAGAAUUCCUCAUUUUAAAAUUUUGCCUAUCAUGAAGUGUGUGACAGUUAUAUAAUCUUACCUCUCAUCAGAUAAUUUAGUCUAAGAAUCACACCUCUUAUGUUUAUUGAGCACAACAACUUUCAUUGUUGGGGAGAAAAGUUUCAUUUGUCACCUUGUCUUUCCCCGCUUAUCUUCCAUUUCCUCUGGCCUCUUUCCCUCUUCGCUUCCAUGAAAUCUAGUUUUUCCAGUUCCCAUUCUCCUGAUCUCUGUGCUAUUGAGAGCCAAUGUGAUGGAGUGAUUAAACGUAGACCAGAGAUAGCUGGGUUGAAUUCCCCAAUUAGUUAUGAAGCUCACUGGGUUUCCUGGGGCAGUCAGUAGAUCUCAAUCUAACCUACUUUGCAGAGUUAAGAUUUUUUGGGAGGGUGUGGUGGGGACCUGGAAAAAAUGCUUUGGUCUUUAUAAGCAUCUUUGCUUUAUUCAUCUUCACUAGUAACCAUAGCAUAUCUGCAAAAAUUGUUCAGUAACAACAGAAUUAAACUGGCAGAGCAACUGUGGCAAGUAACUUCUGUGACAUCAGAGCAGCUUAGCCAAUGGCUCACAAACUUGACAACUGUUGGUACUUGCUGGGGCUGGGGGACUUUCGGGUUUGCUAUUGCAAGUACAGCUUGAAAAAGCUCUGAUGCCAUGAAGAAUUAGGUUCUGGUCUGUUUCUGCCCACCCAUACUGGCCGCAAUGGACAGGAAGGGUGAUAAAAGGUUUCCUGUUUGGACUGGAACCUUGCCUGAGCAACAAUAUCUUCUUUGCUCUGGUUUUUUCCUGUGCCUCUCUUGGGUCUAACUCCCUGGAUUAGCUUCUGGCCCACUUCUGACAGCUGCUUUGUGGCUCAGCCUUAACAACAAUAGCCAACCUGUAUUUACUGGCCUAAAUUAAAUGGACCGUAAUAUCAUUUGGGGGGGGCAUAGGAGAAGCUUUAAAUCUGCCACAUAAUUAGAAAUUUAGCUGAAGGGUUUAGAACCAUUAGAUUAUCAGCUCAAGGCUGGGGUGUAGGGUUAGCUUGGUUGUUACAUUUUGGAGGAGAAGACCAUUCAUUUUGUAUUUAUUAAUUACUUCUGCUAUAGUUUACUAUUUUUGCUGAAACAUUUUAAAGCCAGUGUGGUGUAGUAGUUAAGAGCGAUAGAGUCGUAAUCUGGGGAACCGGGUUCGCGUCUCCGCUCCUCCAGAAGCAGCUGCUGGGUGACCUUGGGCCAGUCACACUUCUUUGAAGUCUCUCAGCCCCACUCACCUCACAGAGUGUUUGUUGUGGGGGAGGAAGGGAAAGGAGAAUGUUAGCCGUUUUGAGACUCCUUCGGUAAAGCGGGAUAUCAAAUCCAAACUCUUCUUAAACCUAUGGUAUAAGCCAGCCCUGUUUCCUCUCAAACCUCCUCCCCAGCUUUUAAGUAGUGGGCAAGUGUUUCACAUUAAAUUAUAGUUAAACUGUAUUGUUUAAUUAGUGUUUUUAUGGAGCAGUCAAGUAAUUUCGUUGUCCCCAAAGGGGGCAAUGACAAUAAAGAUAUUAUUAUAUUAUUAUUAUUAUAUUAUAUUAUUAAACCUGGGCCAGGUUGGUGGAGAGGAUUCUAUCAUGUCACAUUGCUAGUUCAGGGUGUCAUUUUUCAGAGCAAAUGUUUGCUUCAGGUAGAAAGCUAGCAAUGUAGGAAGAGAGCUGAGCUACAGCUGUUGCCUCUCUGUACUAGUUGCCCUGCAGUGAGAUAUGUUGUGGGGGAGCGUUAAAAAUGGCACUUCCUCACAUUCCAUUUGACCACCUCAUUCUGUUCCAUGUGCAUACUUGGAAAUUGAUGAAAACCCUACCUACAAAUUCUGCCAAAUUAUUACUAUUUUAAAUCAUCCAGUACUUCUGGUUUGUUUGUUUUUAAAUGAGAAGUGGUAUCAUUUAUUUCAGCACCUAAUGCAUUCCCAUUUUCAUUUAGGAACCCAGCGGUUAUAGUAGCUUUCUUUUUGAUUUAAAUCAUUUGCAUCCGUUUUGGCCAGUGGUAUUUGAAGCCUCAGCCACAGAGGACGAGGUUUUUAAAACUUUCUAAAAUCAAUCAAUUUCAGUGUCUCUUAUGCAUUCAUUCCCGCCCCGCCCCCAUCUCUCCCUUUCAGUCAGCUUGUUUCUCUCUAUAGAAUACAGAAUAAAACUCACAGUGGCAAGUAAGUGGCCCAAUAGCUCUUUAUUAUGCUGUUUUGGAAUGUUUAAAAACUCUGCUUGUGAGAAAUUUCAGUGACAAAAUAAAUGCCUCUCAUGAGCCCUUGCAUGGACAUUGGUCUGUAUACUCUGUCACCUGGUCCUUUAAGGCGGUUUGGGUGGUAAAGGAGACAACUGUCUGUCUGUCUCUCCCUCAACAAUUGUGUAUUCAUUUGCACUUAAUCCGUCUUCUCCCUUGCUGUUGGUUAGGUCAGUCUAAUUCUAAUGGAUGCAGCUUGAGAGGAAACCAUAAAUCUUUUUUUUUUCAUCCCCAAAGCCUAGGACAGUGAUUCCAUCCAUUUAAAAGUGGUGACUUUAUUGCCUGGUAUUUGUGACUUUUAUAGGGUUCUCCCGUAGUAAUGUGCUUUUCACACUGAGAAGCAGCAAGAGUCUCUGUAAAUGACCAGUACAUCCAUUUAAUGCCACUGUCGACAUGUAUGUGGGGAAUCUGCCCUAAUCUGGAAGCUUUCAGAAUUCUAGAAUUGUAGAGUUGGAAGGGAACCUGAGGGUCAUCUAGUCCAACCCCCUGCAAUGCAGGAAUCUCAACUCGAUCAUGCAUCUCCAAGGAAGGAGAGUUCACCACCUCUCACGGAAGUCUGUUCCACAGCUUGCUAUCUAGGGAUCUUUGGUGGUGUUGCUGAGACUUGAAACAAUGAGCUUCUGCGGCUGCUCUGCUAAUGGGCUACUGAUCAGUCUAAUCAUAUGUUGCUUUCAUCUUAGUUUCAUUGUCAUGGAUUCCUCUAAAGCCCGUACAGGAAAACAGUGCCCAUCUGGAUUGUUGCUAAACUCCAGCUCCCAUAAGGUUCUAACAAAUCCAAAGAAUUGCAGUUUGAAGACACCUAUUAAUUUUCCAAAUCCCCCCUCCCCAAAAGAAUUCCCAGGAGAGAGGAAAUGACUUUUAAUUCAGUUAGAGAACCCACCUGCACCGUACAUUUAAAGCAGCAUUGUGCUAUGGUUCGUUAAGGGUUGUGAGAGGUAUUAGGAGGCUUCUAUUCUCAUUGCAGGGACGCGGGUGGUGCUGUGGGUUAAACCACAGAGCCUAGGACUUGCCGAUCAGAAGGUCAGUGGUUCGAAUCCCCACAACAGAGUGAGUUCCCAUUGCUCAGUCCCUGCUCCUGCCAACCUAGCAGUUCGAAAGCACGUCAAAGUGCAAGUAGAUAAAUAGGUACCGCUCCGGCGGGAAGGUAAAUGGCAUUUCCGUGCGCUGCCCUGGUUCGCCAGAAGCGGCUUAGUCAUGCUAGCCACAUGACCCGGAAGCUGUACGCCGGCUCCCUCGGCCAAUAAAGUGAGAUGAGUGCUGCAACCCUGGAGUCGGUCACGACUGGACCUAAUGGUCAGGGGUCCCUUUACCUUUUUUAUUCUCAUUGCGGAGCUACCAUUCCCAUGGUUCCCUAGGAAGAGGGAUCGAAUGUUAAACCACUCUGGGAAUUGUAGGUCUGUAAGGGGAAUAGGGGGUCUUCUAACAUCAUCUUGGGGUGAAACCAUGACUGUCUAAAGUGGUAUGAUACUGCUUUAAAUGCACAGUGAUGAUGGGGCCAAGUUAAUGGUGUACAUAGGCCCAAGUGGUCAGUCUGACUCCUUUUUAUCUGCUCUUUUAAAAAAAUAAAUAAAUCCCAGAAAUCUGCUAUGAUCUCUCUGUUGCCUGCAAGGGGAAUAUUUUGGGUUUGAUGUCUCAAUCAAAACCCUUUCCUCUCUUAAAUUCAGACUCUUAGGCAUAGCUUCAAAUCCACCAGUCGCUGUAUAUUCUCUCUCUUUUGAGGUCAUUACUACAUAUUUUCAGUUUUCUCUGUAGCUUGGGUAGCAGAUUCCCCCUUUAAAGCCUGUUCCUCCAUUUAUUCCACUCUCCAUCCCACCAUGCCAAACUGUCACAAAACAGAUAGGCUUCUGUCCAAGUCGCUGCCUCUCAUCAGACAAACAAGCCUCUUAUUAUAAGAAGAUACUCUUAUCGUUGACUAUUCAGUCAUCUUCUUUGAAGAAAUGUCCGGCUUAUCUUGAAAACAGGAAAAGCUAUCUUGAGUAAAAGACAUUGAAGGAUCCAGAAAAGUUUAUUUCUUACAAUCAAAGAGACCAACAGUAAUUCUGGCAACUUGUGGCUCAAAGGCUGCUGCUGUUCAUUCAGUGCUAAAACCUCCUCCCAAAUCUGGAACAAAUGCAGUUUUCAGGUUGGACUUCUCUGAAUAGUGGUUUUGAACGAUUUUUCCAGCAGGGGUGUGCAGAAGGUAGAUCAGGAUGUACUGAUAGACCUUGGAGUGAUUUGCAGUAGAUCAGUUGUUUAACAAUCACAAUAACAACAGACUUUCCCCACCUAAAUUAGGAAGGAUUCUGUUUUGGCAUUGAAAACAAGACUAAUAAUAAUAAUGUGCUCAGAGGUACCUUGCUUUUUCAUUCUUAACUGUACGUCUUGUUCUGGCUUAUAUAUUUUGGAGUUCUAGUAAAGAACAAGCAUGAAGACAGACCAUCUCUUUGUUCAUAGUACUGAUUCCCCCAAUUUUUCUUCUUCUUCUAAUUUUGUUACAAAGUUAUAAAGAGAAAUUCUUAAUCAUCUGCUACAGUGAGAGACGCCUGUUUGGAUACAUUAAUGUAUCUUUAACUGAAGGAGUUUUAAAACAAAAAACCAGCUGUUUUCAGUGUUAGGCUGCUGUCGUCUUCCCAGACAUGCAUGUUGCCUUUUUUCCGCUAAAAGCUGAACAUUUUGGAUAAACAUUAAGUGUUGCUUAAACAUUUGAAAAAUGUGGAAGAUAACAAUUUUGAGUUGAUUGGGGGUUGGGGGAAAGGAGUGAGGACUCAUUCCUGCUUCUGAGGGAAAUGUUGAAGACUUUGUGUGACUUUGCCAGAUCUUGCAACUUAGUUGCUUGCCUGCUUGACAUUCUGGCAAAAGUUGCAACCAUUAAGUAGCCUGAGGGUAAGUUUUCAAACUUCCAUAAUCAGAAGCCUUCGGAGUGUAAUCAGAAGCCUUCGGAGUGUACACCUGUUUGGCAGUCUUCACUUUUUGGCCCUUUUAGUUCCUUGAGACUCCAAAUUACCAGCUUUCACUCUCUGUGUACACCUAGAGGGUGGCAGUUUCUGAAGUUACUAUGUGCUGCAGGUUAGGUUUUGCAUAAUACCUGAUGGGAGCAGAAAAGCAAAUUACAACCGCCCCCAACGCACAAAAAUCAUGGUGCCCAAGACUGGGCCAGAGGCAGUAUGCAUCUGAAUAUUAAUUGCUGGGAAUCACAAGUGGGAAGAACACAGUUUUGUGCAGGUCCAGCUUACAGCCUUCCUAUAGGGAUCUGGUCGGCUACUGUGAGAACAGAAUGCUGGACUAGAUAGGCCUUUGGUCUGAUCCACCAGGGCUCUUCCUAUGUUCUUUGGCACCUGAGUCACAGAAUCCUGUAAGUGCCUCAUCUUUCCCCCUGCAAUUUGGGAACAAAAAUACAAUCAUUAUAAUGAAUGAAAUAGCUAACAAUUUACUUCCCUUUCACGGCACCCAAAACCAGCUGCCAGAGGUGGUCAUCUCCCAAUGGCGAAUGUUAGGGCUGGCCCUGUGUCAUCGGUGUAAAUGGUCAAUGACAUAGUUUCCUAAGCAAAUAAAGAAAAGAGAGAGUUCCCAGCCCCAAGGAGCUUACAAACUAAAAUGGACACUGGAAAGCAGACAGCAGAGACCGGGGAGGAGGCGAGGAGGGCAGUGAAGGGUGAAUAUUUGCAAAUGCAGCUGCAUGCUGUCACAGUUGGGAAUGGGGAUUAAGGGCUUAGUGAAAGGUGGAAAGGUCAAAACCCAUCUUCUCCCUCUGCAGUGAGCUGUCAUUCCCCGCCCCCCCCCCCCAGCCAGCCAGCUGCCUUAGUUCCAUCCUAGUCACUGAGGAAAGGGAUCUCCUUCUUCCAUGAAACUGGUGGAGGAAGGAGAGAAAGAUCUGUCCCUCUUCCUCCAGCCUGCUCACUCGCUUGCAUGGAACUCGCUUGCAUGGAACUUGGUGUACUCUCCUGUGGUGAAUUCCUGGUCUCCUGUGGUGACCAAGAUAAAUAGGUACCGCUCCAGCGGGAAGGUAAACGGUGUUUCCAUGUGCUGCUCUGGUUCGCCAGAAGCGGCUUAGUCAUGCUGGCCACAUGACCUGGAAGCUGUACGCCGGCUCCCUCGGCCAAUAAAGCAAGAUGAGUGCUUCAAUCCCAGAGUUGUCUGUGACAGGACCUAAUGGUCAGGGGUCCCUUUACCUUUCGCCACCUAUAUUUUUCUGCAUUCCUUUUCUUCUGCCCUUACUGCUUACAAUUAUCCCCAUCCCAAUCAUGUGUGUACAUGUGUAUUCACAUACUUGCACUUUGACAUGCUUUCGAACUGCUAGGUUGGCAGGAGCAGGGACUGAGCAACUGGAGCUCACCCCAUCAUGGGGAUUUGAACCACUGACCUUCUGAUCAGCAAGUCCUAGGCUCUGUGGUUUAACCCACAGCGCCUCCCGGGUCCCAAGCAGGUCCUCCCUCUAUUGUGUGGGCAGGUAGUCCCUCCCCUACCUGGCCUGGUCUCCUUGGCAACGCUUCCCCCAGGUGGGAUUGGACAGCUGACUGAGAUAGGCGGAGACCUCCAGGUAUCCCACCUGAGGGAGGGCGAAGCCAAGCCUAUGCUGAUGGAGCCGCUCCAGAUCCAGGGGCUGCGUGCGUCCAUGCAAAGGGCGCCCCCCGUUUUUAUGCUGGGAGUGGUCAUUACUGCCAAAUUGGGAUUGGAGCAAGGGAAGUGACCUGAAUCACUUGUCCUUGAAAGCAUACGUGGCACAGACCCUUGCAGACCUGUACCACGAGCACAACCACAUUCCACACAUUUCUCCAAAUGGCGUUCACCGUGGGAAGAACUGCACCUCUGCCCUAUGGAAAUAUUACGACCCCAGGAAAAUGUGCCUGCAGAAGCAACUCCUUAAGGGAAGAUUCGUUGCAAGGAGAUCAGUAUAUAGGCUUGUAACUCAUGGCACUUUCUUCAGCAGCUUGCUUCAUGGUUCUCAGUCUUCUGUUAUUUCAGUUUUAUCAGCGCAUUGGGAAGGAUUAGAUUAAAUAGGGACUGCAGUUCUCUAGAUUCUAGGAAAGGUUUGAGGCAUCAUAAAUGGCAUUUGCUUGUGUGUUGGAUGGGAGAGUGUAUGUUGCUGUGUGCCUAGCUUCAGAUCUGGAAUGCUUCGGAUACCUGCAGCAUCAAAAUUUAAAUUUUUCCAGGUUGUUUUGUUGCUGUUGUCAAUAUCCUGUUUCGGUCAACUUAUCCUCAAAGAGCUGUCAUUACUGUAGAUCCUCCGUUUGUUACAAUUGUUCUGCUAUUUUAUUGGUCUCUUGCUUGCUGUGUAAAGUUUGGAUCUCUUUGAGGGUUGUUUUUUUAAUUGUCAUCCUUCCUCUUCUUGAAUUAAUUACCCAGAUCUACAAUUCUAAUGAUGGACAGUAUGAGGAUAAGUUAAUACAUGCUUUAAACCUAAAACAUUUUUAGUGAGCAGGGCUCUCUCUCUCUCUCUGUCUUUCCUCACCCUUCGGUAAAGUUCAGCCGUAGACGUGUUUCUGCUUGAACAUGAUUAUACCAUGGAAAAUUAAUGAUCUGAGCUGAUUAGCUCCACUAAGAUGGAGUUUGACUUCCUGUGCUUUAUGGGUGUUCAUCUGCCCUGGGGCUGUUAAGAUCUUUAACAAGGCCUCUCCUCAAGACCUUUCCAUCCUGCAAAUGGCGAGCAAUUGGGGACAAGUCUGGACAGUGGAUGAAAAGGCUGACUUGCCUGGCUUUGCAAAGGAGGUCCUAAGAGAUAAGAUUCUCAAAUAGCUCUGAAGUAGAAGGGCUGAAUUCAGCCCUUCUGUAUUGUUUAGUUGUUGUUGUUGCUGUUGCUGCUGUUGUUGUUGUUUUAAAGAACAAUCCCUAUUGUCCAGCAACAUGUGGACCUUCUGAUCGGCAAGUCCUAGGCUCUGUGGUUUAACCCACAGCACCACCCACAUCCCUAUGUAUUAUUGCAUUUGGUCUAAACCACAGAGCCUAGAGGUUGCCGAUUGGAAGGUCGGCAGUUCGAAUCCCUGCGAUGGGGUCAGCUCCCAUUGUUCAGUCCCUGCUCCUGCCCACCUAGCAGUUUGAAAACACCCCAAAAAGUGCAAGCAGAUAAAUAGGUACCACUCCGGCGGGAAGGUAAACGGCGUUUCCGUGCGCUGCUCUGGCUCGCCAGAAGCGGCUUAGUCAUGCUGGCCACAUGACUGUGGACAAAUGCCAGCUCGCUCAGCCUAUAGAGCGAGAUGAGUGCCGCAACCCCAGAGUCGUUUGCGACUGGACCUAAUGGUCAGGGGUACUUUCAUUGAAGAUGCUCAGCAUCCGAAUGCCUCUCCUAAAAAAUGUACCCUAACAACAACCCUAUGAGGUAGGUGAGGCCGAGAAAUGGCGAGUGGCCCAAAGUCAGCUAGGGAGCUUCAUUGCUAAGCGGGGAUUCGAAUGGUGGUCUCCCAGGUCCAGACGCUCUUGGUCACUGCAUUCAUUGGCUCAUCCAUGUUAGGAGAUGCUUUUGCUUAAGAAUAUAAGACGUGUCCUUGCUGGACCAAGCCAGUAAUCUCCCUUGUUCAACAUUCUUCACAAGAAUCCUAGUGUUGGGUUCAUUCAUUUAUGUAAAACAUUUUUACUCACUUUUCAGCUGAAAAGGUUCCCAGAGCGGCUUACAUAUGAUCAAAAAGGAUAAAAAUUCCCUGCAUGCAGACUGACAAUCCAAAAGACAUGACAGGGGAUGGGGAAGGAAGCAGGGGCUGAUGGGAACUGUAGUCCAAAACAUCUGAAAGGUGCCAGAGUGGGAAAGGUUGCAGUUUAAAAUACUGGGGUAGAUGAACCAAUAGGAAGUAGGAUUUUAUUAUUUUAUUAUUAUUAAAGGUCAAGUUGACAUAUACAGAGCAUUUAUACAUAAAUUCUGUCAGCAGCGUAAACUCGCAUUUUUCAUAAUUUGCAGCUAAAACUCAAUAAAGAAGAAAUAAAAAAACAAAGAAAGAAAGAAAGGGGAAAGAAGCAGGAAAAAUGAAAGAAUAUUGCAUUUAUUUAAGCUUCACCUGGUACUCAUGUUAUUUUGUUUAAUGGAAAGAGUGAAGUGACAUAACAUUUAAGAUUUACAGACAGGCAAAAUAAAAGAUGAUUAAUGAUUAGGUAGGUUUGGUCUUCUUAAAUGUGUGCCCUUAUAUAAAGUUGUCUGAAACCCAGUCAGGAUGGAGAUUAUUACAGAUAAUACUUAUGGGGUUUUGUUGUUGUUGCUGCUGUUAUUUUUUUUGACAAUUGGCCUUACAAGUGAUAUCUCAAAAUCUCCAGUCCUUAAAUUAGCACCCUAUCUUUCUUUUGAACCCACCACAUUUCCUAGGAUACGGUUUGAAAGCUUUCAAAAAGGGAGGAAAAGGCACCGAUCCCUCUGCUUCCCACCCCAAAAGAAUUAGCUCGCAAAGCAAACUAAAAAUUGCUCAAGGCAUCCACACUUAUUCCUUUUGAACGUGCCCUGUGGCUCCUGGACAUUUGUAGCCGGCUGAUCUCAUCCUCUGAAAUUCUUGAUUGCCGGAGAGCAGAGCGACAAUCUAGAGAACAAGGAAAUUCUGAAUGGAAACCUUUUCUAUAUUGAAGUCAGAUGCUUGACAUUAAUCUCCAAGCAAAGUCUUCUGUGUUUGUCGUCGUCCCCCCCCCCCCUUGGCAUAUUUGCUUGCCUUCCUUGCAAGGUUGGUGUCUCUUCCAACCCUUCUUAUUUAAUUUGCUGCCUUUCCCACGCAAUUUAACAGCAGGACCAGGAUUUUCUUCCAAGUGUUUCUGAGUGCAGUUCUGAGGCGAUCUAUGCAGGAGUUUGUACACACCCUCUUUGUUUUGGCAGGAGUUUUCCCCAGCUAGACUUGAAUGGCCUUGUAGCGCAUUAACGGUGUCUGGCUCCAAACUGACCUAUCUUGAGAAAGGCUGUAGCUGAAUGGUAGAGCAUCUGCUUUGCAUGCAGAAGGUCGCAGGUUCAAUCCCCAGCAUCUCCAGGUAGGACUGGAAGAGAUCCUGCUCUGAAAUCCUGGAAAGUCCCUGCCAGCCAGUGUAGUCAAUACUGAACUGGAUGGAUCAAUGGUCUGGCUCAGUAUGGCAGCAUCCUGUGUCUGGUAGAAGGAUACAUUUGAAAUUGCAUUUACAUGCUUCUAGGUUAUUUUAAUGAUAACAGUAGAAGAAGCCCCAGCUGCAGAUGUUCCUGUGCUUUCACUGUCCAGUCCCUUCCCAGCAGACAUGUUUAUAGUUUUUCAAAGAGAGAAGGAGUUAGGGAGUGCUCUGUUAGUAGACCUUGCAGCUUGGGUGAGUUAGAUUCAAAGGCUUUAUUCAUGCAGGAACUAUUUAAAGGAUGAGUGGAGAUAGGAGAGAAGUAGCAGACAUCUUGUCUAGAGAGAACAGCAAACAAAAAACAGGUUUUAGGGAUGGAGUUAACUUAGACAGAGGGGCUUACAAAUUCCUAGGUUGCUACACAAACAGUGCCCUCAUGUAGUUUAAACCAACACAUGUAUUAACUACAAACUCAGGAGAAGGAAUUAUUUGCUUUUCUCCAACACACUCUUCCUGUUUGAGAUGGAUGCAAAGAGGAGGUGAAAAAGGAAGUGGGAGAGAGCAUCACUCUUCCAGUUUCCAAUAGGAGAAGGGUAGGGCUGGGCAAGAUCCAGUGGAGAGCAUCUGCCAGUCAGUAUAGACAAUACUAAGCUGUCAAACUAUAGAGCAACUUCCUAUGUCACUGUCCCAUGCAGUGUGCAGUCCUAGAAUUGUGGGCUUGUUCUUUCCCUCCCAGAGGCCUGCAGCCUCCUUAGGAAGCCUCUGUUGUGAACCAUCUGUUCCACAAGGGCUGGUCUGGAGAGAAUUCAUUUAACCCUAAGCCUAGCUACCGUAUUUUUCACUCUAUAAGACACACCAGACCACAAGACGCACCUAGUUUUUGGAGGAGGAAAACAAGAAAUAAUAAUAAUACUCUGAAUCUUAGAAGCCAGAACAGCAAGAGGGAUCACUGCGCAGUGAAAGCAGCAAUCCCUCUUGCUGUUCUGGCUUCUGGGAUAGCUGCGCAGCCUACAUUCGCUCCAUAAGAUGCACACACAUUUCCCCUUACUUUUUAGGAGGGAAAAAGUGAGUCUUAUAGAGCAAAAAAUACGGUAUUUUUUGUGUGUGAUGGCAAGGACGUUAGAGCAAGAGUGGGCAACCAUAUUUAGCUGGAGGGCUGCAUUUGCUUCCAGGCAAGCUUUCAAGAACCACAUGCCAGUGGUGAGCAGAGCUAGAGGCAAAAGUGGGUGGAGUAACAAAUGUAAAGCUUACCUUUGCACAUUGUACCAGUUUCUACCCUUCUCUGUCCUGCAUCCAGGCAUGCAAGAAGCAUCAUCAGAGUGCAAGGGAUGCAUUUCAGCCAAGCAAAAAACCAUGGUGUGCAAUGCAUAACCGUUGAAAGGGCAUGACCUCAGGAGAGUUCUGACGGUCAAAUAGAGGUCUGGAGUUCUGCAUUUGGCCAUCAGGACUGAUAUUUCCCACUUCUGAGCUUCAGGCAUCAUUAUCUGUUUAUGCAGAACCACAGAAACCUAAGUACAAGUUGUUUGAUGCAUUUAAAGACAUCUAAUAUAUAGAUUUUAUAGUACACUUAAAGUUUUAAAUACAGUUUAAAAUAGAAAGGUUUUCCUGCUUGAUUCAGUAGAUUGCAUAAACUGUUCCCAUUCUGUAACAGCUGCCACAUUCCACAGAAAGUUGUGUGAUUGCAAAAUCCCUUGGGAUCCUGUCUCCUGCAUUGCUUAGAAGGCAUUUUUCCCCCCAAAGCCAGCCUUGUUUAAUAGCAUUGGUGAACUACAUUUUACCCCUGCCUUCUUGUUGAUCAGCCUUAGCUGGGAGUUGCCAACCUAUUUAGGCCUGAGGGCGCAUUUUAUUUUUUGAGUGAGCACCAUGGGCAACACCCUCUGGGUCCACUUCCCUUCCUCCAGAUCAGCCUCCCAACUGAGACAGAAAGAGUGAAAUGAUGCAUUCAUGUGUUUCACUUUUCCAAGCUGUAUCCAGUAGAAUUAAUCUGAACCUCAAGAAGAACAUAGACCUGAAAGAGGAAGUGGGAAAGAAGGCCAGUCUUCCAACUCCCUCCUUCAGCUCUAAGUACAGUGGAACUUCGAGUUGCAGAUGUAAUCUGUCCCGGAGACACAUCCACAACUCGAAGCGUUCGCAUCCAGGAGCGCCGUGUCUGUGCACGCGAUUUAGCGCUUCUGCACAUGCAUGAGCGGUGAAACCCAGAAGUAACCAUUCCGGUACUUUCAGGUUGCCGCGGGACACAAUUUGGAAAGACGUAACCUGAAGCGGAGGCAACAUGAGGUAUGACUGUACUUGUUAUGGGAGGAAAAAAUGUAACUGCCCUCAACAGCCUUGUGGCCAAGAGGACAGUGAAUAAUAUAUAUAUAUAUAUAUACACACACACACACACACACACACACACACACACACACAUAUACAUACCCCGCCCAUCUGGCUGGGUUUCCCCAGCCACUCUGGGCAGCUUCCUACAAAAUAUUAAAAUACAAUGGUCUGUUAAACAUUAAAAGCUUCCCUAAACAGGGCUGCCUUCAGAUGUCUUCUAAAAGUCAGAUAGUUGCUUAUUUCCUUGACAUCUGGUGGGAGGGCGUUCCACAGGGCGGGGCCACUACCGAGAAGGCCCUCUGCCUGGUUCCCUUAACCUCACUUCUCGCAGCAAGGGAACCAGAAGGCCCUCAGAGCUGGACCUCAUUUUCCAGGCAAAACAAUGGGGGUGGAGAUGCUCCUUUAGCUGAAGGAUGGUUGGGGAAGCUCAGAGGCUUUUUGGGUGACAGGGAAGACCUUAAGGGUGUCAUUGCACUCAAGGGUGCCAUGUUGGCGACCCCUGAUCUGCAGCUUCUUCCCUAAGACACAAAUGGACAACCCGUGAGCAGCAUGUGGCCCCUGGACUCUCUCUGCAUGGCCCACUAAGUCCCAGGAGAGCUCUGUCCAUCUUUCUCAGCUGCCUAGCUGAGUAGCUAUCUGCUGAACAGUGGUGAAAAGAAAAGAAAGGAAGACCCCAAAUACACCGCAAAACAUGAUUUUAGGUCUUUCAAGAGCUGAUAGCCAUGAUAUAGAAACUCAAUGGAUAGCUGAAGCUCAGACCACCUUUACUGCUAAGAAAAGCAUGGGGAAGUGGUUAGAGAGAGCCUUCGCUGUCUUCUUUAAAAGCUGCUAGAAGCAUCUGGCUGACUGCUGUUGGAAACAGAAUGCUGGGUUAGAUGGAUUUUUGGUAUGAUCCAGUAAGGCACUUCUUGUGGUCUCCGCAACUCCCUCCAAAAUUGUGUGAUAUGGUGCAGAAUGUUUCAGUGGUCUUUCAGUUUUGAUUACUGAAAACAUAUUUCAUCUGGAAGCACAAAUAGGAUUGGUAGUCUGUUAAAUGUCCUAAACCAGAUCUAUGUUUGAUUCCACCCCUCCUUUCAGUAUAGGAUCCUUUCCUUUCCUUCAUUUGUUUGUUCAUUCCUCCUUUUCCAUUCUUUCUUAUGUCCUUCCUCCUUUCUUUUUCAUUUUGUGAGCUUGAGGCCUUUUCAUAAGCGAAUGCAACUUAAAAUUUUCCCACAUACAACCCCUUUACGUGAAUAUAUGGAUUUGCUGUAAGUACCCAGCCCCCUCAGAUGGCAGACGAUUUAUUUACAGUUCGUGAGUUUGGAUUUGUGAGUUCAGAAAACAGCUCUAUUGUGCAAGGCCAUUCAUAAUGGAUUGUUAGGAAAGUGCUUCGUCAAUCCUAAUAAAUCUGCCAGCAGCCUUAGUCAUCUUCCAGAGAACGAAGUUCAGUGAAAGCUUAGAUAUCAUCUUCAAGAUAUACUGGGACACUUAAAGAGUUGUCUUGAUCCAACGAGAAAUGCCACAUAGAUCAACUGCGAAAGCUGCAGCAGACGCAACUCCACUGAUUGCUUAACCAUGGUUAAGCAAUCAGAACGGACUAUGAGACCGUUCCCCACUCUCUUCCAGAGCACAAAUUUCUCCUUUGGGACCUAACAAAGAGUUCAGCACUAUAUCACCAACUGUGUUAACUACAACUAGGUCUCACUAUGUUGAGCCUUAGCUCAGUAGAACAUGUGCUUUGCACGCAGAAGGUCCCUAUGUUCAGUUCCCCAGCAUCUCCAGGUUAUCUCCCUUAGAGCUUCUGCCAAUCAGUAUAGAGCAAGGCUAUGGACCUGGGUCUGGUCAGUGGGCCAGAUGGUUAUCUCACGCCCCCCGCCCUUUGCAGGCCAAGCUGAUCAGGUAGGUGAAGCCUUGCACUUGUCAACCACCCGUGCCAUAGUGAAGUCACGUGACUUCAGAAGCCCCUUUCUUGUGCAGUGCUUUGAAAGGGGCUUCUGAAGAUCCCAUAAAUCAGCUGGCUGAGCCAGCUUUGUACCUUCUCCAUACCUGACAUCAUGUAUGAUGUCAGGCGUAGGGCGGGGGGGGGGAGGCGGGGAGGCUUGGCUGAAAUGGCCUUAUGGGCCAAACGGGGGAAGCCUGCUUCACCUGAUUAGGCCCAAAGGCUGGAUUUUCCCUACCCCUGGAGUAGACAACACUGAGCCAGUGGUCUGAUUUGGUAGAAGGCAGCUUCCUAUGUUCUUGGAGUCUCCACUUAACCCAAGACUGGAAACGAUUGCUUGACAUUUAUACAGUGCUUCAGAGUGUUCAAAGCUCUUCACACAUCUUACCUUAUUAUUGUACCUGCAACAGCCCUGUACGGUUGGCCUAAGGCCACUUAAUAUGUUCACAGCAGAGGCAAAAAUCUCAACUGCGAGCUUCUUAGUUGUUUUCUUCUGUGUUCUAAUUAUGUGUGCAUAUAUAUAUAUAUAUAUAUAUAUAUGUAUGUAUAGUGUGUGUGUAUGUAUAUGUAAUUGGUUUAUAAUCAUAAGAGGCUUAUGAUUAUAAGAAGCCACUUGGCAAUUAAGUGAGAGACUGAGCAAUAAAUAAAUAAAUGCAAUUUUCGUGUUCUAUACUAUCGUUCCUUCUCUUUACUCUGACUAAUAAUGCAUGUGUAGCCAGAAUGGCAUCACCCGCCCGCCAGUGCAGGAGAGAUCAGCAAGACUAGGGAAGAACCCAGAAGUUUGCAGAUGCACAAUAAAAUAAAAUAAAUAUUAUUUGGGUGGGGGACCUAAGUGGGUAGGAGAGAGGAGCCAAAGCAGCCAGAUAAGGACUGAGGAUACUUCACGGCCUUAGAGUGCUAACUGACUGUUUGGAGAGGAAACUGAACAUGGUGGGAUUGAGUGGCUGGUACCCUGCAUGCAACAUUUUGUUGGAAGCUCCCAUUUCAAUAAUAAUAAUAAUAAUAAUAAUAAUAAUAAUAAUAACAAUAACAAUAAUAACAAUAAUAAUUUAUUAUUUAUACCCCACCCAUCUGGCUGGGCUUCCCCAGCCACUCUGGGCAGCUUCCAACAAAAUAUUAAGAUACAGUAAUGCAUCAAACAUUAAAAGCUUCCCUAAACAGGGCUGCCUUCAGAUGUCUUCUAAAAGUCUGGUCAUCGUUGUUCUCUUUGACAUCUGGUGGGAGGGUGUUCCACAGGGCGGGCGACACUACCGAGAAGGCCCUCUGCCUGGUUCCCUGUAACUUGGCUUCUCGCAGUGAGGGAACCGCCAGAAGGCCCUCGGUGCUGGACCUCAGUGUCCAGGUAGAACGAUGGGGAUGGAGACACUCCUUCAGAUAUACUGGACCGAGGCCGUUUACUGUGCUGCACUCUACUGUACCACUAAACAACGUCAGCGCAUUCAGCUUUUCUUCUGCGUAAAUUGUUGGACCGUGGCAAAAUGUUUCUUCGAAAGGCAGCCCAGAGUAUUUGGUGUGUGCAUUUUCAAAAAAUUAAGCUGUUGUUGAAAUUCUCUUGCUACAGAGACCGGAAACCUCUCUCUCCUGAAGUGCAGAUUUAGCAACCUUUGGAGGUUUAACUGCCUUUGUUUCACUGUUUAGAAACCCCAUGAAGCAAUUAAUGGUUUCACGGGGAGCUUGUCUGGUAUUUCUAAUCUUUACAACCCUGCUGGCUCAAAUAUGACAUAAUUCCAUAAAUGCUUUAAGAACACAAGGCUGAUAGCUGACGGUUCACUUAUCUCCUCAAGUUCCCUUUUUGCAUGGAAUGCUUUUGGGGUUGCUGUGCCCCAGGUAAUGAUUGAUCUCCUUUAGGCAUCACGCACGUGCGCACACACUGAGAUCGUCCGUGGAGAGGUUGAGUGUGGACCUUAGCAUCCACAUACAGUGGUACCUCGGGUUACAUACGCUUCAGGUUACAUAAGCUUCAGGUUACAGACUCCGCUAACCCAGAAAUAGUGCUUCAGGUUAAGAACUUUGCUUCAGGAUGAGAACAGAAAUUGUGCUCCAGCGGCGUGGCGGCAGCAGGAGGCCCCAUUAGCUAAAGUGGUGCUUCAGGUUAAGAACAGUUUCAGGUUAAGUACAGACCUCCGGAACGAAUUAAGUACUUAACCUGAGGUACCACUGUAUUCCCUCCUUUGCUUUCCCCCUGCACCACUGCUCUCCCAGCAGGGGGAAGCGAAUGACCAAACAGGAUAUUUCAUGGUUCUUUGAAUAUUGGAUCUCCUCUGAUCCUCCACAGGGGGUGGGGAGUCUGGCAUGGUGGUGGUGGGGGGAUAACAUUUGAACAGGUUUUAACCGGAACUGUAAAAAGAAUGGCCUAGCUAUUUAAUAAAAUUCUGCUUUGCCCUUUGCCCCAAAUAAUUUAUUUGUAACCUCCCAGUUCUGUUGACAAAAGGCUCUUUUUUGAAGGAGGCUCACGAAAAGAUGACCUUAUAAGCAAAGUGGGAGGGGGAGAACAAAGUGAAACAACAAAAUAGAUAUUCGAUAAAAAAAUAAUAUUUGCAUUGCUGAGCUAUGUUGCUCUAUAUAUGGCCCUGAGAUAGCAGCACACUCAUUAAAAAAACCCUCUGCAUAUCUCGAAAAGCUUUGAUAGUCUGGCAUCAGCUGAAGUUGGCCUAAUAAUAGAUAGCACCUUAACUGUUUGUUUCACUGUGUGAUUUCCAACCCCCCAAUGCAAAGCUGUGUUUCAAAAGUCUUUUCUCGUGCUUUCGGUAGUAUGGUAAAAUGAAUAAUUCUAAUGGGAGCACUAGAAGGAGGAAGACUUGGGAUGAAAUAUUGAAGUGGAGUCAGACCCUUCAGCCCACCUCAUCUUGUUCUGUGUACCCCAGCCGUAUCCAACCUGGUGCCCUCCAGAUGUUUUUGGACUACUAUUCCCAGCAGUCCUGCCAGGCGUGGCCAUUGAUCAGGGAUGAUUGGGGUUCAUUAUCCAGACUAUUGGUCCAUCUAACUUAGUACUGUCUGCACUAACUGGUAGCAGCUCUGCUGGGAUUCAGGAAGGAAUCUCUCCCAGUCGUAUCUGGAGAUGCUGGGGAUUGAACCUGUGGCCUUCUGCAUGCAAAGCAGAUGCUCUGCCAACUGAACUAUGGCCUUUCCCAUGCCAUUUUUAAACUGGAUUGAACCCGCGGUCUUCUGUGUGCCAAGCAUGUGCUCUGCCACUGAACUCCAGCCCCCUCUCCCUACAGAGUAUUUUCUGCCUCUGUCUAUUAAACCUAACACUCCUUCAGUUCCUUUACGUAUGACCUUCAGGCGAUUUUGUUCCAGUUACAGCCAAGAAAAACACUUUUUUUGUGACUUGCACAUGUGGGGUAUGGAAAAGACUGGAGCAUUAACUGGAAGAGCCUUAUUAAAACCAGCUCUGUUUAUAUCAAUCUGGAAUGGAGCUGCAAACGAAGGAAGAAAUAUAUUUAUAUGGGGUUUUAUCCAGUGCUAGUUCUACUCCAGGGUAGGACUGAACUACUUCAGGUUCAUUCAUUUGUUAACUGACACAGAACUAAAACACUGCAUUUGGUGGUGGCAAUACUAUUUGGAUUUGGAUUUGAUAUCCCACUUUAUCACUACCUGAAGGAGUCUCAAAGCGGCUAACAUUCUCCUUUCCCUUCCUCCCCCACAACAAACACUCUGUGAGGUGAGUGAGGCUGAGAGACUUCAGAGAAGUGUGACUAGCCUGUUGCGGUAAAAUCUGGGUGCGAGGCUGCUCUGCCACCCAGCUCGUCGGACUAAGUCCCUGCGGAGGAAAAUGAGCUCAGCCGGAGACAGGAGCAAGCUGCAGAAGAUCCAAGUUUAUUGCGCAACAGGUUCAAGGCGAGAUUGAACAGCGAGAAAGGGGUGACAUGAACUUUUAAAACUUCCCUCCAUGUCCCAGAAUACAGCAGCUGCAUGUGGAGGAGCGGGGACGCGAACCCAGCUCCCCAGAUUACGAGUCUAUCGCUCUUAACCACUACACCACACUGGCUCACAUUAUUUUAACAUUAUUUUUUUAAGCUGCUGGUUGGAUACGUUUCUGGGCUGCUACCCUUGAUACUGGUGGUUCCUGUGAUGGAAUGCUUCUACAUUUUAAAGAAUUCCUUGCAUAUAGAACAUUAGCAUGUUAGAAAUACUUUCCCCUGACACACUAGUUUUCUGUCUGCAGGGGAUGCUUUUGUACGGAAGAGUGUUCCAUCACAGAAGCUCCUGUCUGAAAUGGUAUAGACACAGGCUUUCUGUCUCAGGGAAAAAUAAAUAUUAGUUGGAAAAGGGGAACUUGGAUGGGCUUGCUCCUAACUGGACUCUUUCUGCCCUUCUGAUCAUUUCUAACAAGUUGCAAAAUGAGGCAUACAUUUCUUCUUUCUCCCCUUCCUCUCGAAUUCUUCCUAAAUGUUUACGUAUGGGCAAAAUUCAAUUGUACCUCUAAGGGCGUUCCAGAGCUUCAGUUCCUUUUAGGGACUUUUAGGUCCCUUAGGACUUCCCUGGGGAUGAGCAGUAGCUCAGUGAAUAGCACACAUGCAUUGCAUGCAAAAUGUCCCAGGUUUAAUAGCCGACACCUCAAGGUCGGGCUGGGAGUGUCCAGUGUCUGAGACAUUGCCAGUUAGUGUAGACAGUCCUGAGACAGAUGGACCAAUUUUAUUUAUUUUUUAAAAAUUAUAUAUUGUUUGGUUGAAGGAAGCUUCUAAGCAGUUUAUAAGAAACAUAAAAUAAAAUGUUAAAAUUGUUGAUUUAAAAACGGGUAUUUAAAAAUAUCCAAAACACGAUUAAAGUCAACCGUAAAGAAAUAAACCACAUUUAACUUCUAUAUGUCUGGAUGCACUUGCCUAAACAGAAAUGUUUUAAGCACGCACCAAAAAGAGUACAUUAGAGGUUCCUGGUUGAUGUCAACAGGCAGGGAGUUCCAAAGUCCAAAGCCACAAGAAAAGAUUGAUUUCUUACUACUGUGGAAUGAGUAUUAUGUGGCACCUGCUCUUCUUUUCAUAUGUGAGCAGCUGAUAUGACUGUGCGUCUUAGAUACUUUAAAUUUUCAAAUGAAAUUCUGCAGUGUGUGCAGAUUAGGCAGGUGAGGAUUUUUUUUUUUUAAUCUUGCAUAAUUUAUAAGGCCUUUUUUUAUUAUUGAGAACAAAAAAUACGUAAUAAAAACAAAUAAUAAACCAAUAACCCCGCUCCCAUUUCUCUGGAAUAUACGCCCAGCCGAAUGCUGCUGCUCAUUACUUGUGCUCACCUAUUAAUAAAAAGUACAAACUUAAAAAUGUUUGCAUCCUUAUCUGGUAACACAGAAUCAAGUUUGCCUGUAUGCACCUGUAUAAAUGCUAACAUCUGAGCCUCUGUUUGGAGUAAAUGAGCAAGACUGCCCAUCGGUUUUAGUAUUCUCGUUGACUAGCUUAAUUGAUUGAUUGAUUGAUUGUUUUUAAUCAGUGGCAUGUACUUGCAUUUCUUGUAUUUUAUGUAGUAAUAGGAAACUAUCCUGGGAUGAGUUGACGAGAUGAAAGGCAGUCUACAAAAUUAAAAUAAUAAUAAUAAUCCCUCUGGGCUUUGAGAUUUAAGCAGGCACCACCCUUUCAGACAUGCCUUCGCAGCCCUGAGGACUAGGAAGUCUGGACAGACGAAAGAAAGUACAUUACGAGGUGCAUAGUUAAAACAAUGGAAUUUGUUCCCCCCAAAAUGUAGUGAAGGUAACCAACUUGGAUGGAUUAGACAAACGUGUGGAGAAUAAGGCUAUCUGAUGGCUACUAGCUAUGAUGGUUAUAUUUCACCUCUGCUGUCAGAGGCUCUGAAUACCAGUUACUGGGAGUCACAAGUAGGCAGUGACUGUUGCACUCAUGUUCUGCUUGCAGCCAACCCCAAGGCAGGCAUGUCCAAAGUCCGUUUUGGUUUAAUCCGGCCCCUGCAGCAGUUUAUUUCCUGGGGUAAUAUCCUUAAAAAACCUCAGCAAUUUAAAAUCCUAAAAAAGGUGCAACAACUUUGGUUGGCCCUUUGGUUGGCCCUCACAGCCCUUCCCUUCAUCAAAUCUGGUGGCCCUCUUUGAAAAAAGUUUGGACACCACUGAGCUAAGGCAUCUGGUUGGCCACUAUGAGAACAGAAAAACUUGACUAGGUAGAUUGCAGCUCCUUCCAUGCGGAAGGCUGAUUUAGGACUUAGGAAACUGCCUUUGGCUGAGUCAGACCAUUGGUUCACAUAGUUUGGGGUUACCUCUGAAUAUGUGGUGCAGGAAGAACUAGAUGCUGUGCUCAUGCCUUCCUUGUGGGCUUCUCCCAGGCAUUUGGUUGGCCAUGCUGAGAACAGGAUGCUGGACUUGAUGGGCUUUCUCAGCCUGAUCCAACAGGACUCUUCUUAUGCCCUUGUGCAUCUUCUUAAGCUGCACUUAUAUGGAAGACAAGUUUCCCUGGCCUCUGAAUUCUGCACCCCACCCCUGUUGCAAUCUCUGGGAUUUCGGCUCGCCUGUGAAAUCACAGCCAUAUAGGCAGCCCUGGAAAUCCAUUGGCUUUGGAACAGGAACAGUACAGAUGGCUGUCUGAAUGAAAAGUCAUGCUUGGCCUUGUGCCGAAAUGCUUGGAAGUCAGAGAUAGAGACCACAGAAUGAGCAAUAAGUUGGAUUCUUAAUAGGUAACGUCAGCGACUAGAAAAUCUCCUGCAAGAAGCAAGUCAGUCUCAAAUUUUGGUUAUUUUUAAUUUUCUCUCUCGUUAUUUUUGGAUCUUUGUACUAAAGCUUUCCUGGCAGCUUUGCCCAGUGCUUCAGUUGUCACUCUUCUCUGGUGAUUAUACCCUUCCGAUGCUGUCAUCCUUACCCUAUACCUCACUUACCAAAACUGUACCCUUCCAUCUUUUCUCUUCUUUCCCCACUCUCUCUUUCACAUGAUUUAGGUUUGCUGUCCUGCUUUUAAGCCUGUAAUAGCUAUACAUCAGACCUUAUGCUUUGGCCUAAAACCACUCUGCUGAGCAACUUGUAUCCUCACUUCUCACUCACAGAUGUAUCAGUUGCAGAUUUUAAUAGCAGCAGCCUGGACCACCCUAGCUACCAAAGAAAAUACAUUUGGUGGAGUGACACCCCAGCUAUAGAAUAGCCUCCCCAGACAAGUUCACCUGGCACCUUCUAUGUGGUUCUUUUGGUACCAAACGAAGACCUUUCUAUUCCCCCAGGUUUUUAUAAAUCCUGUUUUAAACCCAGGUUGCAAGCUGUUCAUGCUGUCUUUGCUACAAACAAAGGGUGAGGGUGUUUUUUGUUUUUGUUUUUGCCUUAAGUUAUUAUGUAUGUAUUGACUUUUAAAGCUUGUCUUGCUUGCAAGUCACCCAGGGAAUAUUUUUGGAUGCAUGGAUAGAUAAAUACAUACAUAGAUAUAAUAAAUAUAGUUCCAUCCACAGGAGCCAACUCCUAGGGGCCGAGGGGUCUUCAGCCCACCCAAUGAAAUAUUGCAUGCCACUGAGUUGUACACCUCCGGGGCAUGCAAGACAGCGCCACAUGUUCACAUACUGCAGCAUGCAGGUGGAAUGGUGUCAAAACUUCCAAGUGGUGGGUCAGAUGUAGCCCUUCAAGCCUCUCUGUCUGGCCCUUGGGACUCUUCCCAUGCCCCCCUCUCCCCAGAACACACCUCUCUGCAGCCUGUGCCUUUGGACCAGGGGUGCCAACUUGGACCCCAGGCUAUGGGUGCCCAAUGGCACCUGCGACAUAACGUGACGUCACGAUGUCACGUUACAUCAGCAUGCUGCAGCGGUGCUUCUGAGGCCUAGCAGGGCCUCGGACGUGCUCUCCAAGGCCUUGUGGGGCCUCGAAGAUCAUGGCCAAGGCCUCACGAGACCUCUGACAUGACUUCCGGUAUAAACUGGAAGUCCCCCCCCCCCGAAGGCCUGGCAGGGGCUAGGACGUCACCUCGGGGGUUGUGUCAGGCCUCCAACAUGACUUGGUGGAAACUGGAAGUCACAUCAGAGCCCGCGCUGUGGGUGCCGAGCACCCACAAAUUAGUUUUGUGGGUGUCUGGGUCCCCAGGGGCCCCUAUAGUUGGUGCCUGUGCUUUGGAUGGUGAUAAUAAUCUCUUGCUAUCCUGGGCGUGAGAUGUGCGCAUGUGCAGAAACCUCUGGCUUUUGCACAGCUGGAUUGUGGCCUGCUGUACAGACGUCAAGAGUCACAGUUGUUGCUCCACUCACCCCUGUCUUGUGCUCUCACCAUCACCAAAAAAGAGGAAAUGUCCUAUAAGGGAAUGCAGCUCCUGGACUGGAAAAAAGUUCCCCACCGCUGCUCUAACUCAUGCUUGUUUCAACCAGACCCAGAACAUACGACACCCCCAUUUAUUUAUUUUUGCUCAUAUGGAAAGGGUGCAAUCUUGCCAAGCAUUCUUGCUAUGUAACAACAUUUUGUGUGGUUUGCAAUGGAGCAGUGCUCUGUGGGUUGUGUUCAAAUUAAUAGCCUUGUUUAGCUUGAAAGAUGAGCUCGUCUUCUUCUUGUAAGUGAUCACUGUGAAAGGUUUACAAAGCAGUUCUUGAUUUACAAUGUGCUUUCCAGUCUUCUUCUUCUUUUGAGGUUGAUAACACACACUAAGAAAUCAGGUUGCAUCUCUGUCAGGUACAGCAAACCCAAAGCUCUUUCUUCAGGUCCCAGGACCUGAAUCCAAAUUGCCCUGAUCUGAGAGCCAGGCCCACUCUACACAAAUCUAUUGUAAAACAGAAAAUUCCAAAAGGAUUGCAUUGAUUUUUGGCAACCCUUCGGAAGACAACAAGGACCAUGAAGCAUGGACAGAGCUGACGUUCAUACUGGUUCAGCUUUUUAGCUGUAGUCUUCUAGUUGCAAAUUAAUGGUUAACAAUUGCCCUCUAUGCAGCAAAACAUCCCGUGCAAUUGCAAAUGGCUGUUAGAACCAUAUAAGACCACCCCUAAAAGUUAACCAGAUGGAACAAAGCACCUCGACACAAGAUAAAAAUAGUUUACUACGUAAAUGGUUUGAUAAACAAUCUGCUGAUAAAUGCAAAAUCCAGUCAAGAUAGUUGUUGCAUAUUACCAGAUGGUAAAACCAAUGGUAAUAAUUUACCAUCCAUUGAUUAGCAUAAUCUGUUGGUUAUGCAGACUUCUGUUCAGUCUACAAAUAUUUCAGAGCCAGCUGCCAUUAGUCUGGACAAAUUUCUGCCCUGGUGUUAUCUGCUGCAACGCCCUGCAAUGCAGUUGCUGUUUUCACAACAUUCAAAAGAAAAGUCAAAUAGUUCUCUUUUUUUCUUCAAAAAAAAAGUCCGCCAAGAUCUUCUUCAGUUUAGACUGUCAAACCCAAUGCCCUGCAGCCAGUGGUAGAUUGGAAUUAUAUAAGAAAAGGGUGUGUUAUAGUUUUCCUCAGGCUGAAAGCAAGUCUUCACCUCUUUUUAAGGUGAACAAGUCAACUUGGAUGAGAGCUGUGUUCUUGAAUUUGCAGUGAUCUGCUCUGUGUUUCUUGGAGAUGCUGGUAUUAAUUAAAACGGUUAACCGAAGCAUCAACAUUUGUCAACCUUGGCUUCCCAAAGGAAGUAAAUUGUCACCAAUUUUACCUGCCUUUAGGAUUUCCAAGAGAAAGCCUGUUAUUAAUGGGCAUUAACAACACUGGUGGCCUACUAAUUACACUGUUCAUUAAAUAGCCUUUAAGUUAUGUGUUGUUGAGGUUUUUUUAAAAAAAGUUGCUGCAAGCAGAAACCUGGGCUCAAAAGGCUUGUUUCUACUUAAUAACAGAAAAGGGGGGGGGGGGAGAGAGCAAUUUCAACAGUGGAGAUGGGGAGUUGGAAUAGUUAGGUCAGUGGUGAGGAAAUUCCUCACCCAAUGGUGAGGAAAUCAGCCUUGGUCUGGAACCUGGGGUCCAUGGGCCAAAUUAAGUGUGGGGGAAAUCUUAAUUAAAAUAAUAAUAAUUUCAAUUAAAUGUUAAUUGUUACGUAUUGGGGGAAAAAUGAGACGCUGAACAUCCCCCUUUACCCAGCCUGAAGGCAUAGUUCAGAUCUAAAUAAUAGUAGUAAAGUUCAUAUGAGCACUGGAGAGUCCAAAAUUUGGUGAUGUCAAUACAAAGGAAGUUGUUAAAACAACCAUAUAUUAUGGGAUGUGGAAAGUACAGCUUGUCCGCUAGAGUCUUUGUUCCAGUCUACCAUAAAGAGGGUUUUCCCCCUCUCUAGCCACACAAAGUUUUUGCAUCAGUUUCUCAGAAAGCACUGUACCCCCAAAUUACAUUAUACCAUCUUUUGUACAUUUAAAAAACCAUUUGCUUCUUUCCAUUUUCUAGCUAUCAGUAUUCCUGCUGCCAUUAACGAGUAACCAAUUAAACGUUUAUAAAAUAACCUUUGGUUGCCUGCACUGAGACAGGGUUUGUAAGGCCAUAUUCCCUAAACACCUGCUCUCUUGCUCCACAUAUACAUGGCAUAAGCUGAGAAUCAGCACCAGCUUUAGUGCUGGUGGAAAUGGACUAUGCUAACCGAUAGUCCAAAGACAGAUAGGGUUACAGGAGGGAGAUUGUGGGGCGGGGGAGACCUUCUCUGUCUUCAGAGACUGAUUUUGACUGAGUUCUUGUGUUGUCAAGAAGACCUAAUAAUAAUAAUAAUAAUAAUAAUAAUAAUAAUAAUAAUAAUAAUAAUUUAUUAUUAUUUGUACCCCACCCAUCUGGCUGGGCUUCCCCAGCCACUCUGGGCAGCUUCCAAAAAAAAUAUUAAAAUACUGUAAUACAUCAAACAUUAAAAGCUUCCCUAAACAGGGCUGCCUUCAGAUGUCUUCUAAAAGUCUGGUAGUUGUUGUUCUCUUUGACAUCUGGUGGGAGGGCGUUCCACAGGGAGGGCGCCACUACCAAGAAGGCCCUCUGCCUGGUUCACUGUAACUUGGCUUCUUGCAGUGAGGGAACCACCAGAAGGCCCUUGGAGUUGGACCUCAGUGUCCGGGUUGAAUGAUGGGGGUGGAGACACUCCUUCAGGUAUACAGGACCGAGGCCGUUUAGGGCUUUAAAGGUCAGCACCAACACUUUGAAUUGUGCUUGGAAACAUACUGGGACCUUGUUUGCUUUUGCCUCUCCCCCAGUAUCUUUCUAUUGUAUUUAUUUGUUUAUCCUUUCCAAUAUUUAUAGGACACUUUUUGCUACAGUUUACACAACAUUCAGUCAAGCAACUCAUCAAGCAAACAAAUGCUGUGUUUUAAACAAAACAAAACCCACAGGGGCCCCCCAAAAUCCCGUAAGUUUCAUAAAUAGGCAAAAUAAGACUUCCAAUGCCAGAUGAAAUAGAAAGGUCUUUUUCAAAGACCUGAAGUUUGACAGGGAGGUGGGCCUUUCUGGGGAGUUUUACACAGUGGGGUUUCCACAGGGUUGGGCUCACAAGACUGAAUGUCUGGCUCCUGAGGGAUUUGAGGCAUGCAUCUGAGCCAUGAGGGACUGCAAACAGAGACACACACCCCAGAGAUCUUUGUGAUCAGGUAGGGUUUAUAAGGUAUCAGAUGGUCCUUAAGGGUAUCAUGGACCCAGGUUGUUAAGGGCCUUACAAAUAAAUACAAGAAACUUGAAUCUGGCAUGGCAGUGUAUGGGCAGCCAUUGCAAACUUUUAAGCACCAGAAUUGAGACUUAACUGUGUGCUUGUGUUCUUCUGGGAAACCUUGCCGUUUUUGUGUCUGACUCAUGAUGAAGUAGCUUUGUAUGUUCUUUCACCUUUCUCACUUGGUCCUGAGGGUGAGGAUUUUCCUCAGCAGGAUGUGAGUCAUACUCUUCACCUUCUUCUUCCGGACUUAAAAAUCGUAGCCAGCAGGGCUGUGGUGGUAGAUAAUCACACUUUUCUUCUUUGCAAUUUUCUCAUCACGUAGAGCAUGCUUCUUGCCCUUGCUGCAACUUUUCUGUGUGCAGUCUCAAAAGAGAAGGGACUGGGGCAUGCAGAAUGCUCAUACGAGGAAGAAACUGUUUAGUGCAGGUCUUGAAAGCAAAACAGCAAUGAAGAAAAGCAAUUGCUAUAAAUGACAGCAAAUUGGCCGUAGAUCAUCCAAAGCUUAGCUGAUUCACUUGAUCUGAGAAACAUGGUUUUAUGUGUUCUGUUAGCAGAACAUUGAAGGGAACCCCUUUCAAAGCUUGACUUGUCUGCCAAGGACCCAACACCCCUACCGUCACCACACAUGAGCCAUGCACUGUGGAGGCUUCCUAGUGAAGCCACAUAACCCCAGGGUUCUUGUGGGAGCACUGGCUCAGGUGUGUUGGGCCUCCUCAUUAUCUCACAUGACUUGGAGAGUCCAUCCUAGGCUCAGGGAUGGAGAAGCUGUGGUCCUCCAGGUGUUGUUGGACUUCAACUCCCAUCAUCACUGGCCACUGGCCAUACUGGCUGGUGGCUGUUGGGAGUUGGAGUCCAGCAGCAACUGGAGGGCCAUAGGUGGAAAGGGGAAAUCAGUAUUUGCUGGUGGGCUAGUUGUCUUUCUGUGAAGGAGUCUGUCCUGAUUGGAAACUUUGGUGAUGAAGGGGUAUCUAGAUAGAUGAAAUAAUAAAUGCUCGGUCUCCUCUUUGAGGCAUCUUGGUAAACUUUUGAUGAAUCCCAGAGUUCCACAGAGCACAAUUUGAAAACAAUGGGAUUGGCUAGGAGACUGAGUAUUACAGAAAUAGUAAUGUUUGAAUUAUGGUGCUGGAGGAGACUCUUGAGAGUCCCAUGGACUGCAAGAAGAUCAAACCUAUCCAUUCUUAAGGAAAUCAGCCCUGAGUGCUCACUGGAAGGACAGAUCGUGAAACUGAGGCUCCAAUACUUUGGCCACCUCAUGAGAAGAGAAGACUCCCUGGAAAAGACCCUGAUGUUGGGAAAGAUGGAGGGCACAAGGAGAAGGGGAUGACAGAGGACGAGAUGGUUGGAUAGUGUUCUCGAAGCUACCAGCAUGAGUUUGACCAAACUGCAGGAGGCAGUGGAAGACAGGAGUGCCUGGCGUGCUCUGGUCCAUUGGGUCACAAAGAGUCGGACACGACUAAACGACUUAACAACAACAACAAUGUUUGAAGGCUAGCUCACUUUAGGCCCUGUGUACAAUGUCUUGAUUGCCUACAGUAACAGGCAAUAGGAAAGUUGUAGACAGCAAUAUGGUCUCUGGGAUCAAUGGGAAAGGAUAGAGAGAUCAUUCUCUUCUGUUACAAUGGAAAUGCCACCUUUAAUCUCUGAAUCCCUUCCCUUAGUUGUUGGAAGAGAGUCUUAAUUGGCUGUCAUGCAGCUUGACUCCCAUUGCCAGCCUUCUUCUUGCAGAACCGUGAUAAGCUUUUGCAGUGUACUGUAUUUGUGUUUCUCGGAACACAGUUUGCAAACUACUGGUAUAAAGGCUUACAAAAGACUAGUGUUGUUCGUCUCUGGCCUAACGUCUGAGAUGGAUUGAAAAAGAGCCCAUUUUGCAAGAAAUCAAGAAGUGGUUGUCUAUAAACAGCUGUUCCUUUUGUACCAGGCACCGUGCUGUUUGGAGAUGUUGGAGGUUAAAAUCAUUGUGGCGAAAAUUGUAUAAAUGUGUGAAAUGGCCACAACACACGCCCCACUCAGUUUCCAUCCAAGUAGCUUGAAUAAUACUUAGAUGUUCUACUUGCCCAUCGUGUGUUAGAUGCAAUCACGACACAGCUUGUAAAUAGCCACUUGCCUGUAGCAAGUAAGGUGAGCAAAUAGCAUUUUUCUUUGUAAACUGGUUGAGAAUGAGUUCCUCUACCUGUCCCCAUUUCACAGAUUGCUGAAGUGCCACAGAUAGCUUCCAUACAGUAUAGGAAGCUGCCUUAUACUGAGUCACACCGUUGGUCCAUCUAGCUCAGUAUUACAGUGGUACCUCUGGUUACGUACUUAAUUCGUUCCGGAGGUCCGUUCUUAACCUGAAACUGUUCUUAACCUGAAGCACCACUUCAGUGAAUGGGGCCUCCCACUGCUGCCGUGCCGCCUGAGCACGAUUUCUGUUCUCAUCCUGAAGCAAAGUUCUUAACCCGAGGUACUAUUUCUGGGUUAGUGGAGUCUGUAACCUGAAGCGUAUGUAACCUGAAGCGUAUAUAACCCGAGGUACCACUGUAUCUGAGAACAUAAGGGGAGUCCUGCUAGACCAAACUCAAAGCCUAUCUGCUCCAGCAUCCUCUUUUCCACAUUUCACUAUUGGGGCAAAUAUUCUGCCAAGUAACUUUAACUUAACACAAUGUUAGAUAUAACCCUUAGUCUGUAAGGUGUGAGUUAAGGUCACUUUGCUUAGAAAUGCAGAUCACGAAAAAUUCUCAUCCAUCCAUAAUGCUGUCUCUAAUACCCUGUGAAUUUGCAUAAUCUUAUACCCCAUAUUUUUUUCUAAUCCCAUCUUUUCUCAAUUGAUAACCAACAUCUUAUCCUUCUGGUAGUGAAUUGUAUCAUUUUAACGAUGCUUCCUUUUCUGUCUGUCCUGAAUUUUCUACAAUUCAUCAUCAUUGGAUAACUGGAUUCUAGUAAUAUAAGAGAGUGAGAAGAACCUUUUUGUAUCCACUUUCUCCACACAGUUUGGAUUUUAUACACUUUACUCGCCUUUUGGGACGCAGGUGGCGUUGUGGGUUAAACCACAGAGCCUAGGACUUGCCCAUCAGAAGGUCGGCAGUUCGAAUCCCUGCGAUGGGGUCAGCUCCCGUUGCUCGGUCCCUGCUCCUGCCAACCUAGCAGUUCGAAAGCACAUCAAAGUGCAAGUAGAUAAAUAGGUACCGCUCCGGCGGGAAGGUAAACGGCGUUUCCGUGUGCUACUCUGAUUCGCCAGAAGUGGCUUAGUCAUGCUGGCCACAUGACCUGGAAGCUGUACGCCGGCUCCCUUGGCCAAUAAAGCGAGAUGAGCGCCGCAACCCCAGAGUCAGCCACAACUGGACCUAAUGGUCAGGGGUCCCUUUACCUUUACUCGCCUUUUAUCUAAACGAAAAUGCCCCUUUCUCAAAGGGGAGUUGGUGCUGACCCCAUAUCGUUUGAGCUUGGAUUGCCCUGGUCCAACAUCCUAAGCACUGUAGCAUUCUGGUUUGCACUGGUAUGCAUUGCUAGUGAGACUAUUAAAAAUGCACGCAGAUCCUUUUGACUUAUGCAUGUCUUUUUGACCUUUUUGCAAGAUAGCAGUAACAACUUAAUUUGGAAUCCUGAAGGGAAAGGAGCUGAAUUUCUUUUUUUAUUGUUAGGAUCUCUUUGCAUAUGGCACAUUUAAUUUCCUUGCUCCAGACAGUGUCUGCUGCCAAAGGGAUUAAGCGAAAUGCUCAUAACCCUGCUUGCUCAUGGUACAAAUGCAUGGGGUGCCCUUGUGUCUGGAAUGGAUGGAGAAAAUUGCUCUGCGGUUAAGCAGUUUAAAAAAGAAAUGCAGACCUGUAUGAAGUCUCCCCACCCCCCUUUGUAGCAGUCCAGUUUUCUUCCUUCCAUCCUUGCGCUUUGGUGGUUUUCUAUGAUUGUGUGAACCUGCCCCACAGGUGGUCUUUGUCCACCUGUAUUUGCUUUCAUUCAGGCUUGGUUGGAUCCCAUCAUCUCUCCUCCUAAAACUUUUUAUCUCCAGGGGCCUCAUUCAAAUGCUCAGUUGUAUAUACCUCCAUCUGUCAUCAAUCCCCUUCCCAACCUACACAGGACAAACAGGUUAAUCUUUGCACAGAAGAACAAACAGAACAUAAACCUACCAUAAAAAUGGCUUCGGCAAAGGAACCUUGUGAAGGAGAUUGCUGCAUUAAGUUGAUAACAAGUUAUAUUCCGCUUGCUUAGGACUCAAUUGCUGCCAAUUUCUCACUCAAAUAGCAUAGCAAAGUUAGGAGGACUGUGGUAUCACCAAUCCCUUCUGUUGUGCUUUAACUUAGUGGGCUAGUGACCCUGGGCCCUCAGCCUAAUUUUGUGUGGCCCUCUGCAAGUGAUAAAUUUAGACCUGUGCUGUGUGGCAGUGGAGGGAAGCUGAAAAGACCAGAGAUGGGAAGGAAAGCACUUGGUGGGUGUUGGUGAAUGGGGUGGUGCAGAGAAAGAUCUAUGCCUUACCACAGGACUCUGAAUUCCACCCCUUUGGGGGCCACACUGUGUUCCACAUUGCGAGAAGUGAGGUUACAGGGAACCAGACAGAGGGCCUUCUCGGUAGUGGCGCCCGCCCUGUGGAACACCCUCCCUUCAGAUGUGAAGGAAAUAAGCAGCUAUCUUCUCUUUAAAAGACAUCUGAAGGCAGCCCUGUUUAGGGAAGUUUUUAAUAUUUAAUGCUGUAUUGUUUUUAACACUUGAUUGGAAGCUGCCCAGAGUGGCUGGGGAAACUCAGCCAGAUGGGCGGGGUAUAAAUAAAUUCUUAUUAUUAUUAUGAUUCCACCAUCACUGAUUUUGUCUAACAUCAGAUGUGGCCCCCAACUAAUUUUUCAAAUCAUUCAGUGGUCCUUCAUAGGAAAAAGGUUCUCCAUCCCUGCUAAGUUUCCCAGCAUUGGACAGAAUUGCCAUAUCCUUUUGGUCCCACAAUUUAUAUCCCCCCCUUCUGCCCCCUUUUCGUGUGUGUAUGCCAACUUCCUGCAUUUGAGGCGGACUUUUGUACACAAGAGCCAACUUUUAUUCUUACUGCUAGGUGGGAAAUAAGCAUCUUUUCCACAAUGUUGGAUGGUUUUUCCAGAGACGAAAGGAAGGCUGCAAUCCUAUGCAUCCUUUUUUUGGCGGGAGUGGGAGAGAAGGUCCCACUGAAUAAAGUAAGGCUUCUUUCCAGGUGAAGAUGCAGAGGAUUGGGCUGUUAAUCUUCCAGUUCUGUCAGUCUUCCAGUUCUGUCCCUUUCUCUGAACGUUUUGGGAUGGAAGUCUAGACGAAGAAGGUGAAGGAUUUCCCUCUGAACACAAGAAGCUGGAAACAUUUCAGUGGGAGAGGUGGAUGCUUCAAUACUGUAGCAAGUUGGCAGCUUUUCCAAAGCAGUUGCGAAUUUUAAUUCUUCCGAAGUGAAAGCUUUACAUGGGUGUAACUCUUUAAACUUAUUGGAAGCCAAACCUCUCAUUUCCCGAUGAUAAAACAAAGGAGAGAAGUCUCUAUAUUUCAUUUCUUCUUUCGUGGGAGACGGGGAUUCUGUCAAAAUAGCCAACUUCAUGGGUAAACAAAACAGAGACUGUUGGGUUUUCGGUCUUCUUAGAAGUGAAAUGGUUGAAAUUCUUCAAACGUUCAAGCCUGACAAGUCACCUUGGUGAAAAUUGGGCAGUGACUUGCUUUGCCAGCUGUGAAGUGGCAAUUCUUGGUAACCAUCGUGACUAAAAAACAAAAAAACUUAUCUACGGUCUAAGACUCACUUUUUGCUUAACACUAUCCUUUUGUUCUUGGUUUAAGUACAGGGCCAAGCCACAGAGGUUGAUUGUGUAUGUCUCUUCAGAGAAAACAACCCUGUGAAUUAAUACAUAUGGAAAAGUUACAUUGCAGUGAGCUGUCCUGGGUAACCUUUGCCGAAGCAAUGCCAGCAGUGGGGAUCUUGUAAUCUUCGAGUUGGGCAGAGAAGUGGAGAGUCUUCUGCAUAAGGACUGUUAGCUUGUGUUGGAUUUGCAGAGAUAUUGCGUUGGAUUUGCAGAGAUCCACAUGUUUGGUUCACCUUGGUAGCCAGCCAUUAUUUGUGGUUGCCUCUGCCUCCUCCCUUCUCAGGUCCUGUUGAGCAUGCAGAUGACUUGGGAAAUAAGCAUUUUCUGUGUGCUCCUUGGCUAAGCAUUUAGGAACACUGAAUACACAAGGUGCUUCGGUUUCUAGAGAAUAGUGUGCAGUUCUGUUACAUACAAGGAAAACUUCAAGGGAAACACAAAUAAGUCACUCCAGAAGAUGACAUUGGAGCACUCCAAAUCCUUUUCCGAGGGACGUGCUCAGAAAUUAGUAGAUAUAGCUGAAAGGCUGCACAUGGAGAUCUGCAGUGAUCAUUCAGUGCACAUGCGUAUAAUCUUAGAAAGUUGUAUGAUCUUAGAAGGGGUGUUGCUGUGACUGUCAUGAAGGGAUACUGUAGUUCUGAAUUUACUACAACAUUAGUGCAGAUGGAGAGAGCUUGACAAUACACACACACACACACACACACACACACACACGUACCUUGGUUCCCAAAUGCAAUCCGUUCUGGAAGUCUGUUUGACUUCCAAAACAUUCACAAACCAAGGAGUGGCUUCUGAUUGGCUGAUUGGCCCCGGAAACAAUGCUGACAGCUGGAACAGACGUUCGGCUUCCAAAAAACGUUCGCAAACCCGGAACACUUACUUCCAGGUUUGCGGCGUUUGGGAGACAAGCCGUUCAGGUGCCAAUCCGUUCGGUACCAAGGUACCGCUGUAUGCUUUUUAAAGGUCAUGUUAAUGAAGAACUAUUGUGCUUCGCGGAAAUGCAAAUUUAGCUGACAUAUCUGUCUAGAAAUAUGUGUUGCUGUGUGUGUUCUCCCCUCCCCGCCCCCCAAUAACCCACAGCAUAUGGACCAAACCAGAACUAGUCGGCUCCUCCUAUCAUUGGCUCUGGUUCUGCCACUCAUUUGCUUUGGCUACAUCAACAGUUGGCCCCUCUGCCUGCUGCCCUACCAGGCCAAAUGGGCCCCAGCCUCUGCUGAAUGGGACUCACUCCUUCUAUAAAGGGACCUUCAAAUGUACCACUUAACCUCUCCCUACUCUGCCAAAAGCGGCAUUCCAGCUCCUGCUGUACAGAAAACCUGUGUCAGGGAAAUAUAUAUAUAUAUUUCCUCUUGGCUUAUAUAGAGCGAUUUUAAUGUCUUGAAGAAAGGAAAAAUUAAGCUGCCAGCUGUUUCCUUGUGCAAAUGGGUUAUUCUAGUCCCCGAGUGCACGUCUCGCUUCCCUGGUCUUAUUCUGGUCUGUGAAUCACCAGCAGGCAGAGUGGUAAUUUUGGAAGACCAGCAGACACAGCAAACUGCCACUUUGGCUUUGGGGACUUGCCCGCAGCCCAGCUGUAUGUGAAAAGGAUGAAUUAAAGACAGGAAUAGAAGUAAAGUGCUUCUUCCCCUUCCCCCAACCCAGAAAAAAACAUAUAAUCUUCCAUAUUGCCGACUUCGGCUGCUUUGAAGAAGUUGGGGGGUGGGGGAGAGCAAUAGAGAUUGCUUGGGUAUGUAAAAGGUAAACAUUAAGAAACCCUCAAGCUUUUAAUGGUUUGUCCAGUAAUAGAAAUAAAUGAUGAGUCUAAAAGCCACAAGUGGCUUAGUACAGAAUAUAUGCGUAAAUCUUUGACUGUUUGGAACGAAGUGGAUGGGCAAAAUCUUGCAGAAUGUCACAAGUUAUUCCUAGUGCCUGCAUCAUUGCCCCUACCCAUCAUCAUCGGAUGUGGUGGAGCUGGAGCUCCUGCUUUAGAUGCUCUCAAAUGGAAAGGAGUAGUGUUGUUAUUGUUCAAGCAGUACCUUGUUGGAGUUGGAGUGUGAGCUAAAAGCCAAGACACUGGCUAUAAGCCUUGCACUGGGCUAUGCACUGCCUCUACGGUUUGAACCAGUAAUGCUUCUGGAUAGCAUUUGCUGGGAACCACAGGAGGGAGAAGUGCUCUUGUGCUCAGGUCCUGCUUGUGGGUUUCCCACCAGUGGCUGGGUGGCUACUAUGAGAACAGGACGCGAUGGGCCACUGGUCUGGUCCCGUAGCCUCUUUCUACAUUUUUAGAAUGGCUUAGCCUUUCCUUCUUCUUUAAAUCUCAGUGCUGCAAAAGCAGACAGCAGUCGCUCAAAAGGACACUGGGCCACCAACUGGAGAGGUAAUUCCUUAACAGUUCUCAGCACCUUUAACAGCACCCCAUGAUUCUUUGGGGGAACCCAUGGUGGUUUUAACUAGUAUAAUAGCACUUAAAUGUAUGGUGUUAAUGUAGUCCGGUGUCUCCCAAACGUGGGUCACCAGCUGUUUUUGGACUACAACUCCCAUCAUCCCUUGAUAGCAGGACCAAUGGUCAGGGAUGAUGGGAAUUGUAGUUCAAAAACAGCUGGAGACCCAAGUUUGGGAAACACUGAAGGAGCCAAUAUUGGGGUGUCAUAGGCCUGAUGUAGACUCUUCAUUAUGAAGGAGGCCUUUGGGGGAAAUUCCAGUCAAGAGUUCUAAGGUGGUGGGAGCCACUGAACUUUUCCAUUCUCCUAAUCCUGGGAAGUGUCCAAUCUUUGACCUUUGUGGGGCUGCAGGAGCUUUCUUCCUUCUGUCCCCAUCCAGGAAGCAUGUUUCCUGAAUGAGUUGUCCCCAAGUAAGAUAUGAGAGUAUCUUUUGCCCUCAAGGAACAUAAUUUUGAAACAUGUCUGGCAGCUCUCAAAUAAGUUGCUAUUUCUGAGCACCACUCUGAGGAGGUUUUCUCUCCCUCCCUUUUUCUUGUUUUUCCUCUCUUUUUCUUGCUAAGUCAGGCCAAAUGACAUUCUGGUCAAGCACUAACUCUGCCACAAUGUCCAGUCAGAGCCAACUGGACAUUGGCAAGCAGGGCACAGAGGUCAUAGUCUUUAUCUGGUCCUUGUCAGAGCAAUGUCCUUGUGAAAUUAACUCUGUUUUUGCCCCACUGUACAAUGGAAGAUGAAGACAGGAGUGCCUGGCGUGCUCUGGUCCAUGGGGUCACGAAGAGUCGGACACGACUAAACGACUAAACAACAACAACAAUGGAAGAUGGUGCAAAUGUACUUCUAUUGUGUCAUUAGGGCUGACGACAACAACAACAACAACACCUCCACCCUGGCAGCCACAGCCUCAGUACUUGGCAGAUGCUUCCCAGCUUGAAAUAAAGGUGCCAUUAUGCUCAUCACCUGUAUAGCCACUUCUUCCAAAUUGGGUAGCCUACUGGAUGUUCUCUUUUGUCUUGCAUCCAUUUAUAAGACACAGAUUCAGUGCCCUGGCACAUGGUUUGUGGGUGUCUGUGCAGCACCCAGCAUUGUGUUGAUAUUCAAUGUUAAGCAUCCAUCCUACUGUCCUGACUCCCACCCAAAACAUGACAGAGGUUCUUACUUGUGAGUAAGACGCAGAUAGCUAUUCAGGCAAGUAACAGUGCAAGCAUAGCAGCAGGAGUCGAGGAACCAAGCAAGAAGCUCAGAACUGUUAGGACAACAGAGAUGUCCUAACAAGUUUCCACACCCUUCCUGCCAAGGAAGACUGUUUUUCCUCACGGGAAUGUCAGGUUCAUAGACACAUUGUCUCUCUGGGUGAGUCUGUGCUUAUGCUCAUGUAUGGAGGCUGUGCCCUCCCCUUCUGACACCUGAAGAGCUUCUUCUGCCUCUUGCUCAGUCGUGUCUGGCGGCUGGUCUACACCCUCCUCUGCUCCUGAAGAGGACGAAAACCUCCAUCCUUAGUUCCCACAAUUGCCCCCACCCUGUCCUUCUGAACUUAUUAAGCCAUGUCCGAUCCUGACGAGACUGGGGGGCUGAAGACUACUUUUAGAUAGAAAUCCUCAUCUUCUCUUCACUGAGGGAACCUUUCUCUGGUUUCUAAGCAGAAAACUUGUGCUAAUCAUAUUUAAAUGGGGAUACCUGACUAUGGAACAUAGAUCCCCUUCAGAAAAACAGUGCUGCUUUCAACUGUGAAUUAAUCUUCUUUCAAUUUGGAGCCCAUAUCCUAUUUCUUGGGUUAUCUAUACUAGUUUUUCCAUCAUGCAACACCCAUCAAAAUAAAUAUUUUAAAUCCUCUGAAAUCUGGAAUAGUAUGCUUUUUUCUGCUGUCUGGGCAAGAGACCGAACACAGUGACUAAGAAAGCAGCAAUCAUUUCUUUGAACCUGUUCCAGAGUUGUGUCUCCCUCAGGGUAUUAAUCUCUGCUUUGUUACUUACUGCUUACCAACUACUUACUUCAGGCCUGAUUAGUAUCUGAUUUGGACUUAAAACACUCUAUGGGUGGCUAACUUGCUUUUGCAACCAAUUUUUUUUGUGUUAGCAUGACUACAGCAUUAAUAUUUCAAGCAGAAGGAUAAGAUUUGGCGGGGUUAAAAGAAAAAAAAGGGGAGGCACUUUUAAGGUAUAGCCUCUAACCCCAAGCAGAGUGAGGUCUAAGUAUGACAGGAUCUUUUGAUUUUAGUUUCUCUCGGUUUCUAAUUUUUUCCGAUCCUAAAUUCAGUUCUUCAACAUUUCUACAUCAGUUUGCAAUUUUUUUUUUAAAAAAAGUCCUCAUGAAAAUUUAGCUGCUUUUAAAUGCAAAUUUAUCCUAAUGCACAUAUCUUUGUAUUCGUUUCCCGCUGAUAUACACAUUUUCUCCUUACACAAUGCAUGUUUGGAUGUUAUUUUCACCACAUGUGCAUUUUUAUGCCUAUGUUAACCUAGUGUAUGCAUCGUUGUACAAAUUACUUUGUGGGAGAACUGCACUUCAAAAUUCAGAGGUGCCAAACUCUGAAGAAUGGCUGUGUUUUGUUUUGGAAAGUGUGAAAUAAGUGGAUUUGCUUAAAAAUAGUGAGAAUGUAGAGGGGACCUUUUCAAAAACAUCUUUGUUUAAAUUUAUGUGUGUGUUUUUAAAGUUGUCUGAUCCCCAGGUUCUUUAAAAAUGAUGCCGUUUUUUACCAAGCCAGUAAAAAAAGUCAUUUUUUAAAAAAAAGUUUUGUAAGAUAGUUUGAGGCGAAAAACUUAUAUCUAAAUGUUUUAUUAAAAUAAACAAUCCUCUUUAGCAAAGACCCACCUACAAGUUGUAUCAGUCUAAAAAUUAUCCCUUCUCUUCUCUUAAGUUUGGGGCAACUUCAGACAUUAAAGUUACCUUCCAUUGAUCUUACUGCACUGAAUUAUCACUAUUAAUGAAGCCCAGGCUAGAUAAGGAACUCUCCAACCCCUACCUCUCUUUCAAUCUACUCUCUCUUUCAAUCUACAACUGUUGCCAUAUUGCUUUCAGAGAGGGAUAGCUGGCUAUCCCAAGGGUCAGUUUCAUUCUUAUCUGCCCUGAAUUACAGGGCUUAAUUUGUAGCCAGUGUUGAGAUCAAAUGGUGAAACUUGAGAAGAGAAACAGAUCAAUGCAAAGUAUUCUGUGGUUUGAUUUUAUUUUGCUCUUCCUGCAUUCAGGGACUUAGUUUGUAGCGUCUGAGAUCCAAUGUUGAUGGCUGCAAAGUGAGGCAAUGCGUCAGUUAUUCAAAAUUUGGCCCAUCAGGGUGGAAUAUCUUCAGGUCAUAUGAGCUUAAAUUGAGCCAGGAUGUAUCUGGGCUUAGCUCCAGAAACAGUAAUUUGUGCAAAGGCUCAGUCCUGAAUGUGUGUAGAAAUAUUAAUGCCCCAUUGAUGUUCUCUCGGAUAAGUGUGUACAGGAUUGCAGCAGGAGUGCAUGCUUUCUACAUGGACUUCCUUACUCUCUUUGUAAGUUAAAGUGUAAACCCCAUAGAUGUCCUUGUUAUAAAUUAAGCCCUGUCUGAAACUAUGUAUUAUGCAUAAUAUAGGCAGGGCUGUUUGUUACUUACGCUGGACAACUCAGGAGAUUGUAACUCAUUGAUCAGAGUUCAUGCUUCGCAUGCAAAAAGAUUCCCGGUUCAGACAUUGCUGUCUGCAGGUGGAGCUGGGGGGAAAUGGUCUGAAACCCUAGAAAGUCGCUGCCUGUCAGUGCAGACAGUAUUUAGCUGCAUGGAGGUGGUCAUUUGAGGCAUUAUAAAGCAGCUUCCUAUAUUCCAUUCACAUUACUGGUUUCACAUAUGUUGUAAAUUGAUCUUUUCUUCUUAUGUAACAUGUAACAUGCCCUUUCAGUGGGCUACUCCAAGAGCCUAUGCAGAGUCCUAUGGGUUCCUCAUUGCAGGGAGAUAACAGAGGCCAACCAGAGAAUAUUGAGAAGCAAGCAGCUAUAAGCUGAUCUUUAUUGAUCUGUUGCAACAGGUGCGCCCUCACACGCAGGAGAGGAAGGGGACCUACACAAAAAUGCUAUGCAAUGGCUUAUCAAAGACUCUUGAAGUUCCCAUCCUCCAGACUCAAGACCACCCCCAGAAACAUCAUGCAUCCAUCAGCAGAAGGGCGUGAACCAAGACCACCCCUCAGAUACAUCCCAUCGCGGACAUCACAGAAAUUUAAAGUGCUAUUUUUCCGCACAAGCAGUUCAUCUCCUGUCCAAAAAGUUACUUGAUUGGAUUAUCUGGGGAGCCUAGCCAUUCUUCUGUAGUUGCAACUUAUACGUUAGUCAUGAAGUGCAUCUAUUAAAAAUGAAUUUGCAAUGUAUGUGAAACCAGUAAUACAAAAGGAAUGUUAAGAGCUGCCUUAGAUUGCACAGGGUCAUGGGUCCAUUUUCAACAGCCUGCAUGAAAAUGCCGGCCCUAGAACUUGCUGCACAAAUAACCACUGUCUGUAAGCGAUUUCAUGCCAUCAUCAUAUGAUAGUCAUAUGCCUGCCUCUGCUCCCGUUUAUAAGCAAAGCAAUCAGCAUCCUUUAAAGGAGUUAACGGAUUUACUGGAAUUUGUACAAGAUUCUUUUUUGGUAUGCUUCAAAUUAGGUUCUGGUGCUCAUUUCUUAGGCUUCAUUAAGCUUGUGAUCUGACAAUGCUGUGGUGCUCACUGCUAGCAUUUAAAUGAGGCUUACUUUUAAUAUCCUGAUCUAUAUUUCUUAAUAUCCUGCAAAGCAUUUUUUGGGUAAUGCUAAUGCCAAACAGCCUACGAUGUAUCCAAAGGCCUCAAGCUACAUUUUUCCUCCCGAUUGACACGGCAGAUUUCAUCUUCGCUAGUCACACUUUGCAGUCGGUAUAUGUGUCCCUUUGUAGUUAGUGAUGUACAACCCAUGUUUGCAUUACAGUGGUACCUCGGGUUAAGAACUUAAUUCAUUCUGGAGGUCCAUUCUUAACCUGAAACUGUUCUUAACCUGAGGUACCAUUUUAGGGGCCUCCCGCUGCCGCACGAUUUCUGUUCUCAUCCUGAAGCAAAGUUCUUAACCCGAGGCACUAUUUCUGGGUUAGCGGAGUCUGUAACCUGAAGCAUAUGUAACCUGAAGCGUCUGUAACCUGAGGUACCACUGUACAUGUUCAGGGUUAAGAACUGACAGAAAGAAUAUUAUUAUUUAGGGCAGUGGUUCCCCAUUAGCUAAGUGCUGCAAAAGCCAAGCCAUGAACCCCCUAUUUCUGACAAUGCUGAUAUCUCUGUGGCAGUUUUCGUUAGGUGAAUGGUGCCACCAUACCUUCCAAAACGUCCCAGUGAAAAACCAGGACAUGCGUCUUCCAGGCUGUGCUCUUGCUCAAGAGCACAGCCCCCCAAAACAGGGUGUCCUGGAUGGUUGAUAGAUAUAUGCCCAGGACCUCUGGGUGGGUUCUGCGGACUCCCUGGUGUCCGCAGACCACCAAUUGGGAACCACUGAUUUUGAGCAUUUGUACCCCACUCCUCAGCCAAAAAGACUUCUGGGGUGAGUUACAUACAGUCAAUUAAACGAUGCCGUCCCUACCCACAUGCUUACAAUCUAAAACACACACACACACACACACACACACAGGCACAACACAAGAGAAGAGGACAGGGAGGGAAGAGGAAAAGAAUCAAACUCAGGCACCAAUUCUUAAGCAGUUGUUCUUAUAACAACCAGCUGGCACAGCUCAGGGGCAGGAACUACCUGACAGAGCUGGCCUUUUGGCAAAGCUGAUGCAAUGAGCCCUGCUUCCCAUCUGUCCCACUGAGGCAGUCUGAUGGAGUGACUGCCUGCAGAUGACAGCUGAGGUAGAGGAGGCCUGCUGGAGCUGGUUUUCCACAGAACUGAUGCAGCGAGUUCUGCUUCCUAUCUCAUGCCAAUGGGUAGUUCAUGUUCCCGAUGCCAGAUCCCACAGACAAGGUGGCAAAGCUGUUGGGUGAAAUAAGGCAGGGUGAGGUUGGAGGAAAGGCAGGGCAGACGUUGGCAGGACCACAGGUGACUCAAGAGUGAGCCAUGUGCUCUGACAAGGGUUGGGAACAGACUGUGGCCUUCUCCAGGCUCCACCCCCUAAUGGAGAACAUUGAGGGCUUAGAGGGCCAACCCUCUGGCCUGAAGAUGAGCACUACUUCUCCUGAUGCUCUCCUUGCACUGCUGGACUAGUGAUGUGUAGUAGGAGCCAUCUUUUUCCUCAAAUUCAGGGGAAGGCCCUUGUCUGGGCUUUUGCCCUGGUAGUCCAGGAGGUUCCUCUGGGGUUUUAUGUCUGCCAGCCUCAGUUGCUGUGGCCCCCUGAUCUCCAUCAGCCAGCUCAGAGUACAUGAACUUCAUAUCUGGCCCCUUAGGAGGUGACUUUGCAGCCUCCGACUCCAUGUCUGGAUUGCUGCUAGAUUCGGGAGUCAUAACGCAAUGUUGCUUUGGUCAUUUUUUAAUAGAAAGGUGGUAUAAGCUUUAAAAGUAACAGACAAAAUGGAUUCUGGAAUCCCCCCACUUGGGGUGAGGUAUAGCUGAGCAACAGAGCAGCUCUUCAGCAUGCACAAAGUCCCAGGUUUAGUUUCUUGCACCUCCAGUUGAAGCAGGGCUGAGGAGCUUUUUCUGCCCAUGGGCCAGAUCCUUAGCACCCUACCUUUGCCUGACCAAAUUUGACACAUGGCUGGGGCAACAUGGCGUGGCUCAUGAUAAGGCAGUUUUGUACAUUGAAUAGGUGUAGUACCCAUUUCGUGGCCAGAGUAGUCGAGCCAGGGUGAUGGAGUGGUUAGAAUUUAAGACUGGAACCUAGGAGACCAGGGUUCAAAUAAAAAAGAUGGGAUACGUAUGUGAAAAAGAAAAUUUCGCAUGUGAAGGAGAAGUGACAGACAGGGGCUUCUUGUUCAUCCUAAGACUCACUGAGAAAUUGUGUGGUGGCUAAGAGACCGAGCUAUGAAGUGCCUGCUUUGACUCUUACCUCUCUCAUGAACUCACUGGGUGGCCUUAGGGAAGCUACUCUGUUGUGUUCUCAGUCAUCCUAUGUGCAAAAUGGGUAUGGGUGGGUGUGCGUCAUAAUAUGACAAGCGCUUAGACCACUUAAAAGCUCUAUAAUGGGGAACGUCAAUGUGGUGUCCUCCAGUUGUUUUGGAUUACAGUUCCCCUCAUUUCCAGCUCUUGGUUAUGAUGGCAACUGGAGCCUAAAGGCAAAAUUUGCAGUUCUUGCUCUGUCCUCUUUUGCAUCUGUCCCUUGCACUAUACUAACGUAAAGCAUUAUUAUAUUUUCAUUUUCAUUGAAGCAAAGAGAAAUGUGUGGCUUUCUGCCUUUCCCUUUCCAAAAUGUUUGCUUUGCUUUGUUUGUUUUUUAUUUAGAACAUUGCUCAGACCUACUUUUUAGAAACAAUAACCCCAGACUUCAGGUGACUCAUCGGAGGAGAAAAGCAGGUUGUGAACAUCUGUGUUUGGUCUGGCGGGAUUUUAUUUUAUAUUGGCCCACUUUUAUUGUUCCUGUAAAGCCAGCUUGGGGAAGCGGCUGUAAGUAGAUUUACAGUCGUUAGUUGUGGUGUAUCAUGUUCAGUUACGAAGUGAAGAUAAAUUAAUAUCCAUUGCACACAGCGCAUGGCAAGUUGCCAUUUAUGACCCUCUGCAGGUUCUGGGCACCGUUAUGUAUUUAUUCUUUUAUCAGGGACCUUUUACUAAAAAGAAAAGAGAGGAAAGAUCUAGUCAGCGUCCCAACAGUUUUAACAAGCAAUCGCAACAAAAUUUUUAUGGAAAAGGCCAUAGUGCAGUAGUAGCACAUCUGCUUUGCAAACAUGAGCUUGAUGGGCCUGUGGUCUGAAGGAAUCAUGUGGGAAAGGUCCAAACUCAGUGGUAGAGAUCUACGGAUGAAGGGCAGUAUACUACCACCACUACUACUAAUAAUACCUGCUUGCAUAAAGUUCCAGGUACAAUCCACAACAACUCCAGGUAGAGAUGGGAGAGACUUCUGCCAGAAACCCUGGAGAGCAGCUGCCAGUGUUCUGGUCAUGAAUAAUGUGCAUUUCUCCAUUUUCACCCUAAACCAGGGGUUGUUCCUGUCUUUAUACCCCCUUCCCCCAAUUUUGCUUCCACACUUUUUAAAACAAGCAAUUUUUCUGUGGAGAUUUCGAAUUCCAAGCUAUCUUGAUGCCAUAUAAAAAUUACAAUUUUCACCCAUCUUCCAGUUGAAGCCGGAAACCUGCUAUGCCUUUGCAUUGUUGCUAUAAGGCCAGCCGUGCUCUGAAUGAAAGAUCUCACUGGGCAGGUGGCAGCAAAGUGUGUGACUUCUUGCAAUGCAAAGGAUGUUUCCCGGAUAAUGAGGAAGCUUGUGUGGUUUCUGUAUUGCCGUUCUCUGCUGUUGUCAGACAAUGGUUUUUUGGCAGGACUCAUGUGUGGCCCUUUAAAUGCACACCCCAGAAUGCAGCCCAGAUGCAUGUGAUUGAAUUGGUAGCGCAUGUCAAUGCUGGUAAUGGAGCACCACACAAACAAUCUCUUUUUUUAAAAAAAAAAAAUUUAUUGAUAAUUUCAAAAUUACAAGAAAAAUAAAAAAUGACAAACAACGCUACAAUACAAAAAAGAAGAAAGAAGAAGAAGACAAUAAAAAAGGAGAAAAGCACAAAAUGAGAAAACCAAUACGACAAUACAGCAAUAAAAAAGUAAAAAAGAAGAAAAAAGAGGGGGAAAAAACACAAAUCCCAAAUUGCAUAUCCAUAAUUUCCAUUUGCUUGUUUCAUUGACCUCCUCACACCUCCGUUUUUGUAUUCUAGUUUAGUAAUUAUUUCAGCAAAUUCUUUCCAUCUUUCUCAAUUUUUGUUAUAAAAUUUGUCUUAACAAUUUAACCUAGUAAUUAGCUCAACAAAUCCUUACCAUCUUUCCCCACACAAACAAUCUCCAGAAUACGAAGGCCUUGAACUAUAUCCCCAUCCCUAUCCUCAGAUAUAGACAUGGAUAUAUCUGGUUCCAAAUGUCUGGAUAUGGAAAGUUAGCUAGAUUGGUGUAAACUGUGCAAGCCUUCGGGCUACUCAGAAUUCUGUAUUAGAUCAAAUGGGAAAGCAACUCGUUUUUAGGUUGUGUAGGCACUUUAAUAGACAGAGUGUAUUGUGGUUGUACACAUCAUAGAAGGUAAAUAAAAGGUAAAGGGACCCCUGACCAUUAGGUCCAGUCGUGACCGACUCUAGGGUUGCGGCACUCAUCUGGCUUUAUUGGCCGAGGGAGCCGGCGUACAGCAUCCAGGUCAUGUGGCCAGCAUGACUAAGCCACUUCUGGCGAACCAGAGCAGCACACGGAAACACCGUUUACCUUCCCGCCGGAGCGGUACCUAUUUAUCUACUUGCACUUUGAUGUGCUUUCGAACUGCUAGGUUGGCAGGAGCAGGGACCAAGCAACGGGAGCUCACCCCGUCACGGGGAUUCGAACCACCAACCUUCUGAUCAGCAAGUCCUAGGCUCUGUGGUUUAACCCACAGCGCCACCCAAAGCAUUUUGUUGGACCCAUUUAGUUACCAUAGGCAAUAUUCAAUUUUUUAAGUUUCACAAAGCUAUUGUAUCAAACACAGUGUGGUUGUUUGGCAGCUGUGUUUAAAAGUAGGCUGACAAUUAUCAGUCAUUUGUGGCUUUUUCUGACUUCAAGUGUCUGGGUGUGUAUGUGUAAGUAAGAAAUGGGAACUUUAAAAAAAUGUAUUCUAAGUCUUUCUCCUUUUAAAUCCUGGUGCCAAAAGAUAGCUUCUAGCUUGGCACUUGGAGCAGAAGGAAGGAUCUUGCUUCUGAAAGAUGGUGUAGGGUUUAUUUCCCACCCACCCCCCAAUGCAAGGGGGAGUGGGGGUGAAAAUUCUGUUUUAGUCUAAUUAGUUUCCCAGUAAAUAUAAAUCUCACGGCUUUUCUGCUGAUUGGACGAGGGGAAAAACAUCGCUUCAUGAGGUCAUUGCGUAAUAAUGUAAAUGAAAGAUUAAACUGGAGCCCGUUCAACUUUUCCAAUUCACAGCUGGAUUUGAAAUGCCUUGGGAAUUGAGUGACCUUGGGCUUCCCUUACUGUAAAGUUUCUCUUCAGAGAGCUGGCUUCCUUCUUAGAGCUCUCUGUAGCUUCGUCAGGCUCAAGGCACCGCAAGGAAGGACAUUCUGGGACCCUUUCACAGGCACCAAGAAGAAGAAAAACAUCAGCAGCAGCACUUUAUAGCGCACAGUUAAAAGCUGUUUAUUCUGCUAGAUACAACUUAGUCCUUCCAAACACCACCAAAUUUGUGUUUGUGUAAUUGGUUGCUGCACAAAUUGGUAUGUGUGUAUAUCAUAGUCUAAAACCUUUUUCCUAUGAUAUGUAUGACAAAUCUUUCUGAACCUUGCUCUAAUCAGCUAUGUCUCCCAGUAUUUGAAACUUGUCUUCUGGUGGGUGGAAUUGGGGUUGUUGUUGUUGCUGCUGCUGCUAUUAUUGUUAUUGGUUUUCAAAUAUUAUAUUGGAGAAUCAAAGUAGAAAUACAGAGAAGUCACAGAGAACUUUAAAAUACAGAACAAAACAAGGGUUCACCAUCAUUACACUUUAAGGGGGGAUACAGAGCUGAGAGCACAUAAAUAGGGCACAUCCUACAGCUAAAUCAAGUCUGAGCAUGAAAGGAAAGGAUGCUAAAACGACAGUAAUAUAAAGGAACAUUUGUUAGAGCAUGAACACAUAUGGUUAAUAACAAAUGAAAUCGUUUUUCGCAGUAAUGUGCCAUCCAUGUAAUGGACUUGUCAUGUACGCCAGAAACGUACAUCCACCAAAUGGAUGCAAAGUCCAUUCUCUUGGCUGUUCCCCUAGUUCUUUGGAGAGAAAAUCUUAUUUAACCAGAUAUUUGAAGAAAAACAUGAGGCCUCCUUCCACCCUGAGCUAUAAUGAAAUGAGGAGCAACCUACAAGUAAAUUGCCAGAAGUUUACACACAAGAUCUGCAUUAAAAUAAUCAAAAAUAGACAAUAGGCACGACGUGAGUCCAUGGUGACGGGCAUACCACUGUAUUCAGCAAAUUGUUAUCAAUAUCAAAAUAAUAUUUAUUUGUUCAUUUCGUUCAUGAAGCCUUACUAUGGAACAUCUGAAAGGGAUUUCACAAUACAAUAAAAGCAUAUAUUAAACAGUUGCAUAUAUUAAAAAUGUCAGGAGCCAGAGUCAGGGGCAGGUCAGCCAUAAAACACCCGGUGUCAGUGAAAUUCAAAGAAACCAAAACAGUGCAGGCUAAGGGAUUACACCAACUCUUCCCAGUAGGCCUUGCCCCCAGUGAGGAAGUUGUGAUGACUGAAGGUCCCUGCCUUCCCACUGCUCUCUAAGGUUCACCCCCUGGUUCCUUCCCUGGCAUCCUAAGGCUCCUUCAUCUUGUCUCUCUUUGCUCUGCCCUCUCUAUUUCUCUGUGUGUUCUGGGAGACCAGGGAGGAAGGGAGCUGGUCCCAGCAGGAGGGAGAGAUUCCCUGGCUUCUUCGGUAGCCUGCCUGCACUCUGCCUCCUGACCCCUUUCUGCUGCCGCUUCUGAUUCUGCACUGCUCUCUGCCAAAGACUCUUCCUGCUCACGAAACCCGAUUACCUCUUCAGCUUCCAGCGUCUCCUCCCAGUCUGCUCCCUCCUCUCCCUCUGACCACUCAUUGUUGUCCCACCACCACUCCCCUGGCUCUGAGCCUUCUUUCCCCCUGGGGGUACCCUUGGGUGCCUCCCCAGCUGGUGCCUCCCACCACUCCUCUGCAGCCAGCCAGUCCAUGACAAAAUGAAAAUAAGAUCCAAUUCAAAAACCGACUGGGAUAAAAGCUACGGUACAUUGUGGCCUUACUGAUCAGCCCUCAUGCAGUCUUCCACUUUGCUCUUACCUCCCGCCACACUCGCGCCUGCUCAAAAAACCCCCACAAAUCCUAGAGCAGGUGGGGGCUGGGUUUGCCCUCACUGGCUCCCAUUGAGUUCUAUAGGGGAAAAUGAAUGGGCUGCAGUCUGGGAGGCAGCUGAGGACAGGAGGUGUUUCCAAAAACAGCUCCCCGGCACAGCUGCACACAUGGAUAUGGCUCCCAGGACAUUUUGAGAAUACUCUUUUUGUCAAAGGAACGAGUUUUAUACUGCUUGGCAAAAACUGUUCAAAGCAGGCCCUAACCUAAGUAGUUUUUACAGAUAAAACACACACACCUGCAAACAGUAUAACAUUCCCCCCCCCCUUCGCAAAUGUCUUCCGUGGAGUACGCUGGGAACCAUAUUCACCUGUGCAGUUGUGUCUUUGUGUGUGUGUCUUUGCACCAAGAGCUGCUCUUUCCUUGAGUGUCCUGGUCUUUCCAUGGGGAUGUAGGCUAGCGGUGGGAAGGGGGAGCCCUUUUGGACACUUCCUGGUUUGAAAGGAAAGCAAAUGCAGUGUGGGGGUCUAGAAGCCUCAAGCUCAGUGGCCUCAGCUACAGAUGGGAGGCUGGGGAAGUGGGUCUCAGGAAAGGCCUGGCUCUCCUUCCCAUCAAAAUUGGCGGGCCUUUUGGAUAGUAAAUAAAUAAAUCAGAGAGAGGAGCACGAAUCCACAUGCGGUAAGUUAAACCACAUGUGCUUAUUGGAUGCCUUUUUCCACAUCUGGACCUAAAGAUGACAGUAUAGUUUCUUCUUGUCAAAUUCCAUUACUACAUUGUCUCUUAUGCAAACACAAUAAAAAUGAAGAUUUUUCUCCCCUCCACCCAACUUAAGUUGCUGUGCCCCAGCAUCGCUGACUAUCUUUCUCCUUGCUCAGUAGCUUUCCCUUUAACCUACUAGCAGGCUAACCUGAAAACCAGAUAUGGUUAGCAAGACUUUUGGGUUGGCCUGUGGGGACCCAGUGGCAAAUCAAUGCCAAUUGUUUUAUUGCGAUUUAUCCCCACCCCACACACUAUAACCAACAAAAUCCAGGUGUUUGCCUGCUAGCAAAUCACACACUCUUUAUCUGGACAUGAUACAAACCUGUCGUUGCGCUUUGGCACCAGUCAUUUCCCAGGUUGCCUGGGGACUGUGAGUACCGACCCUACCUCCUGACCAAGCAAGGGAGAGAGUCGAUAUCCUCACCCCAUCACUUUUCUUUUAGGCUACCAGUGUGUCACAACUGACUCUGUACCAUAGAUACGAGCAGUUUAUAUUGUGCUUCGAAGCAAACCUUUGAAAGUUUGUAAAUGUGCUUAUCAAAAGCUGCUUUUUAGACACUGCAUUCUUUUUAGGAAGAAGGAGUUAAAAUAUGGAGCUGCAGUAUAGGGCUCCUGUUCCAGGGGUAUUCUUUGGCUGUCUGCUCAUCUCAGUAUAAACUGACUUUAUUUCCCCACCCCACCCCCAGCAGCUCUCUCCCCCCCCCCAUGCACUGAAAUGGCAAAAAAUUGAAAGCUUGCAAAAGGGGGAGGGGAUUUUGCAUUGGAAGUGAAUGUAACACAAACUUUUCAGUGAAAAGUAUUUUGAGCCUGAGCCAAAGGUUCCUACAAUGACAAUAUUCAGUUUCCAGUGAAGGGGAGAUACAUCCCAGAGAGAGAGAGGGAGAGGCGCUCUGGUGGGUUAAAAGUAAACAUUAGGCCAGUGGGUCUCAAACUGUCUCUGGCAAUCCUCAAAAGCUUAGGGGUUUCUCAAUGAGAAAGGCAUAUUGCCUACUACAAAUGCUGAGCUGAAGUAUCUCCUAGGAAGAGGUGUUGAGCUUGCUGGGUAGGCUAUGCCUCCCUCAUGGAAGAAAUUCAUGCCAUAAAUUUAAAGUGUAAUUCUGUGCAGUUUCUACUCUGAAAUAAGCCGUGCAGAGUUAAGGGAGGCCUGUAUGAAAUAGCAAUUUAAUUCAUUUCUUCUGUGGCUGUAAACUCUGAAGCCAUAAUGGUCAGCCAUAAUGCUGUUGCUGUUGCUUGGCACCAUUUUGUUCUAAUCGCCCUGCAGUAUUGCAGCAACACAAGGCAGCAAGCGGUUCGCCCCACUGCUCAGGCAAAGCGUGGCCUCUUCUUGGUCUUCUUACCCUGAAUUGCGGCACAGCAGUGGAAGAUGCGAAGUUAGUUCUGCAGAACUUCUCAGUGGCUUUUGACAGUUUUGGCCAUGGUAUCCUUUGGAGAUGGUAGUCCAAAAUGAGAGUUAUAGGCACUUGUAUUGUGCUGGUUUCAGUCGUUCCUGUAAGGCUGCUUCCGGACAGCAGCGCUAGGAGAUUAUUGUUCAACCCUAUAUUCUUUAGGUUUUAGGAUUUAGGAUUAAUACUCUCCUACAUUUCUCUGAUGAAAAUAGGGAUGAGAUGUCCUAUUCUAUUAUUAUUAUUAUUAUUAUUAUUAUUAUUCCCUGCCCACCUGACUGGGUUGUCCCAGACACUCUGAGCGGCUUCCAACAUAUAUAAGAACAUUAUUUAAUUAAACAUUAAAAAAACCUUCCUUAUCCUUUAGAUGUCUUCUAAAGGUUGUAUCAUUAUUUAUCUCCUUGGUUCUGGGAGGGGGGCGGUGUCACAUAACUCCAUACCCUCCAACAUUUCUCUGGUGAAAAUAGGGAUGUCCUAAGGAAAAGCAGGAUCUUAUGGGACCAGAAACUGGGAUGGCUUCUGUAAAUCUAAGACUGUGUCUGGAAAGUAGAGACACUGGAGGGUCUGUGCAUCACUAUUCCAUCUCACUGCCCAUGCUAUUCAGCAUCUACAUGAAACUCCUGAGAGUGGUGGUCUGGAGGAGUGGUUUAUAAAUAUGCAGAUAGAACAUAUGAAGAGCCCUUCUGGAUCAGACCAAAGACCCAUCUGCUUCAACAUCCUGUUGUAAUAGUAGCCAGCCAAAAUACCUAUGGGUUGCCUGCAAGAGGGACCUGAGUACAACAGCACUUUCUCCACUUGUGAAUCUCGGCAAGCGGUAUUCAGAGACAUACUGUCUCCAACAGUGGAGAGUGAACAUAGCCAUCAUGGAGAACAAAGCUAUCAGUGGGUACUAACCAUGAGUCCUAUGUUCUGAGGCAGAUGAAUCAUUGUGAAGUCCUUGCAUAUUCAGCCUUUGAAAACCACCCAACCUGGGAGCAAUGAGGAAUAGUUUUUCAUUGUAUCUGUGGGCUCUCUGCAACCUUCUAGGUGGAAACCUACGCUUGGUUGUGCUGAUGACCAUGAGACUCUAUUCUAAACAUGCAUAUCGGAGAAGUGGGUUCCAGCAAAUGUGUAGGGCUGGAAAAUGCAUUGUGCUAGGAGGGAGAGAGGGUCAUCCAAAAGUUUGUGGUGUGGAGGUGGAAGGCAUUCCACACUGUUGAAUGUUUCCUGCUGGACCUGGAAGUGGCCAAAUGUGUGUUUGUGGGGUGGUAUUAAAAAUCAACACCACUCCUUUCAGUAAAAAGAAAAUACUUGCGUAUAUGAAACUGUAAAGGACUAGGCAGGUUUGCAUUUUCAGAAAAAAAUGUUCUCUUCAAAUACAAAUGUUAAGCUCUUGGGACAUCAGGUAUGACUAGGGUGUGUGGGUGUGUGUUCACAUAUGUGUGCUGAGGAGUGAAGAAAGUGAUAUAAGUCUCAGAAUUCAGCUCUGUGACAAACUCAGUUAAAUAAAAAAGCAAGUUUCUAGCACAUAUGAUUUUAAAUCUAUGAGUUUUACCUACUGAAAAUUCAGAGAGAAGUGGCUGGACAGGAUUUCCAGGACUUGAGGGGGAUGGAGUUCCGCAUGAUUAGCAAAACCAGAUUACUGCAUUCACAACUGUAACCCUUUCAGAAUGAAUUAUUUAAUUUCUGCAGUUGGCAGAAUUCUGGUUUUCUUGGUGCAGAAUCUCCAAUUCCAUGGGCUCUUUCUUGGGAACACAUAUUGUUUGGACUCAGCAGGCUCUGUUUGCAGCUAAACAUGUGUAACAUUAAUGUGCUGUGUUUUUGAUUGAUGGUUGAAGCCCAAUUCCAAUUGUAUCAGCAGCAGUUUUCAAGAAUGUACAACACUGCAAUGGUAGCUCUUCUUCACAACCUUGUAGCUGUUCUCUGGGUUCUGGAAGGAACCACUAUUAUGCAGAAUGACGCUUUGCCGAUAUUGCAUAGUGAGAGGGAGUAGUCCUCUGGGUGGUUGAUUUUGUCCCUCUCUCUGUCACUGUCUUACUAUCGAUGUCCAACCACUAGAGGAGGAUGAGAUCCCACCCUUUCUCCUCAUUCCCCAGAUCCUCUUGAACCUUGCAUGUGCAAAAAGGAAAGUCCAUUCCUGUAGGCUACACUUACCCUUUCUUCCCAUGUUGGUCCUGCUCAGUGGUUGACAUUAGUCAUUCAUAAAAAAGCAGGCUAGCUGCAAAUAACCCAUACCUAACCUUGCAACCCUGUGUUUCAUAACAUCUAGACUAGACUAUUGGUAGCUUGUUAAAAUGCAGUUGUGUAAUCAACAAAGUGUGUUGGCUUCUAUUAAUUUCCUGUUGGGGCUGUUCCAUACUCUGUUGACUGCUUAUUGGAUGCAAUGCCUCAGGGCUAUGGAGGGUUUGGUUUUCUGUUCACGUCCCAUCCCCACCACCACUUACUUGCUUUAUUUUCUUAUGCAAACCAUGAAUUGCAUUUCAAAAUAAAUCUUAGGCUAAAGUAAAAUUUGCACACAUAAUGCUACUUUUGAAAAUAAUGAAAGUUUUGCUUCGAGGGAUUGUAUGGUCCAUACAGGCCCUUUCUUGUUUCUUCUCCCACAACUAGCUGGUUUUGUGGGCUGCUGUGGUUAUUAUUAUUAUUAUUAUUAUUAUUAUUAUUAUUAAAUUUUAUUAAGGUUUAUAGAGAAAAAUACAAAACUUAAUAUCUUCCCCCUUUGUUUAACCAAACCAAGAUCACUGAUUCAUUUUCAUAUGUUUUUAUUUAGUGCCAUCAGUGUUACAAUGUAUUAUAUUACUGUUAUUAAUAUUGCAUGCCCUUUGCCAGCAGAUCUCAAUUUAAAAUUUAAAACAGUUAAAACAUAAAGAGGGGGCAGCCUAAAAUACAUUAGUGUAGGUACCCAGCAAGCCUCCCCAAGAGAGGGUUCCAUAGGUUAGGUGCCAUCCCCAAAAGACCCCAUCCCCUUGUCGCCAUUCUCCUUACGUCCCUGAACCACCUGACUCCACCCCUGCCCAGUCCAGACUUGGCCUGACUCCACCCAUUGAUGCCACGUACUUAUCAGUUCACACCCUGGCAACCUUGUCUUCCUGACACUUGAUGCAUCUCGGCUGUCCUGCCUGGCUGAGCUAGGUGGCUGUGACUUUGCAGGUGUUUGAAUUCAUUUAGCCAUAAAUAUUUAUGCCUGCCGAGCUUAACUUGAGCCCCCAUGUUUAUCUCCUGCCAUCAAUAUUGUAUGGCUUUGAGAUGCCUGCACUUCCCAUGGCUGUUUCCCGAUACCAGUGGAAAGUACUUGAUACAUCUGAAUAUAGGACAGAGACUGCGGCUGUUUCUGUUGCUUUGGUAUCUGAGACCCCCUCAAGCAGACUCGCCUUUGUUUUCCUCCCAGCCUGUUCCUGGCCCAAGUCAUAUCAUUAUCCCCAAAGCCAUCCUUUUAAAGGAAGCCAUUGGCUUACGUAAGCCAGUGUUUUCCACAAUUCUGAUAACGGGGCCCAUGCUUUAAAAGCAAAGAUCUCAACUAAAAUUGGAGGCCAUUUUUGCCCCUGAAAUGUGUGCUUUUAGAAUGUUUAAGUAGGAAGCUACCUUAGACCAGGUCAAGGCUACCUAACCAAGUAUUGUCUGCUUUGAGAUGAGAACAGUAACUCAUGCAGAGAUUCAACACACAGUCUUAUAUGGGGACAGGCAUUCUAAAUAAAGGAACGCACUAGAAAUGCCUGUCCCCAUAUAAGACUGUGUGUUGCAUCUCUGCAUGAGUUACUGUUCUCAUCUCAAAGUAGACAAUACUUGGUUAGGUUGCAGCGAUCCAGUCACACUUGAAGUUAUACGGCAACACACACACACCCCUUAAGCAGCAACAGAGAGGGAGGGGGAGAGAACAGCAGAGACCAGUUAGGAAGAGGCAGAGCACAGAAUAUUGCAGAGGCCUAGCAGGCAGCCUCCUGGUGGAUGGGAGGUGGAUAGUUUUAUCUCAGCCCACCCACAAUUUAGAUGAGAUUUAGUACAAGGCAAGACUGAUAGAGGGGAAUUGGUCAUAUUGAAAGCCCUGCUGGAUCCCUGUUUGGAGAUGUACAAUCUAAAAGACAUCACAAAAGGAAAAAGGGGUGAGGAGGAAAGAGGAAAACAAGCUAACUCUCAAGCACUGGUGAUUAGUUAGUUAGUUAGUUGGUUUAAGUUACAUAGUAAUUAUUAUAAUGCCUAGCUUGAAUGGAAACAGUGCAGGCAUGGCCAAUCUUGGCCCUCCAGCUGCUUUUGGACUACAAUUCCCAUCAUCCCUGACCACUGGUCCUGUUAGCUAGGGAUGAUGGGGGUUGUAGGCCCAAAACAAGCCAUGCCUGGUUUAGGGAGAGGAGGAAUCCAACAAAGCUAUUCUUUUCAGCAGAGCUAGUGGAAUGAACCCAACUGUCUCAUUGGUGGAUUGGCAACUGAAAGGUUCCUUCAUAGAUGGCUAAUUUUUUGGUCAGCUCAUUUCACUGUUUUCAGGAAGAAGGACGCAUUUUACUGUUGCUCGAGGGCAAGAUUUUUUUUAAAAAAUCAUGAUACAGUACUGGAUUUAAAAGACCUUUUGCCAUGUCAUAUGCUUCAGAAAUAUGCCUGGCUUUUUAGUGUAGAAGAUAGGACAAAGAUGGCUAUGAGUAGUAAGAACAGAAGAAGUGCAUUGCUGGAUCAGACUAACGUACCAUCCAUCUAGCCCAUCAUCCUGUUCUCACAGUGGCCAGGAAGAUGUCUGUGGGAGCCCGAAAGCAAGACCAGAGCACAAGAGCGCCUCUCCGCUAUUGUGUUCCCCGGCAGCUGCUUUUCAGAGACACACUGCCUCCAACAGUGAAGGGAAAACAUAGCCAUGGUAUCUAGGAGCCAUUGAUCACCUUAUUCCACCAUGAACUUCCUUUUAGAGUCAUCCACGUUGGUGGCCAUCACUUCCUCUUGUGAUAGUCCAUUGUAGUGGCAUGUUUACUGCUUUAACUUCUUUUCCUUUUAUUGUAAUUAAAAUAUAUUUAUGUGUACUAGCAGGAAAGGCUUCUUGCAUGGUCCCUUGGGAAGACAGUCUCAAUGCAAUUGGUGGAACAGGUUAUGCUAAUCUCUGGACUGUAGUAUAGUAGAUGUUUGCUUCUCACUGGUCUACAAUCCAUAAUCCUCUUAAUUCCUUUUGAGUAGCCGCUGAUAUUGCUAAAACCUAUGCUUAAAGAGCAGGGAAGAGCUUAUCUUAAAAGCCCUUCUAUUCAUGUAAGCAAAUGUAUAGGGUGAUUGGCUAUUUUAUCCAUUCUUACAUAGUAACAUUCUCUCUCCCCUCCCCCUGUUUUCUUAGAUGCAGCAGCUAUUUUACGAAAACUACGAGCAGAACAAAAAAGGUUACAUCAAAGACCUCCGUAAUAGCAAGAUCCACAGGGCGAUCACCUUGCACCCAAACAAGAGCCCGCCCUACCAAUACAGGCUCCAUAGCUACAUGCUUAGUCGCAAAAUAGCAGAGCUGCGCUACCGGACCAUCCAGCUGCACCGAGAAAUCGUCCUCAUGAGCAAAUACAGCAGUACGGAAGUCCACAGGGACGACCUUCAGUUGGGCAUCGCGCCUUCCUUCAUGCGGUUUCAGCCGAGGCAACGAGAGGAUGUUCUGGAGUGGGAGUUCCUCACAGGGAAGUACCUUUACUCCGCUGCAGAUGGGCAGCCACCUCGUCGCGGGAUGGACUCCUCUCAGCGCGAGGCGUUGGACGACAUUGUGAUGCAGGUCAUGGAGAUGAUCAAUGCCAACGCCAAGACCAGAGGGCGGAUCAUAGACUUCAAGGAGAUCCAGUACGGCUAUCGCAGGGUGAAUCCAAUGUACGGGGCGGAAUACGUUCUCGACUUACUGCUCUUGUACAAGAAGCACAAGGGGAAGAAAAUGACGGUUCCUGUCCGCAGGCAUGCAUACUUGCAACAGACCUUUAGCAAAGUCCAGUUUAUGGAACACGACGAAAUAGAUGCCAAAGAACUGGCCAAUAAGAUCAACCAGGAUUCAGGGUCUUUGUCUUUCCUCUCCAAUUCCCUCAAGAUGUUUGUCCCAUUCCAGCUGAGUAAGUCGAAAGCGGAGAAGAAGGAACCCAAAGACAAGAAGAUCAACAUCUUGAUUCCUUUGUCUGGGCGCUUUGACAUGUUUGCUCGCUUCAUGGCGAACUUUGAAAAGACCUGCCUCAUUCCUAAUCAGAACGUCAAAUUGGUUGUCCUGCUUUUCAAUUCGGACUCCAACCCUGACAAAGCGAGGCAGGUUGAACUGAUGAGGGAUUAUCGCCUGAAAUACCCCAAGGCAGACAUGCAGAUCUUGCCGGUGUCUGGUGAAUUUUCCCGGGCUCUGGCGCUAGAAGUUGGGUCCUCUCAGUUCAGCAACGAGUCCUUGCUGUUUUUCUGCGAUGUCGACUUGGUGUUUACGGCAGACUUUCUCCAGCGGUGCAGAGCGAACACCAUUUUAGGGCAACAGAUUUAUUUCCCAGUCAUCUUUAGCCAGUACGAUCCAAAGAUUGUCUAUAGUGGAAAAGUUCCUAGUGAUAAUCACUUUGCCUUCACCCAGAAAACCGGCUUCUGGAGGAACUAUGGCUUUGGGAUUGCCUGUAUUUACAAGGGUGAUCUUAUUCGAGCUGGUGGUUUUGAUGUCUCUAUCCAAGGUUGGGGUCUUGAGGAUGUCGACUUGUUUAACAAAGUUGUCCAGGCUGGCCUAAAGACUUUCCGGAGCCAAGAGGUUGGAGUUGUCCAUGUACACCAUCCUGUCUUUUGUGACCCCAACCUUGAUCCAAAACAGUAUAAAAUGUGCUUGGGCUCCAAAGCAUCAACUUAUGGGUCUACGCAACAGUUGGCUGAGCUGUGGCUUCAAAAAAAUGAGCCCAGCUUUGGGAAAAACAGCAUUGCUAAUGGUUCCCUCAGGACAGCCUAACAUCCAGCUAUGCUGGGAGAGGAAACAAAAACAAAACAAACAAAAACUACCUAUUGCGUUUUUUUUAUUGCCCUAAUUUAUUUUUUUGGAAAACUUUUUGAUAGUUGAUUUUUUAAGAAAAAGACCGCACAAGGGUAUAUUUUAGAAACCAUCGUUUUCUUACAAGGACCUUCUGAGCGUUUUUCUGAACAAAACUGUGAUCAACCUUUGCCUUUUCGAACAAACGUUUGUGGCUGAGUAUUACAACUUGCCUGAUUUCUGACGACUUGAAAUAAAUUACCUUUUCCUGAUAAAACAGACUUUUUAAAAAAGAGAAAAGAAAACUUCCCUGUCCCCCUCUUAUAAUCUUUGGGUUUCCCCAGGAGUUAUCCAUUGCUAAGUGGCACAAAUGAUUCCCUUAAUAUUUCUUCCCUCUUGGGAUUGGUAACAACGUAAAUGGAUUCUUCCUUGUAUUUUUUUAAAAAUUGAACAAAGUAAACAAGAGUGGCAGUAUUGGUUAAUUCAUGUACAAGAAUCUUUCAAUCUGGUUGAUAUUUCAACCAUAAAAUGUACCAUUUUUUGCUCAUUGUAUUUCGAGCAACUGAGGGAAAAGGGGAGAUUUGAGCACAACCUUGAUAAAUGUGUACCUUCGCUUAAAACAAAACAAAACAAAAAGUAUUUUCUUUCUUGGUCCACAUGUGGAUCUGAUGUUUAAAAAUUUCCACAGCAGGUGUUGCAUUCUAAAUUGGAUCUCUUGUGUAGAUGCCUUGAUGGCAAAGAACAGUGUUUUAGUUAAUGGGGGGGGGGAAUAUGACAUUUCUUUGCCAUAAAAAGCAACAAACUUUAAACCGAGACACUCGAAAUUGAAUGUGUUGGGGAAAUAUCCAUCCCCCCCACCAGUUACAGUAUUUCGAUGGGAACAAUUUACUAUGUUUCCUUUGCUUAAUUAGUUUGUUUUUUGCUGUCUGUAUUGGGUAGGCCUUUAAUUUAUUUAAUAUACUUUGUUCUAGAUCUGUCUUUUUAUUUUUAAUAUCUGCUAGUCAUUAAUAUUUAUGUAUCUUAGGAAUGUAUUGCAUUUUCAUGCUGUUAAAGGUAGCGUACGUCUUCUUACUUUGCAGUAAACUGAUCUCCAAAGAUUCUUUCUAAAGCGUUCUCUUUCAUUUUCUGAAAUCACUUUUUAAAAAGUUUUUAAAAAGUAACUGGAACCUUUGGAUCUAACCUCUGAUGCCCCCAAAUGAGGAAGAGAAUAGAAGCUGGAUUUGUUUGGGUGUUUUGGAUAACCACAGAUGAGCAAAAACUUGUGUAAAAUAUGUGCACAUGCUGGACACAUGCACACACAUGCGCGCACAUUGCAAAAUAAAAUGCAUCUGAUUGAAUACAAACAAGCAGUUCGGCAUUGAACCUUACAAGGGCACACCGGAACUUGUGUUCAAAGCACAAUCGUAUAUUGGCACCUCAUCAUUUGUAACAAAUUUUCUCUCUCUCUCUCCUGCUGGAAAAAAUAAAAUGAAUUGAGUAAUAUGCAUUACUCUGUUGC